CUUCAAAAGAUGAAAAACUAUUGAAUUCAAGUUAGCUGGUCCAGAUUGGAGGAAGUAUUAUUUUGCUGUUGUGAAGAAAUCCCUUCCCCCUUACAAAUUUGCUCUUAACCUUUAUAUUUUCAAAAUAUAUGGUUUUUUGAAUCUUGAAAAACGCCAAGCAGUCCUUUGGGGCGGGGGAAGGUGUCACUUAUUAAAACAAUCUGGGAUUUGAAAACUUUUUGAGAGUUUUUGAAUUGCAAUCCAAAGCACAUGAGCUGAGGAAGCAAGUCCCAUUGAACAGAGUGGGAUUUGCUUCUGAGCAAACAUGCAUGGGGGCUCAGAAGCAAAAGCAUAGGUUAAUAGCAACAUACAGCUUGCUAAGUACACAAGUUUCCCCCAUUUCUUUUCACCAGGUUUACUGGCCUGCAGGUGAGUUACCAUGUGAUGGAGAAAUGCCUUGGAAGGGCUAAUGUGGCCUGCUAUCCGUGUAUUGCCUAAUCCCAGUCUAAAACAAUGAAGAAAUGAUUCCGUUUCCAGGAUUUUUCUCAUAACUCUUGGAUCACAGAGCUUGAAGGAAUAAAAAAUAAUAUUAAUUCCAUCCUCCUUUCUACCUUUAGACACAGUUCUGCAGACACUGGCCUUAUAAAUAACUCUCAAGUGGUUAGCCAACACUUCCUGUGUCUUGGGGCUUUGUGAGAGUGACAGGUCUUUAUUUUUACUUUAAAAAGACUUGUACCGCUUAUGAUUUUGAAGAACAUACAUACCGCAUUCAUAUAUACCACAUGAGAUUAAACUCUCUUUCAGAGAGAUGCUCUUGUCUAUGGUACCACAAUUUUGGGUGCGCAUUAAGAAAUGAUGUCCAGAAUUGAAAAUACUCACAGAAACUAUUAAUUCCUAUUCCAGGAACAGCAGCAUCAUUUGAGUUAUAAAGCCUGGAAUGACUUAAGAAGCAAAGAAAGAGUGCAUUCAAAUUGUCACUUUGUAGCUUAGAAUCAUGAGAUUUCUUUUUUUAAUCUCAUGAGUCAGAAGUCAGAGCAUCCUGAUUUGUGAAUGAGUGUCAUUCACAGUUCUGGAGUGGCGAUAAAUUUGAGUUUUUGAGUGUGAAGGGACCUCUCUAAAAACAUGCCGAAAGCUUGUUUCCCUUAUAAAUGGGAAAACAGGCUGUUUAAACAAACAAAUAAGCAAGCAAUCCUAAAGCAUGCUUGAUUCUACACAAUCUGUCUGACAGAUGUUUGGUGCAGGUCACAUAUUGAGUCGAAAGCUAGUUUCCAAAGCAGUGCAGUCAGUAUGCCUUAUCUCAACUGUUCUCUUGGUUUUGAAUGCUAAGAUAGAAAUUUCCAGGGGACAGUAGUAUGAAAUUGUUAAUUGUCAUGUAUAUCAAGACAAUAUCUUACAUCAUGCUGUGCGGUGGAGGAAAAUGCUAAUAAAACUAAACAUUUACUGAACUGCUCACUACGGGUGAGUAGAAUUACGCGUAGCUGCAUUAAUUGAGGCUUGUGUUGGCAAAGUGUCUCUGCUCAUCUACUAGUAUUAAUUUCUUCAGUAAAAGUUGGCAAAACAUCAGCCGUUCUGAAUUGGUCACACUGAGAUUCUGAAAUGGCUUAAUUAAACUGAGUACAUUUUAGCCUAGAAUCAAGUGCCUAAAUAGCUGUGGCUUUCAAAGUGUAAAUCUCUGCAGCCUUUUCUGCAGCAGCAAUACAGGUCACACCCUUUACAGUAUUAACGCCAUUUAGCAGGUUUUUCAAGCCUGUAGAGAUGAUGCUAUGAUUAGAAUUAGGCCAUCCAAUUUCUAAUUGCAAAAAAAAGGGGGAGACAGUAGUUUGAAAGAACUUGCUCUCCUGGCCUGAUCCUGCAUAAUGCUUCCCAAACAUAUUUCAGAAAGUGUAUCUGUGCCUUGUAUUGUUUAUGUACAUGAUAUUAAAAUGCCAGCAGGACUGCUUGCGCCAGGUAAAACAGUAACUAGGCUGGAAAGACUAAGCUACAGCAAAUGAUGAGUCACUGAAAUACUGGAAACCUGUUUAGGUACUUUACCUGCCGUCUGAAGGUCUCUUUUUUCCAAGUGGGGGAUGGGGAAGGAGAAUUCAGCCUGCAGGUUUUAGUGGAUUUUUCUUGAUUUCUUUUUUUAAAAAAGUAUUGUUAUUUUCUGUUGCAACAAUAAACCACAGCAGCUCCCAACAAACGUUGGCAUGCUGAUGAUCUUGUCACAUUACCCAAUUUCCUCUUUGAGUUCACACUUCCAUUGUGACACAGUAAAGCAUUGAUGAAUCUAUGCUUGUCCAUUGUGUCCCAUAGGUCGGAGAUAGGAUCAGUGGAUUUUUCUUAAUAAUGAAGAACCUCAUGAAGGAGAUUUAAUCUCAUUUUGGGAUGAGUUUUGUAUUUCUACAGAUAGGUUUCAUUUGUUGUGAGACGUUAGUGUUGCAUACAGUGUUAGGUUAGGAAGAAAAAAGGGAGAGUGGUGAGUGGGGUGGGGUAGUUAUGCUUCUAUUAUUCUACUUAGUGCAGACAUGUCCAAAGUCUGUUUUGGGGGCCUAAUCCGGCCCGCUGGUCGGUUUAAUCUGGUCCCUGUGUCAGUUUAUUUCUGGGGGUAAAAUCCUUAAAGAACCUCAACAACUUCAAUCCUAAAAAAAAGGUUAACAACUCUGGUUGGCCCUUUUGGCCCUUCACUUCAUCAAAUCUGGCCCUCUUUGAAAAAAGUUUGGACACCACUGCCUUAGUGUAUGUGUGGGGUUUUGUGUCAUUGUCAUUUGUAUGUGUUCUUUUACUAUUCGCUUGUUGUAUUUCCUUGGUGGUGAGAGAGGUUGGGGGCGGCCUAGGGUGUGGUUGGUUGUCUUUGGUUGGCUGUAGUGAGAUUUUUUGUGUGUGUGUGAGUGGGGUGUGUGUGUGUGUGUGUGUGUGUGUGUGUGUGUUUUGGAUCAGGUUAGCCAGAUUGAUUUGUAUGCUGUUGGUGGAUUCUUGUUGUUGUCUUGUUGGGCUAUGUAUGUGAUAAAGCGGAACCAUACUGGGGUGAAGGCGUCUUCUAUUUGUCCCCGUGUCAGUUUCAGUUUAUUGGUUAGUUUUUCUAACAAGGCUGUUUCCCAUACAGUGGUACCUCAGGUUAAUUACUUAAUUCGUUCCGGAGGUCCGUUCUUAACCUGAAACUGUUCUUAACCUGAAGCACCACUUUACCUAAUGGGGCCUCCUGCUGCUGCCGCGCCACUGGAGCACGAUUUCUGUUCUCAUUCUGAAGCGAAGUUCUUAACCCGAGGUACUAUUUCUGGGUUAGCGGAGUCUGUAACCUGAAGCGUAUGUAACCUAAAGUGUAUGCAACCCGAGGUACCACUGUACUAUUUCUGGGUUAGUGGAGUCUGUAACCUGAAGCGUAUGUAACCCAAGGUACCACUGUACUGUUUGAUACCAUUGGUCCAUGCUCACUGCUGAAAGGUCUCUCCAGUGUCUGGCUAUGAUGCUUCUGGCUGCUGAGAGCAGGUGGGUUAUGAACUCUCUAUAAUGUAAGUGGGCAUUAUUAGCUUGGAAUAUGUUUAGUAGGGCCAGUUCUGGGGUGAAUUCUAAUACUUGCUUAGUUAUUUUGCAUCUAUCUUGUAUGAUUGAUGUCCAGAAGAAUUGGAUUUUGGGAUAUUUCCACCACAUGCGGAGGUAUGUGCCUGUGAAGGUGCAUCCUCUCCAGCAUUUUGGUGAGGUUCCUGGGUGUAUCAGCGCUAGUUUCCUUGAUGUUAGGUACCAUCUAUAAGUGAGUUUCAGAGUGAGUUCUUUUCUUUUCCACUGAUACUGACGUUUCCUUUUAAAAAGUUGUUGGAGUGAUUGCCUGAGCUUCUCUUUCUGUUGUGGUGCACUCACACAGAGAAGUCUUUAAACUAAAAGAAGUAUUUUUGUGUGGCUUUUCUGUCUUACUAAAGCAUUCAGGGAAUCACUGCAAACCUAUUGCAGCAAUAGACACUACUGUUAACAUUACUACAGGGUGUCUGAUAAUAACUAUUUUGCUCUUAAUUGGUGUUUGCCUUUUCGUUGGGUGGAGUCAGAUGUUUCCUUUUCAUGUCAUUGUAGGAUGAGCACUUUUAGUUAAUGUUCUAAAGCUCUUUAUUUGGUAUUUUAUUCUUUAAUUGUACGUUGCUUUGCGUGUGUGUGUUUUUAGUAAGCAAUAAAUAAAUAAAUAUAACAAAUAAUAUUUUUUAUUUGUGGGACUGUAUUGAAUUUCAGACACUGUUCCAGAGUAUGCAUCCUGAGUUACAUAGGCAUAUACAAGAUGUCUGGAUCUGAUAAAUCAAAGCAAAGUUCUCCAUAUUGGGCACUCCCAAUGAUUGACUUUAUGUUCAUAUUAUUGUGCACAGCAGAGUACAGGACAGAUCGAGGUGUUCCACAGGACAGUUGCCUGCCAUUCAAGGAACAAGCUUAGUAAAAGAGACCCAGAUAAUUAAAGCAAGCUUGUUUAACAGGGUGUAAUGAAUUUGACCUGGAGGAAAUUCCUUUCUGGUCCUAGAUGUGGUAAUCAGUUAUCCCAAUGAAAAAGGAAAACCUGUUGAUCAAGUUUCCCAACAAAGGAGAAAUUCUUAGCAUUCUAGCCCUGGUCAAUCCUGUCAGUCAUCCCAGUGCUCCAUUUUUAGAAAGUGCAUCUCUUGAAGCCUGCAUUGCGUGUAACGUGUGGGAUGCAUGUAAAUGUGACGUAUCUGUAAAAUAUCUAGUUCAGUUUGCCAGAGUAUUUCUCUUCCCCUGUGUACAAGGUAGGCACUUAGAAAUCUGAAUUCAUUUAUUUUUCAACCCUUGACUUUUAAAGUAGCUAAAUAGCUGUCUUGUUCUGCUGUCCAGAGGCGUGUAUGGAAAAAAUUCUGUAAGCUAGUUCUGGUCCUGAAACAUGUCACAAAAUCAUGCUGAAAGGCAACCUCGGAGGUGGGGGGGGGGCAAUGGGUUGAGGUUAACAGAUUAAAUAUCAGAUUUAAUCCGUUAACCUUGCUACUGAUGCCUAGUCCUUACAAAGUCUUCUUCUUUGGAGGUCUUUAAGCAGAGGCUUGACAACCAUAUGUCAGGAGUCCUCUGAUGGUGUUUCCUGCUUGGCAGGGGGUUGGACUCGAUGGCCCUUGUGGUCUCUUCCAACUCUAUGAUUCUAUGAUUCUAUGAUUCUAUGAUUCUAUGAAAUAACAACAAACAAACUAGGAGCUGGAGGAGGUGGAAUUUCCUUUUCAUAGACAUUUCUUCUUCCUAAAAGAUCUCUGUAAUUAAGAUCUGAAGUUGUGAAUGGGUUGCUAUUUUCUCUCACUUUUCUGCCCUCUCCCCGCUUGCAUUUCCUGUUAAAGUUUGGCCUAAAUCCUAGAUACAUCUGCACAAGUUUUAAGUAAAACCACAUUUUUUAAUUAUUAAACAGAACUACUAUGUACAAAGAGCUAUGAGGCAUAACUAACAGUGUUGUGGCUACCUUCAGUGCCAGUGAUGGAGUUUUCUGAACUCUUGAAAACUUUGUUGUUGUUAUUAAAACUUCGUUUGUAUUAAGCGUUUUCUACAGAAGGAUCCUGGUUCAAUCCCUAGGUAGGACUGGGAAUGCUCCCUGCCUGAAACCUUAGCAAGCCCCCAUCGGUCAGUGUAGUUGUUGGACUACAACUCCCACCAUCCCUGACUACUAGCCCUGCUAGCUAGGGAUGAUGGGAUUUGUAGUCCAGCAACAGCUAGAGACACAAGUUUGAGAAACUGGACUGUAGGCAGGACUGACCUAGAGGGGCAAAUGGAUUGGACUCAGUUUAAGGCAACUAGCUUGCUAUGUUCCUUACGAAUUGCAAAAAAAGCAGUUUGCCUUCAAAAACAGAAUGGCAUCAAUAACAAAGCAGUAUGCUUUGCUAGAAAAUAAUGUAAUUGCAUGGUUUUAUUCCUGCUUCCACUUAAGAGUCAUAAUCUCUUACACAGUCUUCCUACAUAGCUUCUGUGUAAAUGAUUAUGAUGUGGACCCACAUGUUAUCAUAAUGAUUGGAAGGGGCUGCGGCUCAGUGAUAGAUCAAAAGAUCCCAGGUUCAGUUCUUGGGUUCUCUAGGUAGGAUUGGGCAUGCUGCCUGCCCCAAACCCUGGAGAGCUGCUGCUAGUCAGUGUAGGUAAUACUAAACUGGAUGGUCCAGAGCUUUGAACUGGCAUAAGGCAGCGUCCAAUGCAGGCAGGUUGCUUUAGUUAGGAAUUCUGAUGGGUACAACAACAGUAAUGUGAAUAAUCUUAGGUCAGUGUUUGUUUUUCUUAGUGGUGAUGAAUGUAGGGAGUGGACAUGAACCAACAACAAUACUUAGCACAGGACCUAAAAGCUUGAAAGGAUUGGACAAAUUGGAAAUUGAAGAAGCUGUGGCAUUGUCUCCAAAUAGUGCUAGCAGUGGAAGAAAUGAUAGAAGAUGGAGCAGCUAUUUUUCUUCUCUCAGCCCAUCCCUAUUUCUUGGUGGAACAAUGGCAAAACUUAGCUGUUGGCCUACAAACGCAUUGCCUCACUACAAAGCGCAUGGUUGCCACAGAAGAAAGUUGACUGUGCUCUGGCUUGCUUUAGCUUGUGCACUGUUGCUCAGUGGAUUCAAAUAUUGGGGCCCAAGCAUGAACAACUCUGAAUGGGCAUUAGUAGUGGUGUGCCACAAUGCCAAAUCCAGGGUAUGUAUGGCAGCUUGUAUUUAUUAAUUCACCAUGAGCCGUACCAUUUCACCACAGAUUCUGCUACAGUAUUUUACAUCAGAAUGUGAUAUAUGGCAAAGGCCCUGCUUGCCACUUGUGAGGGUGAUGCAGGUGAGCAAGCAACUCUCAGGUAAGAGAGUUCACACCCUGGAACAAUUUGGUGUGAGCUUUGUGCAUAGAAUAGAGCAGCUGGAGGGUAGCACAGCGUAGGCCAGCCCUUUCCUCAAACUGGUGCACUGCAAAUGUUUUGGACUACAACUUCCAUGAGUGCAAGCAUGGCUAAUGGUCAGUGAUGGUCCAACAACAUCUGGAAGGUACCUGGUUUGGGAAGGCUAGCCUCAGCUUUCCUCAUGUGUUGACGUAGCCAUAAAAAGAGGAGAUGGUUUCUGUUUCGACUAGCAACAGUCAGUGUGUCACAACUGAAUGUAAAAAUACAUAUUGCAAAAGUGCUUUAACAUAAGAACAUAAGAAGAGAGCCCUGGUGGAUGAGGCCAAAGUCCCAUCUAGUCUGCAACUCUCUUCCCACUGUGGCCAACCAUAUGGUGCAGGGACCUCACAUUGCGUGUGUAAAUGCUUCUAGUGGUUUAUAGUUUGAAGAAAUCAAGGAAAUGGAGAGUUGUUGGACAAGCAAGCAAUUUGGUUAGAUUAAUUCUAGGAAGCAGCAGAUAAUUCAAGAGCAAAGGAUCCAGGGAAUAACAGAUGUUGGAAAUCCAGCAGUAGCAACAAGAGAACUGAGUUUUCAAAGGAAUGGGGCUGGGCUGGGGAACUGGAAGAAGAACAGUUCAAGGGGAAAUGACAGUAAUUUCCCCCAAAUUUCCUUUUAAAGAAUUGUGGUACCACUCCUUUUCACUUCUCUGGAGAUUGGAUAUAUGUGCAAAGCGUUUGGAUGGUACCUUUUGAGAACAUCUUCUAUCCAGAGAUUAGUUAACUGUCAAUAAUUAAGUAUUCAUUGGCCUGCGUUUUAAUAGUUUGUCUUGCUUAGGCUGCAAUUCAACACGUUUGUCUGGGAAUAAGACCCACUGAACAAAGAAGACUUCACUUCUCUGCAUAGGAUUGGAUUGUUAGAAGAAUUAAUUCUAUUCAGGUGCAUACCUAAUGCAGACCAUUUGCAGUAGAUUUUCCUUUCGAUUUUUGAGGGGUUACUUUAGCCAUAUGUGGGGUGCUUCUUGGGGACAGUUUUCACCUCAGCGUUCAGGAUGACUUGGAUUCCUGCUGAUUCUGCAGAGAUUUAAGCAUGUGUUUAGAUUUGGUGCCUUGGAGGAAAACACAAAAAAUGAGGUCUGUGGUAGGGUUGGUAUUUUCUUCUCAAUCCUUUCUAAUUAAUUCUGUCUUUUGUAGUGCUGAGUGCAAGUUUAGCAUUGGUCUGUAAAGGAGCAGUUCUCUGAUGUCAGCUAUAUUACAGUUGCUUACAGAAGUGUUAGGUAGAUUAUGUACGUACAGUUGCAUGGAUUAACCCAGAGGUUUUCAACCUUUUUGAGUCCAGGGAUCCCUUGACCAACUACCUUCUUUCUGCUGUACACCUAUGGGGCUCAGUUAUGUCACUCCUUGCCUGCAGAGCUGGCAGACUUUCCCCCUUUUUUGAACACCCUCCCUUGUGCAAUAUUCCCUCAGCCUCCUCUCCCCUCUCAUUGGGAGUCCUCCGGGCAGCCACCGCUGCUGCUGCCGCCCCUGGUCUAUGAGCUGCCUUCCCUGCCCCAAAAAGAGGUGCCUCCUCACAUCGCCCCAUAGGGGCCUGGGGAGAGGAGGCCCCCAACCUUAGUGGCCCAACAUAAAGUGGCCAAAGGUGAACGUGAGGCCAGCACCUUACCUGGGUAGGCAGCAGUGGCGGCAGCAGGGCUGCUGCAACAAACAGCUGUGCAAGCCUUUGGGAGGCAGAGAUGCAAGAGGGCAUUAGAGAAGGGAGGGAGGGAAGGAAAGAGGGACAGAGGCUAGUGUUGCCCGCAGCACCCCUGAUCAUCAUCAAGGCACCCCAGGGUGCCCUGACACAUUGGUUGAAAACCACUGGACUAACCAAUGCAGAGUCAGUGCAGCUUACCAAUUGAUGUACCGUUCAGGAUCAAGUUUAGAGUAAGCACAUGGGAGCUUUGCAGCUUGAAAUGUGGCUUGGUACAAGUAUUUGUCCUAUCACAUUAAAUCACAAGUUCAUAAUUAUAUCCAAAAUAAAAUGUCAUACUGCCUUUAAACCCAGUGGGGAGGUGCAGGUGGGGCUUCAUUGCUCAGUCUUACAGGCUUCCCGACACCAACACUUACUAAGAGGGAGAGAGGGAGGUGCAAGGCAGCAGGAAGCUCAGCACUGUGAGAGUGCGGUGGGAGAGCCAGCCUGAUAUUCCUGUCAUCUUGCCCUCACCAUGCUGCCAUGCCCCUCCUUCUCAGUAAGUGCCGGUGUGGUGUAGUGGUUAGAGUGUCAGACUAGGACCCGGGAGACCAGGGUUCAAAUCCCCAUUUGUCCAUGAAGCCCACCCAGUAACCUUGUCCAGUCACUAUCUCUCAGCCUAACUUACUGAGUUUAUAGGGUCGUUGUAGGAAUGAAGAGGGGGAGAACCAUGUAUGGCACCUUGAGCUUCUUAGAGAAAGAGUUGGGAUGUAAAUGAAUACACAGAUUGUACUGGGAAGCCAGGAUAGCAAUUGCUGCCGGCUGCUACUACCAACCAUGACCUUAUUCAUAAAUGUUUUGGAAUAUAUUACUUAAUGGAAAACAAGUUAUUGAUGAGAUAUGUGAUCAAGAUGCUGUUGCGCUAAAAAAGGUUUCUGAACCACAACCCAGCUAAGUUUAACAAUGGGUGUGCGUGUGGAAUUUAUGCAGGUUUGCCGUUCCCCUUCUGUAAUGAUUUGCGGGUCUUUGCCAACUGCUUUUGACUUGCAGAGGUGCAUGAAUAUCUAACUCUUGUAUAACAAACUCAGUAAAUGGGUUGCAGCCUCCUUCCAGCUGAUUUUAUCCUGUGCACCAUUGCAAGCUGUCUGAAACGAAUGCUCCAGUGAAACACAUUGUUGGUGAGGCCGUGUGUGAUGAUAAUGAUCUAAGACCUAAUCCGAAGGGAUUCAGUAGGCUGGCUCUUGGAUGACAGUAAGGCAAUAUGGAUAAGAGGAUGCACAUCUAUUGGUUAUGACGUCAUUAUUAAACAGCAGAAUUCGUUGUUUUUUGUCUGCGAAGCUUUGUUAACCAUUCAUAAUAGCCUUGAGAAGCCCAUGAUUUACAAGUGCAGAGAAGAUGCAAAUAUCGAAAGGUAGCAGUAGAACAGAGAGUGGGUAUUCUUUGUUGUUUUGGUAGGUUUGGUCCUCCAGUCCAGUGAAUGCUUUUUCCUCAAGGGUUUGUAAUGAUUGGUUUAUCAGUUUUGAACUUUUCCUGCACAUGUCUAGUCUAGUUCAUUUGUGCAAAUGUUACAGCUGUUACUCUUGGCAAUCAUGUUUCUUUAAUGUCUGUUCCUACAGCUGCAUCCUCAAUGUUAGCAUCUGACUUUAAACCAACAAAAGCCAGAAAUUAGAGCGUAGGCUGUGACUUGGUUUCCUAAUCCUUAGCAUUGUCUAGGAAUUGUAGUGUGCUGUAUAAAACCACCUGCUGUGCAGAUGCCCCCCUUUUUUUGCACCAGAGUAAAGAGUAGAUUAUCACUGUGGUGCGUUUUUUUUCCAGCUGGAAGUCUAUAAUUUUGUCUAGGCAUUAUGUUAAGUAUGUAUGUGACUACCUUAAAACAGCUGAAGAGAUUGUAGUGGAACAAAUUAGUUGUGCAUUCCUGAAAAGCUUUUGUUAUGUAUUUUAAAAGACGCAGAGGGGAAAUAAGGGAGCAUGAAAGCAAUGUGGACAUGAAGCAUGCAUUAUUUGCUCUGGUUCAUUUUCAGUGAAAACUUACUUUACAAAAAAAGGGGGGGAAACAGCCCUAGUGAAAUCUAUUUUGAGGAAAGCCAUUUAGGAAGCAGCAUACAUUCACUAAUCAUUUUAAUCCCUAUCAAUCAGACAGGAUUACUAUUUGAACAAAGGCAGAAGAGUGGAAAUUUCAUUGCCAUGCAUAUAUCCAUUUUCUUGACCCCUGUUCCCUAAUUUAGAUUCAGAAUUUUGCUGGGUUCUUAUUUUACUUCAUUUCGUUCCAUGGGGUACAGAAGGUGCCUGUUGUACCUAAUACAACUAAAAGUAGAAUUUCCCCUCUCUUUGUAUUUGUGUAGAAUACAAAUAUGCUACAAAUACAAAGCUUCCUCCAUAAUGGAAGAGAAUGAUCUGGCAGCUAAGGUAGUCGGCUCAUAUCUCCUCUCCAGCAAAAGUAAUUUGUUUUAGUCGGUUUAGUGCAAUACUCAGCCUUGUUUCACAAGUCCAUAAUCCCUGCUCUUCCAUCUGUUUUUCAUUUUAAAAAAGUAUUCCUUUGAUCUGACACAGAAGUAGAAAAUUAAGAGAAAAUUUUGUAGGGUACUGCUCCCUGCCCUCCAGUCUUCAAACACUUCCACAUAGAAGAAGCAAGUCCUAUGUAUUUUUUUUACCUGCAACCACUGAAUAAUGCAUUAUGCAUGUGUAUUAAAUUUGUAUCUGCUCUGCCCUCAAUCAUGUAUAAACUGUGUGAGUGUGUUGCCAGAUUCUAAAUAGGAAAAGGAGGGCCCUGAAUUAUGCACAUACCUGUACUCACUUGUGCUUCAUCAUUGCCAUCUCUCUCAGUUAUUGGUCCCGGUUUUAAGCCAGUGGCACUUUUAGUUAAAAUUAAAAGGGUCUCAUGUAGCACGUGUGGGGAUGAUUUCCGACUAAGACCCAGAAGAGAGCCAUGCCCAGUUGGAGUAGUAAGAGCCUCAGUAGACAGUCAAGAGCUAGAAGGGAUCAUUGGACAUCACAGUUUUUGGGAGAACACGUGGAGUUCUUUUGCAUAAGACUCUUUAACCUGCAAAGUUUAAACAUUGCCAGCAACCUCAUGAAGUAUGAGACUAGCUCCACAAUUAGAAAAUAUAUGCACAAUCCCUCCCAAAUUCUGAAGGUAUGAUGGGACAGAAAUUCAUAGUGACUUCUGCGUACACUGUAGCCAAUGGUUUACACUGAACCAAACCAUAUAGGAAUGUGUGUUAGUCCUUUUUGGCCCAGAUGGCAUUGAAUCAGGCCAUUGCUUUGUAUACUGUUUGCUUCUUAUAUCGGGCAAAGUGAGCCGGCCUCAGAGCAUUCAGCAUAGUUGGAUCAUUUGUAAGAGAAAGUUAGAUGGAAAGGCAUUAGUCUAUGACAGGUGUGCUUAGACCAAUGCCUGGUUUAUAUUUCUGUAUCACUUUUUUAAAAACACCUUAUGAAUUAGUUAUUUAAGAAUCAGUUUAUAAUAUGCACAGGUGGGUCUGCUAAAUUCCCAUGUUUAAUCCCUGCCAUCUUCAGGUAGAGCUGAGAAAACAGCUCCCGUCUGAAGCCCUGAAGAGCUUCUGCCAGUAUAAAUACUUAGACAGAAGGGCCAGUGGCCUAACUUGGCACAAGGAACCUUCCUUUGCUGUCUAGUUUGAUUCCACUUAACAUGCUUGCCAACUGUUGCAGGAAGGGCGGAACUGUUGCUGUGUUUGAGUUUACGUCUUACACUGGAGACUGGCAUUUAUUUUAUGGAAGCUCAAAUAAAUCCGAUACAGCGAACAUUUUUGCGGCUAUAAAUGUUGGUAGAAUCAGUGGUGUGUGUGGCUGUCUUGUUUAAAGUAUCAUCUCCUGUUUUCUCCUGUGGAUUUUCAAAACCCGAAAGUUUGCUUUCAGCAUUGUUCCUGAUUUUGGUGCAUUCAGAGGCUGUUAUUCCUUGAGAGGAAGCAAAGGAAAUGGUUCCCAAAGGAAGCAAGAUGACUGAUAGGUGCUGCCCCUGAGGAUGGAUUGGUAUGACGUGGUGGCUUCUGGUCCUCUUUGGGAACAUGUGCAAGGCAAGGGGUACGCCUCUACUACAUGGGUAGCCAAUGUGGGUUGCCAGAUGUUUUGAACCAGAAGCCCCAUCAGCCCCAGCCAGGGUGGCCAUUGAUCUGUGUUGCUCACUGAUGCAAGAAAGUCUUCCCGUGGGUCUGAAACAAGUUACAAGCCUAGGAAACUCGUCAUGGAGCAAGGGGAAGUCAUGAAGUAAUGCACCCCACACUUGUAAAUAAACAAGGAAUCAAACAAGCAAAGACUUUACCAUGGUUUUUUGAAUGCAGUUUUGAAUUGUGUUCUAUAGCGAACACUGCAUUUACUCCCUUUUUUGUACAAUUCGAAUUGACUUUCUGCAUAAUCGAAGAGAAUGAUCUGGUCACAAAAGUUGCCAGCUCAUAUCUCCUCUCCAGCAAGGAUUCUUUGGAGAAAGCCGUGUGCUUUAAAUUUGGAAAGUUUGCUGGGAGAGUGGGAUUGACUCUUAGACCACUCCGAGAAUUGCAGCUCUCUAAGGUGAAUAGGGGCCUCUUCGCAACUCUCAGCACCCUUAACAAACUCCAGCUCCCAGAAUUCCUUGAGGGAAGCCAUGACUGUUUAAAGUGGCAUGAUACUGCUACAAAUGUGGAGAUGAGGCCAUAGCCUUUCUCAUUGAGUCUGGACCAGAAGGGAGUCUACCUGUAGCCUAGCUAAAGAAUAAAGAGCAGUAGGGCCAGCCCACACUACCUCUGUAGACUUUGCUCACGUCUGAGAUACGUCAUAAAGCAUGCUGCCACCAGGACUCCUUGCAAAUCUUUUCUGGUCCUGCAGAUUAGGUAGCAUUCUGUGAGAUGCAUCUACUCAUUUAGAUUAUGAAAUACAAUACAGAACUUGGUCAGACACAAAUUAUGAAUAUGGACGGCUUAAUACUGCUUGUUCUGCAGUACACUUGUAGCAUUUUUCUUCUUAGGACUGUGGUACAUUAAUUCAUAGAAUCACAGAAUUGUUGAGUUGGAAGGGACUCUGAGGGUCAUCUAGUACAAUCCCCUGAAAUGCAGGAAUCUCAACUAGAUAAUACAUGACAGAUGGCCAUCCAAACUCUGCUUUAAAAGCCUCCAAAGAAGGAGAGUCCACCACCUCUUGUGGGAGUCUGCUCCAUGGUUGAACAGCUCUUUCUGUCAGAAAACUCUUCCUGAUGUUUAGUUGGAAACUCCUUCAUUGUAUCUUGGAUCCAUAGGUUUGGGUUCUACGUUCCAGAGCAGGAGAAAGCAAGCUUGCUCUUAUUUCCCAUGUGAUAGCUGUUUAGAUAUUUGAAAAUGGCUAUCGUAUCUCCUCUUAGUCUCUUCUAAUAAGGCUUAUGCCAUUGAUGUAAGUACUCUUGACUUAAGAAGUGCCUAGCGCCAAUGCUGCUAUGAUCAUGCAAUCAAUCACCAGUAAUUCCAAACCCAAACACUGAGUCAUACACUAAAUAAGAAAAGUGUCUUGCACGUGUGUUAUAUUCCACCCCCAAUCACAGUAAACCUCCUGUUUUCUGCUUGUUUGGUCUGUCACAAUUUGUACGUUCGCAAGCAAUAAAUACAGUGUUGUAGUAGUCAAAAGUGAGCAAGCCUGUUAACCUUGCUUAUCUCAGAGUAGCAGUGAAGUGGGGUAAGACUUUCAUAUCUUAAUCUUAGAACCGUACCAGGUUUCAGAGGUCAUUGCUAGCAGGCAGAAGAAAGCAGGAAGCCAGGGAAAUAUGAAGGCGGUAGAUUGAUGACUAGAAAGAAUCUAUGUGGACAAGCUAUUGAUGAAUUUGUCUCAGGUGCUUAAGGCUGUUUUCAUUAAAACUUUGCUCACAAAGCCAGCAGUGUGUAGUCAGAAGCAUGCUGCGGUUGAUUUAUAUUUGUUUGUAUAGAGAACGUCAACACUGAUUGGUGAGAGGCUGUCCAAAGAUUGGUGACUUUAACUCAACGGCGUUUCCCCGUCCUACAUUUGAGGCCUUUAACCGUUUUGAUUAGGUGGUUGAGCUCCUUCUUUGCCCCAACACAUUGGCCUGGUUCUUAGGGUUGCUGUAGGUCCAGAAUUUCCUUUACACACACAAAUAUGGCAAUCUUAGAUUCAUAUACCGCAUUAAAAGAUAGUUAAAGGUAAAGGGACCCCUGACCAUUAGGUCCAGUCAUGACUGACUCUGGGGUUGCGGCGCUCAUCUCGCUUUAUUGGCCGAGGGAGCCGGCGUACAGCUUCCGGGUCAUGUGGCCAGCAUGACUAAGCCGCUUCUGGCGAACCAGAGCAGUGCACGGAAACGCCGUUUACCUUCCCGCCGGAGCGGUACCUACUUGCACUUUGACGUGCUUUCGAACUGCUAGGUUGGCAGGAGCAGGGACCGAGGAACGGGACCUCACCCUGUCACGGGGAUUCGAACCACGACCUUCUGAUCGGCAAGUCCUAGGCUCUGUGGUUUAACCCACAGCGCCACCCGUGUCCCAUAAAAUAAAAGAUAGUUAGAAACAACAUAAAAAUGAAGCAUGGUGGUGCGUACUGGAGAAAAGCUCUCCCUCCUCUCCUUUCCUUUCCUGCUGUUGCUGCACCUUCAGGAAACAAGGCCAAGUCUGGCUUGCCACGAGAUCUGAACCUGUGCUCGUGGUUUGUUUCUCUUCAAGGAACACUCCCCCCCCCCAUAAGUUUGUUCUUGGCUUACUGCUUGUGGAUAGUUUGGGGAAAACAAGCCAUGAGCCUGUCAUGGCGUGCCAGACUUUUGACUUGUUUCCUGGCAGUGCAACAGGGAGGAGCGGCAGCAUGCGCCACCAUGAUGUUUGUACGCAUUAAAAAAUACAUAGUUUUUGGAAUUACGGUUUAACGUGAUGUGUGAACUGGGCCAUGGUUUCAGACCACAUGUGAGCAUGCCUCUGGAGUUGCCUGUAUCUUUGGUUUGCACACUAAAUGGCUAAAUGAUACUAUCUCUUAUCUAAAUUUGAAAUGGUGCUCUGGUUUGAGCCUCAGCUCUUCUUAUCAGACAAGGAGAAUGACUCUUAUUGUUGUUGCUGAUCUAGUAACAGUUGAGGGGUGGGAAUCACCUAAUUGCUUUUAACUAGCAAGCUGCUGCUUUAAUGAUAAGGGUAGGGGAAAGGUUUAAGGACGGGUAAGACUGAUAACAAUGGCUUCCUCCAACCUCCACGCAAAUGUUACGUGGUACAGUGGUACCUCGGGUUAAGUACUUAAUUCGUUCCGGAGGACAGUUCUUAACCUGAAACUGUUCUUAACCUGAAGCACCACUUUAGCUAAUGGGGCCUCCUGCUGCUGCCGCACCGCCGGAGCACGAUUUCUGUUCUCAUCCUGAAGCAAAGUUCUUAACCCAAGGUACUAUUUCUGUGUUAGCGGAGUCUGUAACCUGAAGCAUAUGUAACCCGAGGUACCACUGUACUGUUCACAUGAUGGCGCAUCAUGUGCAAUAUAUUCCAUAACAGUAUAAAUUGCCACCAUUUCAUAUAAUUUUCUGAGCUCAGCUACUGUGGCCUUCAUUUUGCGGCAGCAUAGCAGGGCAUAGGGCUGGAAUUUUAAGGGAAGGGGAAGCUAAGGGUGCAUUGGGGAGGGCAUUGUGACUCAUUGUAAAAUAACGAAAGCCUAAAUAGGUCUGAUACAAGUUACUUAAUUGAUUAAUUCAUUUUGACUUAGAUUUUUAGUGCUAGGUGCCACAGUGUUCAUCUAGGCUAGAGAUAGGGAACCUGUGGCCUUCCAAUGUUGCGGGACAACUGCCUCCACCAUUGCUUACCAUUGGCCUUGCUUGUCAGGGCUAAUGAGAACGGCUACAAGGUUCCCCUCAUCCAUGAUCCAGACCCUACAUCCUAAAUGGAUUUUUAAAAAUUCUAAGUGGAUUCUGAAAGGAGAUCUUUAUCACAGUUGGUAUUGGGUUUGAAUUGAUUUUAUGUAUGUGCUGUUGCUAUUUUAAACUCUCUAUUUUUUAAAAAAAUAUGUUUUUAUAAUAUGUAAUAUGUUUUUAUAAUAUGUUUUUAUUAUAUUGGAAAAAGGCUUUGGGAUGCCUCAUGGGAAGUGAUUUAUAAACGAGAUAGAUAAAUAAAAAUAAUUGUGAUAACCAUAAUGAUAGAUUCUGGUGUAACCACUGAUACCCUUGAAGUUCUACCAUUAUGAGAAACUCGUUUUUCUUGGAAUAUUUGUGCUGUAGCUCUCAUGCCCAGGCUGUUGUUGGCAUGAUGGACCCCAGAGGAUAAGGCAUCAGGUAUCACAUUACAAAUGCCCUAAGCCCUCGUAUUUAUGGGACCGCCUCUCCUGGUCUGCCCCGCAGAGGACCUUAAGGUCCAUGAAUAACCAUAGUUUAGAGGUCCCGGGCCCUAAGGAAGUCAGACUAUCCACCACCAGGGCCAGGGCCUGUUCAGUGAUGGCUCCGACCUGGUGGAAUGCUCUGUCCCAGGAGACUAGGGCCCUUCAGGAUUUAACCUCCUUCCGCUGGGCCUGUAAGACAGAGCUAUUCCACCUGGCCUUUAAUUUGAACUCAGCCUGAUCUUUUAUUUCCCUUCUCUCCCCCCCUCCUUUUUAUGAAGAUUACCCGCUCUGGGACCCCACAGCUAAUUCUCCACUGGCCUCCUCGCUGGCCCAAGUAGGUCUAAUUUAGCCAGCUAGCCCUGGUGACCUAGCCAAUGUUUAUUGGAUGGAUUUCCCUCAAAUUGACUUUUGUACUUUGAAUUUUAUUGUUAUUCAUGCUUUUUUACUGUAUUUUAUGCUGCUUUUUUGUUGUAUUACGAUUAAGUGUUUUAAAUUUGUUGUUAGCCACCCUGAGCCCGGGUUUCUGAACCGGGAAGGGCGGGGUAUAAAUAAAAAUAUUAUUAUUAUUAUUAUUAUUAUUAUUAUUAAAUGACUUGAUCCUUGCUGUUCUGCUUCCAACAUCAAGUUGGGAAGGCAAAUGGAUAAGGGAGCAUUUUUAAAAUAAUGGAAUGGUCUUUUGUCUUCCUGGGAUCUGUUAGCUCAUGUGUACGUGCUGUUAUGUUGCCUUACUUUUUUCAUUGAGGUCUGUUAAGCCAGGGCUUCUGUUUGGUGGCUUCGCCUUGCUUUUAAUUCAUCCCCUCCAAUUACUUAGCAUCUUCUGUGUGGCUAGACACAGACUUCAUAGGCAGUUUGCUGACAUGGCUAUGACUUUCCAGCUAGUAUGUUUCAAUUACCUAGCAAAAAAUAUUUUGUAGGAGAAAGGACAGGCCCAGGAAAAUGAAGGAAAGUAUUGGGUUAUGGGAGGGGAAGACACCUGAUAGAUGAGAGAAACAUAAUAAUGCAGCAAAACCCAUUUUUAAAUCAAUUUUCUUACUUUGUGUGUAUGUGACUGUAUCUAUAUAUCAUGUAUAGACAAAAUUAACUAGAUUGGUGGAAUGGAUCAACAAUAUUUCAAUAGUAUUUUUAUUUAUCUAUUAUUGGCAAAGUUGUCUUGUAAAAUGUGCAUUUAGCAAAGUGACAAAAUAAAAAUUUAAUGUAGAAGAAUGGUCUGCUAUAAUUCCCCAGAGAGAUUCUUGCCAGAUUCAUAGAGUUUUGUCUAGUAUGAUGGCGUCUUGCAUGGCGCAGGUGGAGCUUAGACUCUGCCUGCUGUUCGAGAAGUUUAUUUUACGUAUUGUGAGGGGCAAGGCCUAGUAUCAGUGAGAUGGCAUUACGUCUAGCAAUGGCCAGAUUUCCCAUUUGAAAGCAAAUUAUGGGGCAAAUUUUCCAAGAUGCAUGUUGACUUGUCCUUUUGGGCUGUAAAGAGUUUUAGGUUGCAACCCUAACCGCACUUACCUGGGAAUAAACCAUAUGGAAUUCAGCAAAACUUACCUCUGAGUAGACAUAGCUAGGAUUUCAGUGUUACUCAGUAAUUGGUAUUGACUAAAAACAUAAAAUGAACAAUUAGAACCUUGAGUGGGUUUGGUUUUUUUUUUAAAAAAAUAUCAAUGGAUAGGUCAAGUAACAAUGCAAAUCUAGUACAGUGGUACCUUGGUUCUCAAGCUUAAUCCAUUCCGGAAGUCUGUUCCAAAACCAAAGCGUUCCAAAACCAAGGCACGCUUUCCCAUAAAAAGUAAUGCAAAAUGGAUUAAUCUGUUCCAGACUUUUAAAAACAACCCCUAAAACAGCAAUUUAACAUGAAUUUUACUAUAACAAGACCAUUGAUCCAUAAAAUGAGAGCAAUAAACAAUGUACUGCAGUCACACAAUCAAUCAGUAGUUGAACUGGGUUCCACACAGUCACAAAAACAAAACAAAAAGAGCAACAAAAACAAAAACACAAAAUAAAUAGCUAAAACAGACAGACCUCAGCGUAACACUCAAAACAGAAGUGUGGCACUCAAAUUGGAAGCGUAACACUCAAAACGGAGCAUGUUCGGCUUCCAAAAAAAGUUCGCAAACUGGAACACUUACGUCUGGGUUUGCAGUGUUUGAGUACCAAGGCGUUUGGGAACCAAGGUACCACUGUAUUGGUUUUAUUGUUGUUGUUUCAUGUAUGUCAAUGGUGUAUCUUGGGGAGCAGCAUGGGAGUACAUGACAGUGGCCGUAUAAGGAAGCUCCUAUCCAGAGUUUGAUAUCUUUAGCUUAUCAACAUAUGGAUAUUUUCAGUGCCAUGUUAUCCUUACUAUUUAUAGCAGUUCAGUGAAACCUCUCAUGUUUCUGCUCUGCUAGGAUGAAUUCAAGUUAUAAUUUUAAAUAAAAAAAUAACUUUCCUCUGUUCCCUCUUCUAUGCUUCUGUCCCUCUUCUUCUGUAUAGCUUUCAGUGUGCUAAAAUCCUUUGUUGGAUUUUUUUAAAGUACCUGGAUAUGGUUCUUGAAGAGGACAAGGGAGAUUCUUUGUGCAGUGAAACCACGUGAUGAUAUGCUUGACUGAUGCACACUAGGUAAUUGUCAGCCUGGGUGCAGCAAAUGUUUUAUAGGGCCCGCAAGUGUUGUUAACAUUGUUCUUAGAGAGAAAUGCCUUAUUUGCUGAACAUUAAGCUCGAGCAUGUUUCUGCGCUGCUUAUCUGUGCACUGGGGACCUUUGAGGAACUUAAUUUCCAUGUUUUCCUAUGCAAAUGGGUCUGAUCCGCACACCUCCCCGGCUGUUGUGUACAUUGGAAUGCAAUUCAUAAUCCGCAGGGUUUUGCAGUUCUCUGAAUUUUUCAAUGUAGUUCUCCAUUAAAAAAAACCCAAACAGGUUUUUAAAAUUGCUUAUUUACGGGUAAAAUAUAUUUAUAAAUGUUGUACAUACAUUGAUAUAAAAUAUGUAUUUCAAAUGCCUCUCGUGAUGACUCACAAGCUGGGGGCCUUGCUGUGCAUGGUGGAGGACUCAGAAGAGGUAAAGGUAGCUUCACUGGGCAGAAGCCAAGAAGGAGAACUCAGUCCUGCCUCCAUCCUCUGACUCAGAGAUCUGUCUCCUACAGGCACUCCUGUCUUCCACUGCCUCCCGCAGUUUGGUCAAACUCAUGCUGAUAGCUUCAAGAACACUGUCCAACCAUCUCGUCCUCUGUCGUCCCCUUCUCCUUGCGACCUCCAUCUUUCCCAACAUCAGGGUCUUUUCCAGGGAGUCUUCUCUUCUCAUGAGGUGGCCAAAGUACUGGAGUCUCACCUUCAGGACCUGUCCUUCCAGUGAGCACUCAGGGCUGAUUUCCUUAAGAAUGGAGAGGUUUGAUCUUCUUGCAGUCCAUGGGACUCUCAAGAGUCUCCUCCAGCACCAUAAUUCAAAAGCAUCAAUUCUUCGGUGAUCAGCCUUCUUUAUGGUCUAGCUCUCACUUGUAUACAUCACUACUGGGAAAACCAUAGCGUUAACUAUACGGGCCUUUGUUGGCAAGGUGAUGUCUCUGCUUGCAGAAGUUAGAAUACUGCUAAAUAAGGCAAAGGCCCUUUAGCCACCCAACCAGUUCCUCCAGUGAAGUGCAGCCUACAGCACUCAUCCUUAUCUGCCCACAUGAGGCCCCAGUUGGCUCUGUAGCUCCCCACUGCAACUUCUUGUAGCUACCUUAGAAGGGGAGAGCUUCAGGAGCUGUCCAAGGUCUGGUCUGCUGUCUGCUUUGACCCUACAUGUGAGCUUUGUGACCUGGUGUGGAAGGUGGCAUGGAGAACUGCUGAGAGGAAGAGUAUAUUGGCAAAAGUAUCUAUUGUCAGAGCCUCCACUGGAUGAAAGCCUCCUAUCAGUGGCAGGACACUGCUCUUAGUUUUAUGCUUACUACUUCUGACUGCAAGAAGAUCAAACCUCUCCAUUCUUAAGAAAAUCAGCCCUGAGUGCUCACUGGAAGGACAGGUCCUGAAGCUGAGACUCCAGUACUUUGGCCACCUCAUGAGAAGAGAAGACUUCCUGGAAAAGACCCUGACGUUGGGAAAGAUGGAGGGCACAAGGAGAAGGGGACAACAGAGGACAAGAUGGUUGGACAGUGUUCUCGAAGCUACCAGCAUGAGUUUGACCAAACUGUGGGAGGCAGUGGAAGACAGGAGUGCCUGGUGUGCUCUGGUCCAUGGGGUCACGAAGAGUCGGACACGACUAAACGACUAAACAACAACAACAACUUCUGAGUUCGAGUUUCAGAGUCUUUGCACUUGGAAUACCCAGCUCAAUGGAUCACUUAAAAUAUCUUCUCGAUGUGUGCCGGAGCGGAGGUUGCUGUGGAGACUAUAACUUCUAAUUAUGGCUAAUUAACCAGAACUGCUUACAGGAGCACCCUCAACCUGAAAUCUAGUCACUUAAUUGGCAGCUAAAAAUAAAUCGCUACACCUGCUUGUGCCAAUCUGUAUAACUAAUAGUUAUUUUUCUGGGUUUGUUUGAAGUGCUUCACAGAUAUAAAAACCAGGAUGCGCAACACAAGUUGGUUAUGUUGGUGGUUGUAAAAAUAGUGUCAAAUGAACCCGGUAAAGAAAUGGAACAAUAUUGUGACUCAUUGUAAUGGUCUGUCUGUCUGGCAUGUAACUUAGACAUGUCUGGGUGUAGACUGAGUGUUAGCAGAGGAGAGAAAGGCUCAGGGCAAUUUUCCUUCUGAGUAAAGGUGGUGCUCAGUGUUUGUCCUAGUAAUGUAGCUUCGUUAUUUUCAUUGUGUCUACUCUGAGUAGGACUGAGUUGAAUACAACCCUGGGGGUAGGAUUCAACUAAUUAGGCCUGCUAACAGAAGCCUGUACAAGGACUUCCACUAAUGCAAUGAAGUUUCCUUCCUUCUCCCCCGUGCACCCCCAAAAUUGGCUUGGGGGGUGGCGGGAGAGCGCACAGAAUAGCACCCAGUGGGAGGAGAGUGGGGGUUGCCUUGCUUGGCAAGGUGAAAAGCUUGCAUGAACAGAAUGAUUGACAUGCAGUAUGGUGAAUUCCUCCCUAGGAGUGGGAUUCAAGUAAGUUGUAUUCAAAGUAGACUUAUUGAAAUUGGUGAACGUGACGACUUUAGGCCCGUUAACUUUAGUGGGUGCUGCUCUGAAUAAAAGCUGGUUGAAUGUGUUUCUAAAAGGGACAUUCUUAAGAUCUGAUGCAUUUCUAUAUUUCUUAUAAAAUAAAACCUGGGUAAUUGAAAUGUUUUGCAGUACAGUGGUACCUCGGGUUACAUACGCUUCAGGUUACAGACUCCGCUAACACAAAAUAGUACCUUGGGUUAAGAACUUUGCUUCAGGAUGAGAACAGAAAUCGCGCAGUGGCAGCGGGAGGCCCCAUUAGCUAAAGUGGUACCUCAGGUUAAGAACAGUUUCAGGUUAAGAAUGGACCUCCAGAGCGAAUUAAGUUCUUAACCUGAGGUACCACUUUAUUAAAAGGUUUACACACCAACUGAAAUAGAAAGAAAUUGAGGAAUGCAUCUUUGAUAUGUAUAGACACUCUCCGCUGCCAUAUCUUUAUUAAUCUUAAAAAGGUAAAGGUAAAGGACCCCUGACAGUUAAGUCCAGUCAUGAGCGACUCUGGGGUUGCGGCACUCAUCUCGCUUUACCGGCCGAUUGAGCUGGCGUUUGACCGCAGACAGGUUUUCCGGGUCAUGUGGCCAGCAUGACUAAGCUGCUUCUGGCGAAACCAGAGCAGCGCACAGAAACACCAUUUACGUUCCCGCCGGAGUGGUACCUAUUUAUCUACUUGCACUUUGACGUGCUUUCGAACUGCUAGGUUGGCAAGAGCUGGGACCAAACAACAGGAGCUCACCCCGUCGCGGGGAUUCGAACCGCGACCUUCCGAUCGGCAAGCCCAAGGCUCAGUGAUUUACACGCCACCCGCUUCCCUUAUUAAUCUUAAUCAGGUGUUAAAUGAAACUUUAAACUUCACAUCUAUAAUAAGUGUAGGGCACUGUGAGUUAAAUAUUAUUUCUUUUUCUCCAUUGCAAAUAGAGUUGUUGUAACAUUCAAAUGCACUAGCUCGGAAUAUGAAUAUGUCCAGAUUAGGCAUAGGCAAACUCGGCCCUCCAGAUGUUUUGGGACUACAAUUCCCAUCAUCGCUGACCACUGGUACUGUUCGCUAGGGAUGAUGGGAGUUGUAGUCACAAAGCAUCUGGAGGGCUGAGUUUGCCUAUGCCUGGUCCAGAUUAUAGUACUUCACUACAUUGCAUUACAUUUCCUCAGGAAUUUUUUCUUCAAUGCAGCGUGUGACUGCACACAUCUCUGUCUUCUGGUGCUUUGAAGUCUUGGGGGGGCGGGACCACACCACUGGUGUUUGGGGCCUUGUGGAAUGUGGUUUUCCAGGGCACUGGAGUCAUCAGUAAUUUUCAGGAUCCAUAAACAGCAUUCCUUUGUGCCAAGGAUGCUGUUAUGAGCAUGCUACCCUGGAACAUACAGUUUCUGGAGAACUUGAUAUUCAUACUAAGGAGUCAGGUGCUCCAAAAAGUGCCAGUUUCCAGGGCCCAUUUCUUUGGACUACAGUGGCACCUCGGGUUACAGACGCUUCAGGUUACAGACUCCGCUAACCCAGAAAUAGUACCUCGGGUUAAGAACUUUGCUUCAGGAUGAGAACAGAAAUCAUGCGGCGGCAGUGGGAGGCCCCAUUAGCUAAAAUGGUGCUUCAGGUUAAGAACAGUUUCAGGUUAAGAAUGGACCUCCGGAACGAAUUAAGUACUUAACAUGAGGUUCCACUGUAUUGACUUUACAGCUCUCAAGGAAUCACAGUGUGUGGGGGUGGGGGGAAUGGACAUUUCUCAGAGAGGCCUCUGGUGAUACUUCCAUUUCCACAUCUCUGAGGAAAUGGAAGUGAGUUGAAGAAGGGUGCAGGGGCUUGUGAGCUUCCAAUGGCUGAGAUGAAUCCUUCAGAAUUUGUCAUGUUCCAAUUGCUGUCAUCAGGUGUUCCACAGGGUCCAGAUUUUGGAAUUUGGCUUGGGAAGGAGGGAAAUGUGUGUUGUUUGCUGAGACCAAAGCCAAACCAAGGAAGUUAACAUUGUUUUUUAAAACCAAUGUUAAUCACCUUAUUAUUACUUCUUAUCACUGUUAAUCACAUUAUUAUUAUUAUUAUUAUGAUGUAAAUAAUAUGCUAUUAUAAUGUAAAUAAUAUGCUAUCCUAAAGAUCCCUGGCUGGGAAGUGUGAUAGAUCUGUUUGCAGCAGGUUAAGGGACUGCUGUGCUUAGAUAUAGAUAUAGAUAUAGAUAUAGAUAUAGAUAUAGAUAUAGAUAUAUUCCAGAUGUUAUAACUAACAUCAGGUUUGACUUGAUAUUUGAAUGUUCAAAAGACGUAUUCCUUCCAGUUUAAAAGAAAAUGGAGAAGUGCGGUACCUCAGUGAACAUGGCUGUCCUACAAGGCAUCACCAGAAGCCAUUUUAAGAAUCAUUGUUUCUGACACUUGGAGAACAAAAGAGACAUAGGAACUGAAUGGGAACUGAAAACAUCUUGCCAUGCAUUUUAUUAGAGUUAAAAAGGAAGCAUCCAUAUGCUUUUAGAUUUAAAGCAGAAGAUGAAAUGCAUAGCGUGAGCUUCCUUGAAAAUUAUUUGCAGGUGCUGGGAAGGAGCGAAGGCACUGAAAGGACUAAAGGGAAAUGCUCUUCACACAAGAAGAGUGAAACACAAAAACCAAGCCCCAUUAAGACAUUUAAAAGCUUUACUUAGUCACCACUCAAUUACCCCGCUGCCGCAAAGGAACAAUUCCACUGAAAUCACUGGAGGAAAUGCUCGUGUUUAAAAUUAUUAUUUUUAAAAGUGAAAACAGACAAAGGAAAGAACAGGGCAUAUUUUACAUGGCUGUCUGGGUAGCUUUGGUUGGAAACUCCAGUUUUUGUGUGUGUGUUUCCUUUUGUUUUGUAGUAAAGUUAAUUAUUCAGUGUACUGUACAGAAAUACAUAACCCAGCAGGGUUUCAGCGUGAUUUAAAUGCUUAAUGUAUCCUGUGAAGAACAAAACAAAGCAUGUAUACUGCUGUCAUCUUUGACAGUUUGACAUGAAUUUUGCUGGUUACAGUGAUGUUUUAUAUUAUAAACAUGUGAAAGUACAUAUACAUAUACAAUGUCACUGCUGGGUUGUUUCCCCCCGAAUCCUAAAUCCUUUGAAUUCACAAAUCAUUUAAACAACUGAACACAUGCCAAAUUAUGUAUUUUCUCUAUAUUUUGAGUUUGGUGACAGUAAUACAAGUUUAUACGUAUGUGUUAGUGUGCAGAGGGUUUCUUAUGAAAAGUCUGCCUUAUUCUUGGAAGUAUUUUAGUUUUUGAGGUACACCUAACAUAUUUAAGGAAUGGAAAUCAUGCAAGAUAUAUUCCACUAAUAUAUUUCACUGAGCAACUCUGUUUUUCAGCUAUUACUUUCAUCAGAUGGAUGAAAACAGAGCUUGUAGAUAGUAGAGACUGUUUAAAGGGCACUUCAACAAACCUCUAGGGACUUCCGUGAGGCACAAAAUAAGCUUCGUCGACACAACACUGGCAUUGUUUGCAGUGUAUUGUGGAAAUGGGUUGGUGGUGUUCUAGACCAAAUGAAGAUUUGUCACUCUUCUGAGAAUUAAACUACUGAUUUGCCUGCUCUGCUUCACUUACACUGGCUUUUGGUAGCCUUGCAUUAUUUUAAUAUUCAUGCUUAGAGGCAAGAUCAUUAGAGCAUCUUUUAAUUUCUUUGAUAGGGCGUUCAUGAUGCUCUUGGAAGCUCAUGAAUAUGUUGCCUUGGUUGAAAACAUUGCAUUAUUGAAAGCUGUGUCUGCUUCAUUGGAUCACAGCAGGCAGCAAGUUAAUAUGGUCAGGUGUUCUAAUAAAAUAAAUCAUAUAAAACCCAAUGGAAGUCUGUUGUUAAUGUUGCUAUUAAUAUACUGGUCUGUUUGCUACGUCAGCUACAUGGAAGUCCAGAUUUCUAUUGGAAAUUUCCAUAUUAGAUCAAAAUUGUAGGAAUGCUAACAAUACGGCUCAUGUUGGGACUAUUAAGGCAAAUUAAUCUGCUUUGCAUGCUGGAGAACACUCACCACCUUUUUUCCUGAGGAUAAUGGAGUGUGCUAACCAGAUCCUCUAAUGAACAUUCUCUAUAAAUAUAUUUAAAUUAUAACAAUAGCUGGUCAGUAUAUUACUGCAUUAUGUAAGGGUUUUUGUGUUUUUUCUGGUAGCCAUUUAAAUGAGCUGAUUUCUUAUAAAUAUUAAAGCUUCUUCUUAUCUUCCUUCAUUUAUAGGCACUGGAUGUUGACCGAACUGUUCUUUAUAAAAUGAAGAAAUCCGUAAAAGCCAUAAAUAUUUCUGGGCUUGGUAUGUACAGUCGAACUACAUUGCUAAAAACUAAGCAUUUGAAAACUUGUCCUACUUAUGCAUUUGCUGGGAAUAUCUGUGAAAGUGUUAUAGGCGUGUUUGGUGCAGACAUAAUGCUGAUUCCCCAUGAACCCUGGUUUGCCAACCAGAAGCUCAUGAAUAAGCACUUUAUGUUGCCUCUUUCUUGAGUGCUUUCCAUUCCUAGAGUUAACCAUGGUUCUUUGUUUACGUACGCACUGAUGCAAGUUAUGCUUGAUAAAAUCCAUAGGUUCCCCACAAAUCAAAGAUUGAAAACAUGGUUUGGCAUGGGGUUGAAAAUGGAAAUUUUGAAUUGGUACACAAGUAAUAUAGAAUCAUAGUAGAUACUGGGAAGUAAGAGUGAAAUAGUCCUGGAAAGAGGAGGAGAGAGGGAGUGGCCUUGUUAGAACGUAACUCUAAACUGUGAUUUAAUGUUAGAUGAAUGAGCCUUGGGCCUGAAUACUCCCCGCUCCUCUACUGGUGAUUCGAUGCUUUAUCCUGUGUUUCUGAUUAACCACAACACUGUGCCCAAAGUUGGACAAACUGUUGCUAGUCUUAACUGUGGUUGGGUAUAUCAAUUAUCAUAGAUUAGCAUAAUGUCCAAACCAUGAUAAUGUGUGUUCAUAAAGUUGGAUUCCAUUUUGCAGAUAACAGUUUGCCAGGAGCAAGUGUUGGGCCAUUGUGAAGACAUUUGUAGACAGUAAUUCUGCACCACAGCCAACAAGCUUAGUCAUGGUUUUGCAAAGACCUCAAACUUAGUUUUAUUGGUUUCACUAAUAGAGCAUUGUAUUUCUCCUGACUUGAAAGUAACUUUCCAUAAACAAUCAAACGUCUUCUUAUGUCCGCCUCCACUUGCGUCCAUUUCGCCCAACAUCCAUGGCAAACCCAGAAGUAACCAGCGGGUUUGCUGCCGUUCGCGCAUGCACAGAAGUGGCGAUCGCCGUUUGCACAUGCGCAGAAGCGGGCAAUCGCCACCUGCGCACAACGGCGCCUCUCCCAGUGACCCAUUUUGACCUCCAGACAGACCUCCGAAAUGGAUUAUGGUCGCAGGUAGAGGUUCCACUGUAAUGUGUUAUGCCAUCUGAGUGCAAUACUGCAGCCUGGUGAUCUGUAUGCAGGUUUCAAGUGAUGCUUAUGGUAAUUCCUACACUAGCUGUAACUGCCAUGUAGUUGGUUAUUUGGCCAGUCAAAUGCCAUCAAAUUAUGGCCAAGUCUUUAAAAAAUAUUAACUUUGUUAAAACAAAAAAGAGACUUUAGACAUCUAUAAAAACAAAUGUAAACAAUUGCUAUAAGUUAGGUAUUGAUUGAUUGAUCACCUGAUACAAAGUUACUAAUAUAUAUGAGGGACACGGGUGGCACUGUGGUCUAAACCACUGAGCCUCUUGGGCUUGCCGAUCGGAAGCUCAGCAGUUUGAAUCCCCGCAACAGAAUGAGCUCCCAUUGCUCUGUCCCAGCUCCUGCCAACCUAGCAGUUUGAAAGCACACUCAAUAUCAAUUCAUUUUCCUUCUGAGUGUUGAGGUAAAGAUUUCUGCAAGGCUUGUGUUUCUCUUUUGGAGAUCUUUGCAGCUUAGACCAAGCAGCCUGUAUGAGAUUCACAGCUAUGUAGCUAGAUUGUCCCUGGGUAGUGUUGGGUUAGCAAGUCCUCAUUGCUAGCAAAUGAAACCACAACAAAAUUUGAAAGGUAAGCUGCUUCCAAGACAGUGGCAGCCUUGGCCUCAUUGAGUUACAGAAUUAUAGGCCUGGUUUGUACAUCAUGGUGACCCAAAUUAUGGGUUAUCAGGACUGCUCAGUCAUGCAGGUUCCUGGAGAGGAGCUCACAGACCCUUUGCUCCUCCCUCUCUUCUUUACUUCCAUGCCAAGGUUUGUUCAUGGAUACAGCUUGCGGUUGGCGAGGAGGGAGUUUAACCACAAGAUCUGGUUUGGAUGACACGCUGAGCCAAACCUUGGCCUAGCUCAUCGGAAGGGAAAAAGGACUUGACAAUGAACAAAGCAGCUCUGAGCUCCUCUCCAGGGGCCUUGCAAGCUCACAAGCUAUAUAGUUUGGCUCACUAUGAUGUGUGAACAAGGCCAUAAAGUUGAAAGGGAUCUCAAAAGUCAGAUAGCCCUACUCCUUAAAGGAAAUCCACUGCUACAGCAUAUCCAAUAAGUGACAACUUAAUUGACAAUUGGCAAAUAAUAUAAUAACUCUCAGUUGACCAGUGUGACAACCCUAAAAUACAGAGGAAAGUAUUUGUAGCUCGUGGUAGAGCACAUGCUUGCAUUCAGAAGAUCCCAGGAUCGGUCUUUUUUAUCCAACACUAGAACUGCACAUUACUAGAGUAGUUCUCAAACUGUGGGGCAUGCUUGCUGGCAAAGGAGACUGCAAUGUUUCAGAGGUGGGAAUACCUUGCAGCAAACAGAGCCUGAGGCACUGUUCCCAUGGGUUUAGCACUGCAGCCCCCCAAAGUGCUAUACCAGUCAAGGGAGCUUUGGCCACAGCAGCUCCUUCCUAACCUUUGCAAACGUGGGUAAAACAUUGUGCACACUUAGGUUAGAGGGACAGUGUUGGAAAGGACGAUUGCCUCUCUAGGCUGGCUUACUUUUAUAUCUUUGAGUGUUUGGAAUUUUCUGUUCACUUUUCCUGUAUGUUAUCUGUUUACUAUGUUCUGCAUCUGUUUACCUUUGUAAGAGCUGUUUUGAUACUUUGGACCCUGAUUCAUACACUUUGUACGUGCACUUUGUAUAUACCUAUACAUGCAGCGUUGUUCAUUUUGCUGCAGAGUGAUAGUUCCCCAUUGUAAUGAAAUGGGACACUUUUCCUGGCAGGACUGGCAACUAAGUAAUUGUUAAUUAAUUAGCCAGUUUUUGUUAGAAUUUUAUGUAUAAGACAUAAGUGAUUGUUAUUAAAUUAUUAAGCUGUUUGAUUUGCCAGGAUCUAAGGAAUAGAGGGGUUUUUGUUAGCAUGUUAUGACACCUUAACGACCUUUACCUCCAUUUUGGAGAUCUUUUUUUAUCUGUUAUGCAUCGUUGACUUAUCUAGUGGGUUGCUUUGAAUCUUAACAAAUGUUUAAAAUAUAAAUACAAAAUUGAAAGUGUUCAAAUGCAACUAUUUUCCAACUGCAGGGGAUAUUUUACAUUAGUGGAGACCGUAUUGCAGCUAUUGAAAUUAACAUAAUCUUUGUUCUCUUUGAAGCUCAUGUUGAAAAUGAAGAACAGUACACUCAAGCACUGGAGAAAUUUGGAGGAAACUGCGUCUGCAGGGAUGAUCCAGAUUUAGGAACAGCAUUUCUAAAAUUUGCAGUAUUUACAAAGGAGUUGACGGCGCUCUUCAAAAACUUGGUAUGAAAUAAUUUGGCCCUCCCUAAAACUAUUAUUAUAUGUAGACUUGGAACUGAAUGGUGUAGCUUUAGCUCUUAACCAGAAUAAAUUAAUCUUUAAUACUUGAUCUCAUACAAAGUCCAAAGCUUUGAUAGACAUUAAGCUUAGCUACCCUUCAAAUUUUGCAGUAACCUUCCCGUGGCAUCUGAGGAAGUGCAGUAGAAUAUACUUUGACUUAGUGGUGUGCUUUUUUAAAAAGAAAACCGAAUAGCUGUUUCUGAAGCUUAGCUAACAGAGCUUUAAUUUGGAAAUGUGAAUGUCUAUAGAGUUGAAAUCUGAUUACUGUGGGGAAAUGUUUCAUGUGUGCAUGCAGUGGAUAUUGUAAAUGGUUGUAAAGACAACUUUGUUAUCUAGCCGUCUCAAGGAGAGACUUCCAGCCUCUUUUAUAAUUGGUUUCUUUUUCAACCCUUAAUAACACUAAUUGCUAUCCUCUGACUGAACCGAACCCUCUCCUGGGGGCUGGGAAUGAAAAAUGGGGGAAGAGGAUGAGUCAUUUUGACCUGGUCUCCACAUUGCAUCACAGUAUGAUUGUGUUGAAUGGCACUGAUAGUGUUUGUUCGGAUGUUGGAAGAAGAUACUUUAAAAAAAGACAGCUGUGCCACUCACAAGCCCUUUCCAGUAUUACAGCACUUAUGUAAUAUUUAGUGCCUCGAGUGAGUAGCAAGGCAUUUUUGUGUGAGUUGCUCUGUCAACUUCUCAGUUGUCCAAUGGUUGAAAAAAAUCCUUUCUCAGUAACAUCCCACUCUACAUAUUAGCAGCACACUUAUCUUUAAUGCCAAUGUGGUAUCCCUGCACAGCUGGGAGUACUGUGGCAAUGCACUUAAAAUUAUAUCCUGUCCUAAGUACUGUAGUUUUCCGUGUACAGUGGUAUCUCCGUUGCGGACGGGAUCCGUUCCGGAGCUGCGGUCGGAUCCCAAGGUUUCUGCAACUGGACUGACCACUUCUGUGCACGCAUGCAUGGCGAUAGAGUGCUUCUGUGCAUGUACAGAAGCGCUCCACUGCUUCUGCGCGUGCGCGUGCGGCAAAAACCCAGAAAUAUACUUCUGGGUUUUCCGCUUACGUAUUCGGAAGUUUUUGUAGCCGGAGGGAUACGUAACUUGAGGUACAACUGUAUAAGACGAUAUUUUUUUCAUUUUAAAUAAAUGUAAAAAAUUGGGGUCGUCUUAUACACGGAUAGUGUAGACAGGUGAUUGGUGGCAUCCGCGAGCAGGAGCUUGUCAGCAACCCCCCCCCCCCCAAAAAAAGCUCAACAACUCUGGGCAAUUUCCCGCAUUUCCUUAAUUUGUAGUUCCAAAAAAUAGGAGGUCGUAAUAUACAUGGGGGCAUGUUUUACAUGGAAAAAUACGGUACUUGUUUCCUAGACUCACAUAAGAUGCCAGAUGAUGGCAGCAUCCAGAGAAAAACUGUAUGCAUUGAAGGGCCAUUAACAAUACCUAAUCACUGACCGAUCGAGCAUAAUCGUAAAACGGUACCAAGAAGGAGAGGUGGAAGGGAAGGCAGUAGGAGUGAGUGUAGCGUAGCUAACCUUAAAUGAAGUUCAUAUCAGAUGGAAACAGUUAACGUGUUGUGCUGCAGAUGUCAAAUAUUAGCAGACAUGUGGCAAGGGGUACACAGCGUGUGGACAGAUUUAGGAGUGUUUGGGUUGAAAUAAAGCCAAUAAAACCAGUGGGUUGUGGGUUUUUUUAAAGCUUACUAUAAAACAUCACAGGGACUGGGUAUAUAAGGACAAAUGUCAACAUCCCUUUCCCCCAGACACUUAUUUUCUCCAAAUGCACCUUUCCCUCGCAUCACCUUUGUGAUUGAUUCCUUUUGUUGAUCUUUUGUAAUAAUUAGCCUGCAGUCCUCUAUGAAAUGAGUAGUGGAAUAGGCUCUGUUGAGCAUUGGGUUGGUUAGAUUAAAAAAAAACCUAAUACCUUAGUUUUGAAAUUCCACAGUUUAAAACCAUUUAAAACAGCUCCUAGCUUUUACCGUUUUUACAAGCCUUCUUGCUAAACUCUUGUUUUCAAAAACACUUGUUAUGUUUUAGUUUCCACUCAUGAAAAUGAAAUUUCAAAUAGAGUCAUUGUGUGUGUGUGUUUAAUCAACUUGAAAAUUAAUACAUUGUGUCUUUCUUCCUUUUUUUCAUGAGAGCUCACUUCUGUGUUGUGUGUAUAAUAUUUCCAAGCACUUUGUGAAACCCCUUUUAUUGUUUGCCUUGAUAUCAGUAUGUGGAGCACUUUCCAGAAAAAAGUAAUUAAACACUUUCCUUGGCAGAGCGCAGUAUUAUUCCUUGCCAAAGCUUCUGUCAUUCAUUUGGCACUGAUCACUGAAUACACUUGUGUAAACUGCCUCCAACUUUCUUUAGGACAAUUGUAUGGUGACAGUCUCAGGUAACUUUGGUUAGGUUGUCUUUGGAAGACUGUAUGGACAAGUUUACUUAAUGCUGAUAGCAUACCCCUCAACCAUCUUGUCGUACUUACAUCCAUUGUGGUUACAGAUCUAUUCAUAUGCGCACCAUAUGAAGGGACUUUCAGUGUAGCAGUAUGUGUUGGAAUACUGCAGCCAACUCAUUGGAGCUCAUCUACAUAUUGUUAAACCUCGGUUUAGUGUUACAUGUUAAUGCAGCCGCUGACCUAGUUAGCAUGUAAUGCUAAGCUUGGCUUAGCAGGAACAUGCAAUUGUGCUGGCUUCUAAAGAAGAGAUCAUGGCUGCUUCACUCUGAACCUGAGUUGGUAGUUGGUUUUGCUCCUCUUUGGGAGCUCAUACGCUUAGGCAUUCACACUAAACCAUGGUUUGGUUUAGACAUUGACCAUGGUUUGGUCUAGUGUUGCACAUGAACUGACCCAUGGCCUUGUGCUGCACCUGAAAUGGCUCCUUGAUUAUGUGGCGAUAGAAAAAAACUUUGGGAAGUCCUGUUUUUCUUUUGGAUUGUUUCUUGCUAAAGCCAACACCAAUUAUUUUUGUAUUCUGAUGGUCUCUUUAGGUUUGAGCUUCCCUUCUUGAUGCUAGCGUUAGAUUGAAUUGUUAUUUAUUGCUGGCAUAUGUUGAUUCGCUUUAUUCUGUAGUCUACAGUUGCUUAGACACCUGUUUCAAAACCUUUAUUUCCUCUGUGCUUUUAUCAUUAUAGGGAAAACAGUUUGUUAAGUAGAGAAUGAUCACAGACCACUACAGAGUGCAUCAGGUGAAUUAGUGAUUAAAAAAAAAUACAGAAAGCCACACUUAUAGGUAUGGAUCUGUAAUUUUGAUCACACACAUAUACAGUAUAAUGUUCCAUCUGUUGCCAGCAUGCCUGCGCUGUUAUUUGGAUGAAGUUAAAAUUUAACGCAAUAGCAAGAGAAAACAGCCACACCUUGUGCACUGUGAGUUAGUAAUAAUGAAAUAAGGCUGCCUGCAAACUUCUAAGAAGGGAAUCUGCCAUUAUCUUUUCCCUUUCCUCAAAUGUGGAAACUAGAGUCCUGCACCUCUUAGGGACCAAAGCACAGGAAGAGGCACCAUGAGGUCUCCCCAAGGAAUCGGUGCCUGCUCAAGAAAGCUAUCUCUGCUACGUUUUCAUAAUGAUAUAUUAUGUGCACUCACACUGUUCUCUCUUUGAUUUGCUUCUCCCCAAGGUUUGGACGCUCCUCGUUCUGUCUGGCAAAGUAAGGCUACUGAGCCUAAGAGCGAGCAUGUUUUAAAACUAUUGCAAUUCUUGUUAUAGAUCCAGAACAUGAACAACAUCAUCACUUUUCCACUGGACAGUUUGCUGAAAGGAGAUCUAAAAGGAGUGAAAGGGGUAUGUUGUAUAUAUCUAUAUAUUUUACCAAUACAGUGGUACUUUGGUUUACAACCAUAAUCUAUUCAGGAGGUCCAUUUGUAAACCAAGGUGCGCUUUCGCCAAUUUGGCCUCCUAAAGAAAUUUGUUCAUAUUCCCCCCAAAAUGGGUUGUAAUCCAAAAAAAGUUUGCAAACCUGGACACGUACUUUCGGGUUUGACGUGUUUGUAAUCCAAAAUGUAUGCAAACCAGACUGUUUGCAAACCAAGGUACCACUGUAUAUUAUGUUGUUGUUCUUGUCAGCAUAAGCACAUUUCAGCUGGAGAACCACCCAUUACAACCCGUCAUAUCCAUAGUAUUAGAUAUAGUAUUUUAAUUAAAUUUGCUUUGCUUUGCUAUGUUUUUUGUUUUUUUGAGCUAGUACUUCUAAGUGUUGAGUAUCUAAAACAAUGAAUAUUCUGCUUCCCUGGUGUUAAGAAGUAUGGCUCCCGGGCAGAUGGGAGCCCUGACAAUUUCUUAUUUAAUAUCUAUAUAGUAAACACCAUAAUCACAUUCAAACACAAAUGAAGAAUUCGCUUAUUGACUUUUGCAAAAUGCUUGAAAAUACAUCAUAUAUUAUAGGGCAUUGAAAGAAAACAGUGCUGGAGAUGCUUGCAAGUGACCAUAAAACAAUGAUUAUGUCAUUUUAAAGAUUUAUUACCCAUUUAAAAACAUGCACACUACUUUGCAAAGAUCCCCUCUCUGCUGUGACAGGAAAAUUAUAUUUAUGUUUUGGCUAGCAUGCGUUAACAGGCACCAAGGGCCUGUUUCGAUGCUAUUUCCCACCCAGAAUUCUCCUUUGGGAGAUAUUGUGAGGGGCAGGGUUGGACUUGUUCACUCUGUCCCAUGCACCUCUCAGACACUUUAAACAGAACUCAACCUUUCACAGUUAUCAAAGUAUCCAUGUUUAAAUGACCUCACAAUUUCCCAGUUUGGUUGUUUAUUUCCCUUCCUCAGUAAACGGAAAGGAGAACAGUGUAGAAUGCUUGUCAGCUUAAGGCCUGCCUCCAGUGUUCUCCUCAGGGAGAAUCCUGGAAGCAAAAAACAAACAAAAACAAAACGUUGACAGGCUGGUGGCUUAGCUUAGCUGUGCAGUAGGCUGCAGCAGGGUCUGAGUCUGACUCAGGUAAGUGGAAUCUGAGGUGCCAUAGGCAGUGGAUGUAGUUACAGGUAAGCUGGAGGUAAUAGGGUCUGCAUUGCUAUUUAAGUGGCAAACAGGAUAUGGAACAUACAAAGGUUUUGUGUACCACUGAGAUAAGAAUGAGUCGUUCUGCUACAUAUAUUAUAUAAAAGUACCAUCUUUGGGGGGCAAGGAGCCUCAACACUGUGGCUUUAGGCAAGAAAGGCAUUUCCAUGGGGGGAGGGAAGGAAGGAAGGAAGGAAGGGGAUCAGAAGAGUGGAGCAAGGAAGAUAGAGCCAAAUAUUCAAGUCUCUCUCUCUCUCAAUUAUUUUUUCUGCUUGAGCUACUUUUGUGAUUGGCCAACAGAGGAGAUGGGGUGAAAAGACUCCAGGGAGUGUCUGCAAGAUAGGAAAUAGCAUAUAAAUGGAGUGGAGAUUCACAGCUGCUUUGCUCCUUCAGACCCGGCUAUCUCUCAGAUACUUUGAGUUACCCAGAGUUCACGUUGGUGUUGAGCAGGUGCUUGGGUCAGUCUACUGAUCUUUGCUCCCACAGAAAUCAGUGGAGGGUGUAUGUUGGACUUCCUGUUGGUUAAUCUCCCACUGAAUGGACGUCAUUAGAAGCUUAGGGAAAGAAUCAAAACCUGUGGGUGUUCAAAGGGUGACAAAGGUGUUCUGACUGCAAAAAUAAAUAAAUACUGGUUUGGGUGAUUUGAAGGAUGCUUCAGAAUGAACCUUUAAAAAAUGUUUGUUUUUUGCAGGAUCUGAAGAAACCUUUUGAUAAAGCAUGGAAAGACUAUGAAACAAAAGUGUAUGUAUUUUCUUUCUGUCAAAUAGCCAGUAAUUUGGAUUUGUUGCUAAAUAGCUGUACAUUUGUUCAGAAGGAAGAGCCACUUCAUUCACCGCACUCAGGACUGCGUAGAGUUGCAACCCAAGUUUUUAAUUCAUGAAGGAUUUAGGUCAGUGCAGUUCCAGUUUAGCUACCUGAGACUGAUCCAGUCAUGUGUGUGUUUAUUACUUAAUGGCUUGAAGCUGAAUUGGUUAGGUGGCUUAGUUGAAAGGUGUGUUGUGCAGAGGUGAGGCAAACUGAUAUAAAAAAUUACGUCACUGCUUGAGCCGCAGUGUCUGACAUCUGCAAACCAUCAUUUGAUGAUACAGUAUUUGAGUGGCAAACAUGUUUCAGUCCCCUUGAAAUCAGAGGGACUUUAUAUACUUUCUAAUUGUUGAUUAUCACUUGGUAUAACUUCUUUGUAAGGGUUUUUUUUAAAAAAAAAAAUUAGUUGAAAACAUAUGUGUGCUAAUACCUUACCAGAAGUACUUAGUAUGCUUUUUAUAUAUGCUUGCAUUGGUUUUGUAUGAUUUAUACUAGUUUCCUGUUCAUGAGCUCUCAAUACCAGAUUCCUAAACUGCUAUUUUGAGAGGUUAGCACUGGCUGAGAAACGGGACGACACCAGUAUAGAAAAUGAGGAAAUCUCAAAGGUGCACAGGAAUCUCUUUGUUUAUCAAGGCCCAGGGCAUUUUGAGUCAAGGAACUUCCUCAGGAGCAAUUAAGAAACAAAUACUUUCUCAUGUAAAAACCAUUUUGAAUGUGCCUGUGUCUUUUAACAUAUGGACGCGUUAUUUUGCUUUUUAACAAUUGUGCAUGACUGUUUCAAAAGAAUACGUAAUCUGGCUAAGUCUUUAGCACAGGAACAGUAAAAUACAUCAAGGUAAAGUCACCCAAUGCUGCGUGAUUCUAGCUUUAAAAAACCCCUGAAUAGGUACUGAGAUGAAAUAAGAGUGGAGCAACCACUGGGAAUCCUUCUCAUUGUAUGAACCUGUUGGUACACAGUGCUGAAAAUUUGCUUUGCAACUCAGAAUCUUAUUACUGUGCAGUGUAGUGGGCCUUUCAGUGAUAAAUCGAUUGUGUCAGGAAAGAUUAGUUUCCUUCAACGUGUGUAGCAGGUGAAGGGAGAGAAAUCCUGCUGGUUUAGCUUCAUGUUGCUACAACACUUUUGUUGGCAUCCAUCUUUCUUGAGAGACAAUGCAUUGCACCUCCAGGGGUGAAGUCAAACCACUGUGUUGGCAGCACUGAGUUGACCUCCCUGAGGUGCAAGCCUGGGCAGUGUGUUUGGAGGUCCUGAGCUGCCCAGACAAAAACACCCACAAACCCCUCUCGGCCUUGCUGAUGUGGUUCAAAGGAAAUCAGAGCAAUACGUUUGGCUGCAGGAGUUGCCAGAAGGAGGCGUGCAAGGCACCAUACAGCCAUCUUAGGCACUCCACUCUGGAUUUGUGUUGGGUUUACUCCUCAGCCUUUCUUCUCCCAAAGAUAUCCUGCAAGGCAACGGAGGUUUAGGAUCAGAGUUUUCCUUCUCCUGCAUGGCCUACCUUCCAGGUUGAUGAGCCACAUCUGCCCCUGGCACAGAAAACCAAUUUUGUAUUUAAUACUCCUUUUGUAAAAAUAAGAGAAGUAGAGUUUUAAGGGGACAGUCAAAGGAUGGAAAAGGGUCUAGGAGACCAGUAGUCACUUGUAGACAAAAGCGGCAGGAGGAAUACAGAGCCAUGCAGGGCAUGAAAGCUCCAUCUGUUAGCCACUGGAAGCCAUUGUUAAAUUUUCUACCUUGUCCAAGGCUUCUCCAGAGUUUGUCUGCUUGUUGCCAAAUUUACCUCUGUGUUCAAGGAAGUGAAAUCUGUUAGUUUAUUUAAUAUAUAUUGGAGGCAGUGAUGUUUGGAGGUGAUGCAAUGAUCACAUAAUGAGACCAUAGAACAAUGGUGAAGUUGACAGUAGAAUAGCUGUGUUGAUAACACAAUGCCUAGCAGAAUAGCAAUAACAUCAGUAAAAAUGGUCAACAACUAUUUCAGCACCAAAGCAAACCAGAAGCACAUUUGUAUGCCCUCCCCCAACGAAAGUUGAGGUUUUUGGGGUGAAAGAUGGCGUGCCCAGUAGCAGCUCCUUCAUUUGGAUGGUGUUGUUAUUGCAAAUCCAUGGAAUACUUUAAGACACUCUUCUAUGAUGUUUUCUCUUGAGAGAGCUUCCCUACUCCCUUCUACCAUGUUCUGUGAAUUGGAAGUCCUAAGCAAAAAAGCUUUUUAGGCUACAGGAGGCCUUUGGAUGAGAUGGCCCUGUCUCCCUCCAGCAAUAUUCACACCAUUUUGCGCAACGUCUGAUGUGGGUUUUUUAUUUAAAAGCCUGGUGUGCUUCCCACUCUCCAUGCAGCACUGCAGUGCAUGUUUCCUUGAAAGCUCACAAACAAAAAGCUCCCCUUCUGCCUGCAGCAAGGCUGCCAUCACUUUUUAUUAUACGCGGAUGAAAUACCAGCCUCUUGGUGAUGCGUUUGUGAUUGCACUAAAGGAAAAGCUACUUCUGACAAUGCCUCGAAGUGGUUGUUGCAACAGUACUAUUCAAUACUUUAUGAUAAAAGUGCCAGUAAUUAACUGUGGACCUGUGAGUAGGUCUGGCUGGGUUUAAAAUCUGAGUGCUCGCUUUGCCUUUGUUCUGCUAGACUGUCCUUUAUAAGAUUGAACAUUAACAGCAUGGUAUGCAGACAAAGCAUAUACAGUAGAAGAAAAUAAUUUGCACUCUCAGCAGACAGGAGGGAGCUGUAAACUCAGAGCACGUGUUUUGCAUGCAAAAAUGCCAUGCCCAGUCUUUGGCAUCUUCUGGAAGGACUGAGAAAUGCCCUCGUCUGUAGCUCUAGAGAGCCUCCUAGUCAGUAUAGACAACAAGUGAGCUAACUGGACCAGCUGGCUGAUUCUGUAGAGGGCAGCCUCCUACAUUUCUAUGGCUUCCCAAGCUCGAGUGUGCCUUCUCACUAAAACUUGAUAUUGUGACAAACUGCCUCUUCCGUGCUUCAGAUGCCAAUUAUGUACCAGAAUUCUUGAAGAAGACCCUGGUUUGCUAUGAUGUCUGCUGCUUAAGCAUUAUAAAAGACUCUACAAUGAGCUUUCAGAAUACAGUGGAACCUUGAUUCUCGAACUUGAUUCGUUCCGGAAGUCCGUUCGACUCCCGAAACUGUUCAAAAACCAAGGUGCGGCUUCCUAUUGGCUGCAGGCGCUUCCUGCACUCAAGCGGAAGCUGUGUCGGACGUCUGGCUUCCGAAAAACUUUUGAAAAACGGAACACUUAUGUCUGGGUUUUUGGCAUUCGGGAGCCGAUUUGUUCGACAACUAACGUGUUCGAGAACCAAGGUAUGACUGUAUGGAGUUAUGAUCUUUCCUUUUGAAAUCGUUUCCCUGCUUCCUUUCACCAUGUUCUGUAAAUCUGAAUCAGAAAGCUUUUUAGGCUGACCGAGGCCUUUAAGUGAAACAACUCUUUCUCCCUCCAGCAAUAUCCCAGCUCUUUUGUGGAACUUUUGCAGCACAAAAGCCUUUAAAACAAAUAGACAAAAAAGCCCCUCUCCUGCCUGCAGCAAGGGUACCGUCACUUCCUUUUUCAUGGAUCUGAGUUAUGUUGCCAGAAAGAAAAAAAUGCUGUGCUCAGAGGCAACUCUUGGAAAGUACCUUGUGCUAGAGGACUAUAGUAAACGUGCCCGUGUUAAACAUAUAAUGAACAUCAUUUGAACAAUAAAUUAUUCUGUAAGGAGCUGGUUUGUUUGUUUUUUUUACAUAGCUGCUGUGUACUCCUUCCAAGAAUUCAGUUUCCAGAGAGAGAGAAGGAGAAAGAUAAUACUUGGGUUUCUGUGCUGCCUGUGUAAGAUUGGCUCCAGACAUCCUCUUUAACAGAAAUUAUAUAAAUUGAUGAUUAGUUUGCCCAAGGGGUUGAAUUGCAACCCUGGAGAUUCUGUGUAUUCUUUAAUCCUUGUAAGCAAUGGAGGUUUAAUUAAAUGCAUCCACUGCUUUGGUUCAGUAGCCUUAGAUGACAGCGGAUAGUAACUAAAACGGUAAAUAGUGUUUCCUCUGCCCUUGUAUGCAAACCUUCCUUUGGUCUUGUUUUCAAGAAACAAACUGUUGACCCUUUCACAAUGGCCUGGUGCAGAACUAUAAUGCCUAAUCUCCUGUCUAUGGGUUAGCAGUCAGGAUAGCACCUGGCAACCUUGUGCACCCCUCCUCUUGCUUAGCCAUUCCUUAUUCCAUUUCAGAGCUAACUAUGGUUAGCAUUACAUGUGCUCCGGUGUUAAUGCUAUUUGCAGGUAGCCCAAACCACAGUUGGCGGACCCACUUCUAAUCCAACUACGGUUAUUGAAAACGCAAGCGUAGAGGGAAAUGAUUGCCUAUUGUGUUCUCUGAUAACGUUGCCAGAACUAAGAAUGCAAGAUUGGGAAUGGAGUAUUUUACUUCCUUAGUGCCUUGUGCUGUUAAAAUGGUCUGAAGCAUCCACAUUUGAGGAAAUGAUGACAGUACGGAUGUCACCCAUUAUGUCAGUUCUUAUGCAAGUGUAUAACAGAUGCAAACGAAGGAAUCUGCGCUGCCUACAUUUUCUGAAUAAAAAAGCCUUUCUCAGCACUUCUCUACGCUGCACGGUUUUGCAUAUGUCUGAAAUUAUAGAUAUGUAUGAAAAUGUUGAAAUACCAGACACAGGCUUGUGCCUAGAGCAUCCUAGUGCAACAAGUCCCUUCCUGAAUCACAGAAGUGUGAAUCAUACCUUGUGCCCUGUGUCAGUAUGCAUCCUUUUUAUACUGAGCCUAAUUCCCUCUUUUAAGAAUCUGCCCCUCCGCAAUUCCUGGGUACAAAUAAUUUUAACAAAUACAACGUGCCUUUGAUUUUUAUCGCAUGUGGUUCAGUGGCUUCAGCGGGAACCAGUAAACACAAAUGUCAGUGCAAAAUGAAGACUCCUGCCCCCUAAUCCCAGUAACCUAGUUAUGUGUUGUAGGUUUUGGUGUUGCUGUUUUGUUCUCUGCUGCACUACUGCUGCCCAUGUUGGUUGACAGUGACCUUUGGGUAAUCAGGGCAGCUUGCUUACUAAGACUCGGAAGCCUCCAACCCAGCCCUUCUGGCUUGCAUUUGCAAUGUCAAGUUGGCUCAGGAACAGGAAGGGAAGACAGCUGUGCUCUGGGAUGAUGGGGGAAGGGUUGGCUUCAUUCAAAGAAAGUAAACUCGGCCCGACAAGGGAGCGCUGUGUAAAGCUGGCUCACAGAACUGGCUAAGGAAGUGUAGCAGCUGAAAAAGAGUGUGUAAUAUGUGGACUGUGUUGUGAGGAUUGUUUGCCACUUAGUUGUAAAAUGUUCCAUUAACUACUUCUUGAGGAUUGUGAGGUAACUUAGUGAAGAAAUUUUAUAAUCUUAACACACAGAGGUGGUCAACUGGGUCUGGCUUCAGAGAUAUCUUAAUUCGCAGUGGACUCCAUCCACCUUUCAGUGUCUCAACGUUUUGUUAAUAAGUGAUUUGGGGUUGUUGUUUUUUAGCUCAUUGUUUCGUUCGCAAGGACAAGAAUGAAUGCCUGUGUGUCUCUUUUGUAGAUACUUUAUUGUACUGGUAUCUCAUGCAUGUUUUUAAAAGGCUAUUACCAGUCCCACUCUUCAGAGAGUAUUUCAGAAAACCAUUUUGUUCCCUAGACCCUACACCUAGUUGAUGAUGGCGUCAUACUAUUCAAGGGCUCCAUAGCUGUAAAAAAGGGAAACCGAUUACACACCUGCAGCUCAAUACGGAAUUUAGCAAUUCCUGUGCAGGUUGGCCUGAUUUUAGUGAGGAGCAUUUUAGUUUGAGCGUAAAACUCUGUUGAUCUGGAGCUUAGUACUAUUGAGCUCAGCAGGACGGCUCCACUAUACUGGGUGGGUUGCCGUUUAAUUUAGAGUGUCGAGCACAACCCUGAAACAAAACCGAAACAAGUGAAAGAAUGAGGUUUCAGGCUGAUGGCCCUUUUGUUGGUUCUCUUCCACACAGGACAAAAAUAGAGAAAGAGAAAAAGGAGCACGCUAAAUUACACGGGAUGAUACGUACAGAAAUAAGUGGGGCUGAAAUAGCAGAAGAGAUGGAGAAAGAGAGGCGGUUCUUCCAAUUACAAAUGUGUGAGGUAAGAGGGAACAUUUUAUUUUAUUUUUAUUUUCUGUGGCAAGUGCUGAAGGGAAUUUUGAAGCUAACCUGGAUGGUUCCAGUUUUAGGAAGGAAUUUCUUGCUUUUUACGCAGUUAUUUUAUCAAUGAUAAACUGGCAUCACAGGAAGCCUUUGUGUGUGUUCGUGUGUGUGCACGCAGAUUAUAAACAAACCAAAUAGGCAAAUCCUUUAUGCAACCAUUCCCAUCCUAGGCUUAGGGGAUUGUCUCCUGCGCCCAUUCAAGUUGCCAUCUGCUGCAGUAUUGUUGAGAGAUGGGGAAAAAUAAAAUCUCAUUUUAUUUGGUUAAGUAGGGAAAUUUAACAGCUGUUGGGAAAGAGCUGUUCAUGCCCUGAAGGGCUGCAAUGAAUUUGCUGCCUAGGGAUUGUUCUGUAAUGGUUUGGUUUCAAACUUGGUUGCUCUUUGGUUUUGUGUGGCAGUAGCCCUGUGUGGAUUGUCCUUGAAUCCACCAUUAGUAGGACUGGGAAUGUUCUACCUUCGAGUUCCCCUCGCCUCAAUGUAGUUUCUCUUUUCACUUCUCACGUGCCAAUUCUCUCCUCACAUUUCUGGGCAGCUCUGAUCAUAGUUUGCAAACUAUGGUUGACAGUAACCUGCAAACUAUUGUUUGAAAUAAUGGGUUGGAGUUGGCUUGUAGUUUGGGGGCUACACAGUUUACCUAUUUGGUUGUUGGAGCAAACUAUAUAUGUAGAAUAAACAGAAAUGGAGGAGAGAAAAUAAACAUAAGAGGAGCCUUGCUGGAUCAGGCCAAUGACCCAUCUAGUUCAGCAUCCUGGCCUCAUAAUUGCCAGCUAGAUGCCCAUGGGAAGCUCACAGAAGGGAGCUGAGUGGGCCUGCAUUCUCCCCAUUUGUGAUUCCCAGCAAGUGGUAUUCAGAGGCAUAGUGCCUCCAACAUAGGCAUUGUGGCUAAUAGGCACUGAUGAAAGGUAGAGAUACAACACUGAGCUCUUAGCCUAUGUCUGUCCCUCCAGACCAUGAUCUGAGGAUUGUCUGAGUCAAACUGGUGUAGCAGAAUAUCUUCAGAUUUGACAGUGUUAAGUUUCUUCAACUUGAAAGAAUUUGACCAAGCGGAUAAUAAUAAUAAUAAUAAUAAUAAUAAUAAUAAUUUAUUAUUUAUACCCUGCCCAUCUGGCUGGGCUUCCCCAGCCACUCUUGGCAGCUUCCAACAAAUUAUUAAGAUACAGUAAUCCAUCAAACAUUAAAAGCUUCCCUAAACAGGGCUGCCUUCAGAUGUCUUCUAAAAGUGUGGUGGUGGUUGUUCUCUUUGACAUCUGGUGGGAGGGCGUUCCACAGGGCGGGUGCCACUACCGAGAAGGCCCUCUGCCUGGUUCCCUGUAACUUGGCUUCUCACAGUGAGGGAACCGCCAGAAGGCCCUCGGCACUGGACCUCAGUGUCCGGGCACAACGAUGGGGGUGGAGACGCUCCUUCAGAUAUACUGGACCGAGGCUGUUUAGGGCUUUAAAGGUCAGCACCAACACUUUGAAUUGUGCUCAGAAACGUACUGGGAGCCAGUGUAGGUCUUUCAAGACCGGUGUUAUGUGGUCUCGGCGGCCGUUCCUAGUCACCAGUCUAGCUGCCGCAUUCUGGAUUAGUUGUAGUUUCCAGGUCACCUUCAAAGGUAGCCCCACAUAGAGCGCACUAAUAGGAUGACACCUAUAGGAGUUUAGAAGCAGAAAACACUCGCAUGGCGAAAAUUAAGGCAGAAAGUUGGGGAGUUUUAGACACCAUAAAUAAUAUAAAAAGAUGUGUUAGGAGCUCUGUGACAUAGAGAGAUAAUUUUAAUGUGUGGAUUUGGGUUUGUUCUGGUUUUCCUUCUCUGGUAUCUUAUCCGCCACCAUAUAAAAAUACGAAUAACUUUUCAGUCCUAAAAUAUCCACCAGAAAUAUAGCAGCUCCCAAUGUGGUAUUGUAAGGUAGAAAAGUAAGAAAAAGCACUUGGUGUGUGUGCAUAAAAGCUUAUUGCAAGUCAUAUAUAGUUUCUGUGGUACAGUCAAACCUCACUUGUCAAACUGUUUCCAAACGCUUCCAAAAUGUUCGACAACCGAGGUGCGGCUUCCAAUUGGUUGCAGGAGCUUCCUGCAUCCAGCGGAAGCCGCAUUGGAUGUUCGGUUUCCGAAAAACGAUCGAAAACCGAAGCAUUUACUUCCAGGUUUUCGGCGUUCGGGAGCUGAAACAUUCCGAAACAGAGGUGUUCAGAAUCCAUGGUUUGACUGUAUUUUUAAUAGGGCUUCCAAAAUGAAGAGUAAUUGAUACUGUGUUCACAUGAACAAAGCUGAUUAGUGCUAGACGCUUAGGAUCAAUAUACUUGGUCUUAAUUUGUGAGGAGCUACUAAAGAAGAUUUGUUUGCGCAGUAAAUUAAACUUGAAUCUGCUGUGCUGGAGACCUUACAUGUAGUAAAUUAAUUAAAGGAAGAGGGAAUAGCAGCACCAAUGCAGUCCCUUGCUUACAUGAGCUGGGUGUCUGUCAGGUGCCCACAGGGUUCCUUUACCUUUUCCUUUUACCAGGUGCCCACAUUCAUGGUGGGUGAGAUACCAUGAUCAACAAUACAAUCGUAAAUCCACUCUGUUCAGUGUGACUCUCAUACAUUUCAACUAAGCUAAUUUCCAAGCAAGUACAGUGGUACCUCGGGUUACAGACGCUUCAGGUUACAGACUCCGCUAACCCAGAAAUAGUACCUCGGGUUAAGAACUUUGCUUCAGGAUGAGAACAGAAAUCGUGCUCCAGCGGCGCGGCAGCAGCAGGAGGCCCCAUUAGCUAAAGUGGUGCUUCAGGUUAAGAACAGUUUCAGGUUAAGAACGGACCUCUGGAACGAAUUAAGUACUUAACCCGAGGUACCACUGUAUGCUUUAGAUGUUAGGGCCAAACUACAACUGAAGUUGAAGACUUAGGUAGCCUUCAUGUCAUGUUAAAUUAAAUACCAGGUCUUAUUCAUAUAUUAAAAAUGUCCCCAGUACUCCAGAGAAUUAUGGAUAUAAUCAUCUGAAAAAUCCUCGGUGUUGUGCCACAAAUUGUUUAGAAAUGCUCCUUGCUUUCAAAAGUAGUUCGUUUUAUUUAAGAUUCAUUAUAUACUGCUUUUCAGGGGGACCUCACAAAGCAGUUCACUAAAGACAAAAAGUAGUUUGCCGUGUGGCAGAGGGAGCUGCUGUACAGUGGUGCCUCUGGUUACGAACUUAAUUCGUUCUGGAGGUCUGUUCUUAACCUGAAACUGUAUUUAACCUGAAGCACCACUUUAGCUAAUGGGGCCUCCUGCUGCUGCGCUGCCAGAGCACAAUUUCUGUUCUCAUCCUGAAGCAAAGUUCUUAACCCGAGGUACUAUUUCUGGGUUAGUGGAGUCUGUAACCUUAAGCAUCUGUAAGCCGAGGUACCACUGUAUAAUAAAGCUCUGGAUGUGCAGAACUAGUUCCUUGGACCAUGGCCUAUCGUUCCACUUGCUUACAUUAGAUAGCUGAAGAAAACCUUUUCAGCAUUUGCUCCAUCUGUGGUGGAUUCCUCCCACCCCACCCACCAAAAAAUGCUAUUUCUUUUCUUUGAACUGUUCAGAAUUAAAAUGGUUUAAUUGUCACUAGCUCUAUGACCCUCAUUCUGAAAAAGUAAUUAAUAAUUGUUUUUGUGUGCCUUGUUUAUUUAUUUAUUUAUUUUAACAGUACCUGCUGAAAGUCAAUGAGAUCAAGAUUAAAAAAGGAGUUGACUUGCUUCAAAACCUGAUCAAGUAUUUCCACGCACAGUGCAAGUACGUUCUCUAUCUCUUGGUAACUGUACGCUCUCUGGAAACGUUGUUCUUCCUACUUUCUCUGACAGAAUAGCAGCGCUAAUGUUUUUUUGGAGGUGACAUGUACAAAUCUGUCAAGCUCAGCUGUACGUAUAUUUCACUACUGUUCUUCCGUCAGACUGAAUGGUUUAAAAGGUCAAUUAUGGUCGGCUGGGUGUAUUAUUUCAAAUGAAAUGAGGCGUUGGGCUCAGAUAAUACCAAGCCAUGCAGUUGUCUUUCAUUCGUAAUUUCCACAUGGCCAUUUGGCAUGAUUAGUAAUCUGCGAAAUGGAAUGAGGCAUGUCAGCUAUACCACCCCUCGUAUUUUGCAGAAUGUGUCUAGCGACUGACAGGAGUUCUGUUUCACAGGGGUGGGAAAAGCACACCGUUGGGAACAGGGCGCCAAGAGCCCUGGCUUUUCACUCGUUUUUAGCACCCGCUUCCCAAAGGGUGGAUGUUUUAAAAGAGGCAGUAGAGUACUUAACAGCCAGUCAAGUCACCAAUACACUUUAUGUAGGAAGUUGCCUUAUUCUGGGUCAGAGCAUUGAUCUAUCUAUCUCUCAGCAUUGUCUACACAUUGCUGUUCAGUGGCUGUCUGGGGUUUCAGACAGGGGUCUCUCCACCCCUGCCAGGAGGUGCUGGAAAUUGUAAUAAUAAUGAUAAUAAUUUAUUAUUUAUACCCCGCCCAUCUGGCUGGGUUUCCCUAGAACCUGGAACCUUCUGCUUGCAGAACAUAUUCAGUCCCUCUGAGCCAUGCCCCUUUAUCGAAAUACGCAUUUUGUGAUUUGUUCCGUUCUGUACAGUAUUGUCUUUUUAGAGUGGAAUCAUUUUUAUGAAGCAUUUUUUUCAAAUAUACAGACGCAAUAAAACCAAAAGCACAGCAAAAGAAAAGAAAUGGCAUACGGGAUAAAGAUCAAACAAUGGGAAAGGGACAACCAUAAAAAUGUAUUCCAAAUGCAUAGUAUUUAUCGAGCAUUUCAAAAAGAGGCCGCUGAUGGUUGUUAAGUGCCUGGUAUUAACAGGAAAAAUAAUGUUCCACCACACAAUAUAUAAAGUUUCAGACUUAGCAUUGCCCUGCAGAGCUUGAAGAUGAAAUGUGAUCCCCCCCCGCCCCCCCCGGUGAGAUGUUCCAGACGUUUUUAUUCCAAAGCAAAAGGUUUAAGUCCUGUAAUGGACAAUCAUGCAGCAACUGAUUAAAAAAACCAUGCAUUAUUUAAACGCAAUAUUUGUAUUACUGCCUUCAAAAAGAGAAAGGAAUUCUAGCCCAGUGUGUUGAACGAUUAGUCAGGUGAAUGAGCAUGGAACCAAAGGUUUCUUCUCCAGACCUUCCUUAGCUAAGGUAAUGCAGCGACAGGGAGAACGAUAGAGCUUUGGUUCUGUAUAAAACUCCCAAAUCAUAGAUGUCUGUGGACUCCAAAUGUCAAUAUUUCAAAGGCAAAGCCUUUGUGUCUACCAGUAGCAAUAAAUAUAACCCUCCCAGUCAAGAGCUCCAUAAGGGGCUCCCUUAUGCAUAUGGCGCUCCGAGAUGAAUAACGCGCUCCAUGUUUCUUUGCUGUCAUUCAGAGAUGACCCUAACAUAAAAAUGGGAAGGAAAGGCCUUUCUUUUUCUGCAUAUCUAUGGAAGUUUUUAGAAGCACAAGCAACUGCCAAGUCUAAUCUAAACAUGGCUUGCUUUGAUGGCAGACGGAGCAAUCCAAAUCUCCUUUAUGCUGGGGGAUUUUGGGUGUGUGUGUGAGUUGAACUGUAUGGAGGUGUCCCUUUGCUCAAUUUUGCCAGCUGAAUCAGCCUCCUGCUGGCCACCAAAUGGGCAGAUGGGAAAGAGGCCAGCUGGUAGUAUCCCCAUCAGUAGAGGCUCAUGGAAAGACCUGAAACAGAGCAAAAUGGGACUGAGCUAACCCUGGAUUGUGGGCCACCUGGAGCUGGUGCAGGGAUCAGACACUAUUGCCUCUCUCCCAACAUUAUUCGCCAUAACUGCCAAGAGCAGAUGGUGGCAGUGGCGGUGCCACUCCGCAGAGUCACACCAGGAAGGGGGAAAGGGGUUAGGAUUGCAUCCUUAGUUAUCUACCAGAUUCAGUGCAUACAGUGUGAACUAUUGGCACUGUUCUCACGUCUCACAUAAAGGCACAAAAACUGGCUUGGGUCAUAUAUUGACUUACAUGUUAAUGAACCUAUAGAAACCCAGGAGAAUAUAAUAUUGGUUGUAAACAACUGUUGUGUGGCCAUGAUCCAAAGCAGGAGUUUAAAUGUGUUUCAGAAAAUUACACACAAGAAGACAGAGAUUUCUUUGUGGUUUCAAUUGCUGCAGCUCUCUCAGGCAGCAACAACUGAAAGGCAAGCUUGCCUUAUUGGGCAGAACAGCAGUGAAAAUCCCCAAUACAUCUGUAUGGGUGCUGUUCCUUUACCUGAAUUUAAAUGACUACUAUGGAUGACAGCCAGAAACUCCAGAAUGAAGUCAUGAAGAGCGUAUUUUUAUUUUACGUAAGAGAGUUUUGAAACCCCUUUGUACCAUUUCAGUCUUCUUGUUUUUUGUUAAGUUUGGGUUAGUUGGUAAAAUAGUGAUGGUGAAAUAUUGUUGCAUCAAAUAUCGCAACGGGGAUAUUUUAAUCAGCGCCUUUUCUCAAAACAUCAGAUAGCAUUUUUCCAUUUCCACAUUUGAAUUCUGCUCUUGUCAUGAAAAUCUCUAAGACAAAAUCCCACAGGAGCCCAAGAGAUAUAGGUCAACUGUCCUCUUCCCUAAGACUACUGAAUCUUGCCUGUUCCUUUUGUUUCACAAAAAGGGUGUAGAUUCCAUAUCGCAGAGGCACCUAAAGAAAAUGUGUUUUGUGAUCAAGUUUUUUUACAGAUUUUCAAAUUUAAUUAGUGUGUUGCGUGCGCACGCACACACACUGAUCAAUGCUUUGUCUUUUCCAUUCAGGAAAUUUCAGGCAUCUUAAGUUAAUUUUGUACUCCUUUUUAUUUUAUUUUUCUUCCAAAGCUUUUUUCAGGAUGGCCUGAAAGCAGUUGAAAGUUUAAAACCAUCGAUAGAGAAGCUCUCCACAGAUCUCCACACAGUAAGUAACCAUAUCUCCCUCAUAUUACUUAUUACAUUUGCAUACUUUGCUUUCCAACUGGAGACUCCAGAGAGUCUCUUAAAAUUAAUAAUAAUAAAAAACAAAAUAAAGCCAUAAAAAGCAGCACACACCUUCACAACUUCUAAAAAUUUCAGCGGGGAAAGAGAUGGACCCAUAAAGAAACAGUAGUCAGGAGAGAGUGGAGAAUAGAAUGAAAGAGAGAGAAAAGAAACACAACUUUUUAAAUUAUGAGCUCAAAACAGCUGUCUUGCAGAUGGACAAGGUUUAGCAAACCUUGAGGAGGACCAGUAGAAAGGGCAAUUUCUCACCUCACAGCAGCCAUGUGAUGGUAUUUUAGCCAGCCAGCCAGCCUGGCUCCCUCCCUCUCCUAGUUAUGUCUUGCAGGGUAUUUGGUCUUAUUACAGUGGUGCCUCGCAAGACGAAAAGAAUCCAUUCCGCGAGUCUCUUGUCUUGCGGUUUUUUCGUCUUGCGAAGCAAGCCCAUUAGCGGAUUAGCGCUAUUAGCGGCUUAGCGGAUCAGCUGAUAAGCGGCUUAGUGGCUUAGCGGAUCAGCUGUUAAGCGGCUUAUCGGAUCAGCUGAUAAGCGGCUUAGCGGAUCAGCUGAUAAGCGGCUUAGCGGAUCAGCUGAUAAGCGGCUUAGCGAUCAGCUGUUAAGCGGCUUAGUGGAUCAGCUGAUAAGCGGCUUAGCGGCUUGGGAAAAAGGGGGGGGAAAGGAAAAAAACCCGCAGGAACUCGCAAGACAUUUUCGUCUUGCGAAGCAAGCCCAUAGGAAAUUCGUUUUGCGAAGCACCUCCAAAACGGAAAACCCUUUCGUCUAGCGGGUUUUCCGUCUUGCGAGGCAUUUGUCUUGCGGGGCACCACUGUAUACGACUGUUGUAUGGGGCGGGGAGGAGAUUGUCCAGUGGAACCAGAAGCAUCUGUGUGAUGGUGCCUGAGCACGUGAAGGGGAGAGCAGGGCCUUCCUGGCCUUCCCCAUUCCCAAGUGUCAGUGGAUGUGCUGCUUAAGGGUACAGGAACAUCACCUCUGCAUCAAGGUUUGUACUGACAAGUAGAAGCCCUCCCAGUUUAUUUCAAGCUUUUGUUGUGUCUUCGCUGCAGAUUAAGCAAGUGCAGGAUGAAGAAAGAAAGCAAUUAAUUCAACUUAGGGACAUUUUAAAAACCGCACUUCAGGUUGAGCAGAAAGAGGUGAGCAUGUAAGGUGAUUUAACACACUUUUUUUUUUUUACUAAUUUAAUGGGAACAUUUAUAGUUUUAGUGGUUGUAUGAAUUUGUUCUGGGUUCAAGGUGAUCUUGUCAAGGUUUCUGCAAAGCUUCUCUCCCCAUCCCCACCCCUAUUUCUUGCACAAAGGCUUAAUUGCUUGUCUUUGUUAUGGUAGAGAAUCUGGAAAUGUAGACUGGGGUUUUUUGUGUUUUUUUGUUUUUAAAGAAAAAAUAAUCUGGGAGAGUUCAUGUUUUGUGUCUAUGCGAUGGCUUUUGGAAUAGUUCCCAGAGAGGAAUAAAAGUGAAAAGCAGAUUUUGCCUGAACGUGUCAAAUCUAUGCAAUUUGUUCAAAGACCAGUGCUAUACAGGGAUGAGGGAACUUGUGACUCUUCCGCUGUUGUUAGACCCCCAACUUGCCUCAGCCCCAGCCCCAGCCAGCAUGGCCAAUGCUCAGGAAUGCUGGGAGUUGUGGUCCAACAUCUGGAGGACUGCAGUCCCUCCAUCCCUAUACUAUGCGGUGGGUCCUGUAUCACACUUGAGUAAACUAUGUGGAUUUUCAGACAAAAAGCACACUUCUUCGCGGUCUCUAUGCAGCUCCUCCUAAGGGUUCUGUGUCUGUGCAGAGCCUCCUUCUUUGUUUUAAAAGAAAUUAUAUCAUCAAUAAGAUUGUGCAUAUAUGUGCAUAACACCUUCAAGACUGAAAAACCUCUUUCACCCACAUUUGCCUCUAUUGAGAGAGCAUUUUAUUUAUUAUGAGAUACCAUCCCCUCCCCAAAGCUGUAACCUGUCGAGCUUUCUUAGAAUGUUACAUAUGAUGAAUUGACUUCUGUCUUGACAUUCAAGUCCAUUUGCGGAGGAGACUGGACAGUUAUGCGUAGAAUUGUUGACUAAUGAAAACUCACAAAGGGCAGUGGAGAACAGGAAGAUUCUGUUGCUAAGGCAGAGGAUCAUUCCUUACUCAAAUUAAGGGCCUUCCGCUCCCACAUGUGUAUAACCAGAAUGAUCAUAACCACUGAGCAACAUCUCUAGACGCAGCCAACCCCUUAGUCACCAUGGGUUUCCUUCUUCUGGGGUGCACUUAGCAAUGCAGUCCACAUGCUGCCUUAGAGCCUUCCAUUCUUCAGGAAAGAUUGUGAGCCCAUGGGCUUGAAUUCCCUCUCCUGGGCUCCAUCGCAUUCCUGUGGGUUGGAGAGCUUUAAAGCAACAAUUCUCCAGCUUUGAGUUUAACAUACCAGCGACUUUGCUAUUUCCUGUUGCCUGCAAUUGGGCCCGAGGGAGCAUGAAGCCCUUGGUGGCUAGAGGCUGAGUGUUUCCGGGGGUUGUGGCCCAGAGGUCUCCGGUUCAGCACGUUCAUAGCCAUUAAGUUCAAGUCAACGGGGCUCGAGUCCAGUGCGUCCAUGGGCUUUCGCCACUAGUUCUCCCAAUUUAGUUGGCCUGUCUCCCUCUUUGAAAGUGUUUAGGGUGGCUGCUUGUAAGUCACACCAGUGAUUGGGUGGACUUCUGGGCAUAGUCUGCUAAAGAGGCAAGAUUACCGUAUUUUUCGCCCUGUAGGACGCACUUUUCCCCCUCCAAAAAUGAAGGGGAAAUCUGUGUGCGUCCUAUGGGGCGAAUACAGGCUUUCGCUGAAGCUUGGAGAGCGAGAGGGGUUGGUGCGCACCGACCCCUCUUGCUCUCCAGGCUUCAGGAAGCUUAUCAGCAAGCCUGGGGAGCCCGCGGGAGUUCCUGCAGGGCUCCCUAGGCUGCGGAUAGCAGCCUGCCGCCUGGCGCGAAGGGGCCCUGAAGCAGAGCGCCCCGUGCUUCAGGCAGACAUCGGCCAGCCCCAUAAGCUCGGGGGACAGCGGGGAGGCGGAGCGCCGCCAUACUGCUGUUCCUCGACCUGGUUCGGAGGCUGGUGCUGGGGAGAAGCAUGCUUCCCCGACCUGGUUCGGUUUCCCCGACCUGGUUUUGGGGGGGAAAUAAAGGAAAUUUUUUCCCCUUUAUUUCCCCCCAAAAAAACUAGGUGCGUCCUAUGGGACGGAGAGUCCUAUGGGACGAAAAAUACGGUACUCAACUGGAAUGAAGAACAUUUGGCCUCUUCAGUAGUGGAGCUUCAAAUAAAUCUGUAGCUGUUUACGCAGCUGUGUGUAUAUGGCCAUAUUGGUUUUUUUGGCUUAUGGUUUUCAAUCCUGAGCAGGAGUUUUGGUUGAGACAAAAGGUGGUAUUCAGCUAAGUGUUAUCCAGAGUAGCCCGAUUGAAAUUAAUGGACUUGAUUAAGUUAGGUCCAUUAAUUUCAGGGGAUCUGCACUAAGUAAAACUUUGUUGAAUGUCGUCUAGAAUGUCCCUAGGGGGACAGUUUCCAUUUCUGAUUAGGAUGAACCACCUUAUGCUUCAGAAGCAUGGAGUAAAACAUUUAAAACUAUAUGUAUAAUUAGAUUUUGUCGUAUCUGAUGCUGUUAGAUUUAAAAGUGUAUGCUGAGUGGCUUUCAAGUGCAUUUGGCUGCACAUCCCCAGGGUACCCCAAUGGUAUGUAUGAAGCAAGGUCAUGGAAAGUUGCUACUCCUAAAAUGAAUGGGAAAUGAUUUUUUUGUGCAUAGAUAAUUUGGAUACCUAGUUUUGGGUACAUGCACAAAAAAGAUACCUUCAGAUCUGUGCUAUUAGGGCCUUAAUGUGUCUUAAACCAAGUCAGACUCCCUCUAGUGUACUAUCCAACACUGUUUUGUUUUUUGCACUGCAACUGAUCUUUUUUUCUUCCUAAAAUGCAUUUGCCUUUUGUGACCGAAGUCUAGGAGAGUAAGUCCUUUGAAUGUUUUUGUAAAUGGUACAUUGCAUGAUUGUCAUGUGCAUUUCAAGUAACUGGUCUUCUUUUCUGAAACAUAAUCUGUUGGCCUAAUUGUUUCAUAUUUUGCAAAUUGCGUGAACACAUUUUAGCUAUUUAAAGGUGGAUAAAUUAAAUCAAGGCAAAGCACAUACACUGGUACUGAUCUUAAUUCUUUGAGUGCUGAUCCUUCUAUAGCCAAAAUGGCAUCAUCCACUCACAAGAGGAAAAUAUUAGCAGGCACUGGGGGAACACCAAAGUUUGGAAUAAAAUAGAAUAAGAUCUUUCAACGAAAAUCCAUGUGGCAAAAACAGCCUAAUGGAAACUGAGCAUGCUCAGUGGAAUGCUGAAUGACUGUUGGGUGGAAAUUUGAAAAACAAAACAAAACAGGAGGAGGGGGGAAUGGAAUGCAGUGUCUCAAAUCCUUAACUGGAGCACUUCACACUGCAAUGUUUAGUUGCAGGUCAGGCUAGUUUGAAAAUUAUUUCCUUUGCUGAAAUCCAGUUGCUUGGCUUUUGUCCGUCUGUGAGUCCCUUGGGCUCUCUUGUAUUCCGUGUUGUGAAGGAUGUGUGAGAGAUCUGUUUGCUCAUAGAUUAAUUGAAAUGUAUGUUGUCCCUGUUGAGUAUUCAUUGUUUUAAAUAUACUUAAUUACUCAUUGAGAGUCCAUUCUUUUCCCUUGUAAGCAAAAGCUGGCUUAUCAGAACAUACAUUCGCAUCAAAUUCAUAACUGAAUUAUUGGGAGCCAGGUUUUGCAAAGUGUAUGCAGUGAGAUCGCAACAUAAAAACCUACGAAUUUCUGCAUAAUCAAAUUGCUAAACGAUUGUGCUUUAGUGCACUGAGACGCUGUAUGGAGCUAAAUUAACGGUUGCAGCAACGCUUGAGUCGCUACCGAUUGUAUGUGCUAUUGAGAAGUCUAGAGGGGUAUUUAAAGAAGUUAGCUUUUGCAGGGUAGUCAUGACGGGACUGUCAGAUCCACAGGAUUGCCCCAGCAUCGUGCUUGCAGUUGAAAACAAAUUGUGAAUGCUUUGUAACCUGACUUGUGUAUCGUACUGACCUGCACAUUAAAGCCUUUGCCAAAAACUUGAGCUGCGAGUCUUGAGUACUGUGUCCACCAGUGAGGGCCUGGACAACCAGGUCUUUUUGAUAGUGGCGAUGUCUGGAUUUUAAGUGGCCCAUUUUGCUGCAGAGUGAAAAAAAGAAAAAGUGAAAGUUGCUUAUGGAUCAUUUGUCAUCAUCCGAGCUGGUUGGGCUAUGAAUAUUGGGAAUGUGAUGGAGUUUCGAGCUGGGAUUGAAACAGUGGAGUUUUUUUGGUAACCAAUCUAUUAUUUUUUGCCUUUAGGAUUCUCAGCUCCGUCAGAGUACGACUUAUAGUUUACAUCAACCUCAGGGAAAUAAGGAACACGGCACUGAAAGAGAUGGCAGCCUCUAUAAGAAAAGUGAUGGGUGUGUAUGCUUUUUCUUUUCUUUUUUUAAGUGAUGAGUACAGUGGUACCUCGGGUUACAGACGCUUCAGGUUACAGAUGCUUCAGGUUACAGACUCUGCUAACCCAGAAAUAGUACCUCGGGUUAAGAACUUUGCUUCAGGAUGAGAACAGAAAUCGUGCUCCGGCGGAAGCGGGAGGCCCCAUUAGCUAAAGUGGUGCUUCAGGUUAAGAACAGUUUCAGGUUAAGAACGGACCUCUGGAAUGAAUUAAGUACUUAACCCGAGGUACCACUGUAUGUAGCUUUGAAAGAAAAGUUAGAAAAAGAGCUUGGCAGUCUUUUGCAACAAUACGAGUCAUACCAAAAUUUAGAUCUCCUUCUCUCUCUCUUUUUUAAAAAAAAUAAACAGAAUCAGAAAAGUGUGGCAGAAGAGGAAGUGCACGGUUAAAAAUGGUUUCCUUACAAUUUCCCAUGGUACAGUAAGUAUUUGUUUAUAGUACUCUAUGCACACAGCCUGUUGCUAAUAGGAAAAAAAAGCCAAAUUAGGCUGCCUCUGUAUUUAUAGUUACAGUAUCAGCCAGAUUCCUUAACUGAGCAUGUUCAUUGAGAUCACUUAACUUUUCGAAAAAGCAACAACUUGGCCAAAUUGCUAUGAGAAUUAAAUACACGCCCACUCAUUUGUUACCGUGCCUGAUGAUGGGUUAUGGAAACAACCAAAUGUUUUACUAUGUUGUUAAAAAUAAUGAGCUCUUGUUCUGGGCAGAUGGAUGAGGAAAGUAUAAGUGACAUGCUCUGAAAAAUAAUCUGCUAUUGUGGCAUCAUGUUUGUAAGAGAAAUCCUUUUAAGUGUAGAAUUCCUGUUGUUUUUAAAGUAAGUGAUUGGGUCUAGAGACACAGGGAACUGCUUAAUACUGAGUCAGACCAUUGGGCCAUAUUUUCUACCCAAGCUGACAGUGGCUUUCCGGGGUUUGGGGCAGGAUCUCUCCAGCGGCGUAGUGUGGGUUGUCAGCACCCGGGGCAAGGCAAGUAAUUUGCGCCCCCUAACCCCUAACCUGCCGCCGCUGCCAGCUUCUUCUUACUGCUGCCUGGGCUGGUCUGGUGUGGUUCUCUCCCGCGCUCAGCGCUGCGCUGGGUGGCCGCUGCACUGUCCCUCCCCCAGAUAGUCCCUCGCUCUCUCUCCGCACCGCACGCCUGGCACCCACCCCCUCCACAGUGGGCAGCGACCCAGCGGCUCGGAUCGGAUUCGCACAGCCAGCACUGCAGUGAGAGAGAGUGAGUGAGCCAGGUAGGGGCAGAGAGCUGCGAGUGCGAGCGCACGCCCCCCAGAUGUUGCGCCCGGUGCGGCCGGCCCCCCCUGCACCCCCCACGCUACGCCACUGGAUCUCUCCCAGGCCUAUUUGGCGAUUGAACCUUGGGACCUUUUGCAUUCAAAGCAGAUUCUCUGCUACUGACCUGUGGCCCUUACCCAUCUCAGCUAGAAUGAAAGCUGUUAAUUCGAACUUUCUAGGCCGGUGUUAGGAUGGGAUGUAUUUUUUUAUUAUUAUUAUUUUGCCAUGUAAUCUUUAAAUCAGUUGAGGAAACAAAACAAAAUCUAAUCUUGUUGCCUGGAUAUAUUAUGCUAAACCACAGUGCUUUUCCACAGUUAAAUAUUUCAUGAAAAAUCACGCAGAUAAAUAGAUCAUUUAUACUACCUAGAAGGUUUGUUUGUUAUUUUAUUUUAUUCAUUAAUUAAAUUUAUAAACCACCCCUUCCAUCACAAGAUCUCGGGGCGGUUCACAGAAUAGGCUUAAGACAAAAAGUCAGGUAAUGCCAUCCAUAAUAUCGCCCAGCUGCGAGUGUGAAGGCCGCUCCCUGCAAGGCCCUUUCCACCUGGCCUAGGGGGCAGGGCCCACACUCACCAGCCCUACUGAAGAGGCUCCUCAUGAGGCCGGAGGAACAUCGCCUGGCUAUUGAUUUAUUGAUUUAAUAUGCUGUACACCGCUUUGAGAUUUUUAUUAAAACUAUAAAGCGGUAUAGAAAUUGAAAAAAUAAAACAAAUAAUAAAUAAUAUGCCUUUUGCACUAUAGAAUUUGUAUCUGCUUAAGGUACCAGUUUUAAAUAAAGGAAAAAACCUGUUUGGCUUUUUCUGUACACCUCUAAGGAUGUUAAGAAGGUCAUUUAACUGAAAACGUGUCGUAAGCAAGGACUGGCAUUUGCUGGGAAGACAGGUUACAUAAGAAGGGCCUUGUUGGAUCAGAGCAAUGGCCCCAUCUGGUCUAGCCUCUUAGAAUCAUAGAAUUGUAGAGUUGGCUAGAACCAUGACGGUCAUCUAGUCCAGCCCUCUGCAAUGCAUGAAUUUUUUUGUCCUAACGUGGGGCUUGAAUCUUGUUCUCACCAUGGCAAGCCAGAUACCUCUGGGGAGCCCACAAACAGGACACGCAUACAACAGCCCUUUCCUCUGUUGGCCUUCCAGCCACUGAUAUUCAGAGGCAUUCUUCCUCUUAACACUGGUGAUAAUACCUAGCCAGUGUGAAUAGCAGCCGUUAAGAAAUAUUAUUCUUCACUCAUUUAUCUAAUGUCAUUUUGAAGCUGCCCAUUCCUCAGCAUGGCAUGGAAAGCUAAUAUCUGCACUGUCUAAAUAUUCAUAGUCUGUAUAAUAAUAGAUUCAUUGCGUGACCUACUGUGUAAUAUUUGUAAUGCUUGGCCUCAAAAGAUACGUUUUAGUCCCAGUUUCUUCUUCCAUGUAGAAAUGCAACCAACAGUGUGUGAGACAGAAGGUCAUGGAAUUAGAUUUUAUGAUGCUUGUAUUAUUAUGCUCAGUUAUCAUUUAGACAAUGUUGUUUAAAGAACAGCUGUUUUUCAAAAAAAAAAACAGAAUGAGAGAGAUCUAUUUAAAAAUUUUUAAUUUUUUUAAUUUUUUUAAAAAACUAUUCGUUUUUUUCACAACUCUGCUUGAUACCUAAAAUGGGAAAGAAGCAGUGAAAGACGAUUAUUUUACUGUUUUCUCUUUGCCUUUAACAUUUCUGCACAGCUGUACUUUGCCAUAGGUCCUCUUUUUAAUGGUUAGAGUCAUCAUAGCGACCCAUAGUUAAAAGUAGAAGUCUUCUUUUUUUGCUCUUCAAAAUAUGGCAACCCUGCUUUCUACCUUUUUCAAGACAGUUAUCUCUCUAUACUUCCCCCCUUUGUUCUCAUUUCAUACUGGCUUAUUUCAGAUGAGCUUCAAAACCAUAUCUUGGGGGGGGGGGCGGGUUAUGGACAAGCUUACUUCUUAACACAUUCUCAUUUCCUUUCCUUUGCACAUGGCUUUGCUGACAUCAGUUUCCUGUUUAUCACUAACCAUUGCUUGCCGUAAAUUCCAAAUUGGCAAACUAUAAUUAGCACAUGUUCUCCCAGCCAGAAUCAACUCUGCCGCUUCAAAUGAUGGUUUCUAAUUCUGUUUUUGAAGCAUGUGUUAGCUUGCUAAUUUGGGCGUACCCAAGCUGAGGUUUGUGUUUCACAGGAAACUGUAGAGAGCGCCACAUGUAAAAAGGGGAGGGGGAGAGUAUGUGAAACUGCAGUUUGGUUUCCAAACCAUGGUGUGAGUGUGAAGGUUUAUCUUAAUUGAGCCACUGACUUUUCAAAACUGCUUUACCUAGGACUUAUUUCCAAUACUUAUAGCACAACCCUACGCAUGUCCACCCUGAAGAAGUCUCACUGAGUUUGUUUUAAGUUGCAACCUUAUACAGCUUCUGUGUAGGAAACUAAAUAUGGAUAUGGUUUUUUCAUAUUCUUUUUACACAAUAACAUGUUCUGUAUAAAAUAGUUGUUGCAGGUGAAGUGGCCCCCAAUUUCCAGCACCAGAUGGAUUUUAAAUAUGUUUUGCAAAGUAAAAACUAAAAGGUUGGGGUUGCAGUCCAAAUUCCUUUCGAAUUCCUUUCGAAUUCAGGGUUGGUUUUUUGAAAAUCUCAUGUGCCAGAGUGGAUACCGUUCAUUCAAAUGUGGAUUGGGUUGAUAGAUGGACUGUCUUUUGAUCUGAUUGUAAGUACUCUUCUCCCAAGAUCUAAAUUAAUUCUUCUUUCUUUCAUUGUUUGUAAAUUUAAUUGUAUUAGGGCCUUCUAUACUUUUCUGGGAGUACCAUCUUUACAGCAGGAAUGGGAAUAAUUUAUAUGCUGUGCACAUAGUUGAUAAUUCUCCUUGGACACUGCUAGAAGUGACUUCUUUGUUGGCUAUGGCCCCGAGUUUGUGCAGACUUUUUUCUCUGGUGAAAUAGAUAGUCUCAAAAUACAGACUUCGUGUAGUUGGCUUACAAUACACAUAGGUACUAAAGGAGCAACACUUGUCUUCUCUUGUGUUUUUACCAGCUGAUAAAUAUUGGCCGUUGCCUUCUAGCAAGCAGGAAUGAAGAUCAACACGAUUUAAAUUUAUUGUUCUCUAUCAGUAAGAACAAUUUAGCAGUUCAACAUAUUUUCAUCUUUGCAACCCACCCUAUUGUCACUUGGGACAUUCUGCCACACAUUUGCCAGCUGUGUGGCUCUCAAGUUUAAAAAGCCCUUUUCUCCAGUAUCCAAUCAGGACAGCUAACCAGAUGCAGAAAUUCUGGUACUUGUGAAAUCUAUACUUUUCUCAGACACUAGAUGCUUGAUGCAUUUCAGGGACUGAGGUUACUUUGCCUUAAUGCAUAUUAAGAAUCAUCAGAAUGGCUGCAUGCCCUGGAUUUCUUCCUUGAACAGGUGCCUGUGGCUCCUUGCCCUUUCAGAACAGGCCUCUGACAGACUAGAUUGGCUCUUUUUAUGGUUUUCAGCCCCCAUCUACCUUUUCUGUGGCCCGCAGAACUGUUUAAACUUAUUCUUCCUCUUUGGCAUUUUGGUGUAGUCAUUCACACUAAAGGCAUCAUUCCUUGUUUUCCGCUGUGUUUUGUUGGGUCACCUGCCAUUGUUGCUGUGUUAAGGUACAAGCCUUCCAAAUGUUAUUCACCACGUCUGGUAGGCCUUGCCUUUAAUGCCAGAUACAUAUCACUACAUACGUGGCUACUGUGUAGUGGGUAAAAAUGAAGACACAUGCGGAGAACCACUCCAUUAGUAUGACCAUAGUUCGUCUGAGAUUAUGCGCUAGGUCAUCAAAAUAGCUCCUGUUCUGAGUUACACCGGCUCUUGAACUGAUCUUGGUCUGGGGCUGUUCCAUUUCUUUCUGACCUUUCACGUUCUCUAAGGUGUGCAUUGUGCCUCCCAGUUCCCAUGUUGUAGAAAGAAAGAUUGUCCUUUUUCUACCUCCUGGAAGAACAUUAGAUGAACAUUCCUCUAUUCAUGUGCGCUUUAGCUCUGGUGCAAUUAUGUUGAUCUAGUUAUGUGGGAUAGCCUUGUUUUUGCUAUCCUUAACUUGGGUCAUCCUUCCACCCCAAAUUGCAUUGCCUUUCAAAACUUAAGUGAUUUUGUGCUAUAAAUGCCACCCACCUUACCCCUCACUCACAUACCACUUCACCCCGGCUACUUCUAACAUACAAACAGAUUCUGCUAUUUUUUCUUGUCUCUGUCAGUUAUUGCUACACAUCUUCCUUUUCAAAUACCAAAGCUGGAGCUGGAUUCUGAAGAUUACCUUUGUUUCUAAAAAGAGAGUAAGGUUGAUCCAGUGGAUCAGAUAGGAACUUUCCAUUUUCCAGAAUCUAAAGGAAGAAAUGCCAGGCCAAAGAAUGUUUUACAUGCACCAACUUCUCUGUUUGCUGUGCCAACAUUAUAAUGUCAUUGUAGUGUAAUGUUAUGGUGCAGCUCUGAAUUCAGCAGUUAGUCUGCACAGUCCUAAUCUCUUGACCUGCUGUUUUCAGCAAAACCCUUCAGGUCAAGUUUCUAAUUAAACGCAAUGGAAACCGUGGCCAAAUACGUUUCCUAGUCAUUUAAAUUGUCCUUUGUUGUUAUUGUGGUUGUGGUUAAAAAUGGAAAAUAAAACAGUGAUUGUUUGUUUUCUUCUCGGUUACGCCUGCCCUGUUUUAAUUAGUUUCUUCUUUUAUUUCUCUAGAGAAACAUUCAAUUAUCUUUCGCUUCACAAAGAGACAUGGGGCUAAUUUCCACUUUGUUGUGUUUUGUCGGUGUAAAUAUAUUCACACUGGCCUUGGUGCAGACAAGGCUCUGUCCACACAACAACAUUCAUGGGUACUUGGGCUGCUGUUUCCGGGCGUGCAUUUGUGCAUCUCCAUCCACACACAAGUGCUUUCGGUUUUAUGCCUCCGAAAUGUAGCUUGAUGUCCUGUCUGCACUUGUAGCUGGUGCUUGAAUGGGAUGUCUUCACUCUCUGUGUUGCUGCCCACUUCCUUCAAUUAGUGCUUCCUCACUCACUGUAAGUUCACGAAACCUGAGGUCCAUUGUGAACAUGCAUGCUAUUUGCUUAGCUGUGGGUGCCCACCUUCCAGUUUUUAUAAUACGAGUUUUCCAAUAUGCCAGGUUUGUGCAAAUCAGUCGUAAAAAAAUAAAUUUAAAAUACAGGUGUGUUGUUCUAAGCAAGGAAAUCUGACGGUUCCUCUGUAGGCAUGAAAACAGCUGUUUACCUGUGCCAUACACCUUUAAAAUGCUUUAAAAAAUAAAUAAAUACAGGUUUUCUAAUAUACUAAAUUUGCUCAAAAGAGAUGUUAAAAAACAUGUGUCGCUCCAAGCCAGGCAAAGAAAGUUUGGGAAUCAUUUUCAUUUAAGCCCCUGUAUUGGGAAGUUUUUAAUGCUUGAUGUUUUGCUAUGUUUUUAUAUAUGCUGUACCUCCUCCUCCUCCUCCUCCUUCUUCUUCUUCCUCCUCCUCCUCCUCCUCUUUCCUUCUUUUCCUCCUUGUUUUCUUUCCUGCCUCCUGUACCUGCAAGGGCAAAUGUCAUUUUUAUUUUUAAUGCAGCUGGUUAUGCAAGAGUAAUUCCAGGCAGAAGAGUUGUUUUAAAAACAAUAAUAAUACAAAUGUGCCUUUAGGAACGGGAGGUGGUGACAGACCACACCCAGUGAAACAUUAUCACACUUAAAAAAGAAGUCCACCCACACAAUGCAAUUCAGUGCAUCUGCAGUUGGAUAACAUACCAUUUUUAUAUUGUAUAUUCUUCUUUUACUGGAUUAUCUGUGGCCUGGGGAAGUACCAGUUGCUGCAAAAAAUCGAGACACAAGCAGCUUUAAAUCCAUGUUACACUCCAGUGUUGAUGAGCCCUAAAUGUUUUUGCUCCCAUGCCUUAACCAUGUGUAAAAUCUGAAUGCAAUCGUUUGGUGUAAACUAGCCCAUAAUGUUCUCAUAAACCAGUCAUGAUGAAAAGAUGUAUCCUUAGGAAGAGGAAUCCACCAUAGCCUUGUUUUUGCAAAUAUUUACUUGCACCAUAGUUGUCAAGAGUUGAACACAUGCAAAAAUAUAUAUCUCUGUUUGCCUUUACUGUUUAUGAAACGUGCCACUAAUAUUCUUGUGUAAUGUCCGACUGCAAUAGUCAGUAUGAGUUUUUCUUCACGCUGCAUCUCUUGGAACUGCUUUGUCUUAUGUUUUUAUGGUAAAUAUUUGCAUGUAAUGUUAAUUGUGUCAAUAACUCUUAAUGGUUUAUUUGUCUCAAGUGCCUACUAUAACAAGUCGGAGAGCCAAAUGUUACCUUGUCCUUUGGAUCCUUUACAAGAGUUCAAAUCAUUUUAACUUAGUCUAAUGCACCUUUAUUACCAAAGUAAAUGCUUCCUGUAUCGGCCAAGUGUUGCAACAGGAGGAUGUGUUCCCGAGUAAAUUAUAGCGCUCACACAAUUAUUUCAUAAAGCAUAAAUGGCAGUGGUGUGAGUUGUACCCGUUGACUAUAUUUCUGAAUGGAACUUUAGAACUAAAGUAAAUUUAUCCAGCCAUUCUUGACCUGCUUCCCAAGGCUCAUAUCUUUCUGAGGUGUAGACACAUCUUAAUAUUGUACAGUGGUACCUUGGUUUACAACCAUAAAACGUUCCGGAGGUCCAGUUGGAAACCAAAACAGGUUGUAACCCAUGAUGUGCUUUCGCCAAUGGGGCCUCACAUAAGAAAUUGGUUGUAAUCCAAAAAAAGGGACACACACUUCUGGGUUUGACAUGGUUGUAAUCCAAAAUGGCUGUAAUCCAAAGCGGUUGCAAACCAAGGUACCACUGUAAUACAGGAAGCAGCAAUUUGCCCCGUUCCUUACAGUUCAUAUUGCUGUGAACUUGCCCUAGAUCUAAUCAUUUCCACUUCCUGUAGUUUAUUCAAAAGAACUGGAUAUCUGCCUAUUUUGGUAAUUUCCAUGGGCCUAUCUUGGGUGUCUUGUAUGCAGGAGGAUUCUCCCUUUAGAAAUCCAUGAUAACAGGAAAGUCUUUAUUCUUUAUGCAUUUUUACUAAGGGAUAUUCCUUUUUGUUUUGUUUCUUCUUUAAUCAGGCAAACCGGCCUCCUGCAAAGCUCAAUCUGUUAACUUGCCAAGUGAAAACAAACCCAGAAGAGAAAAAAUGUUUUGACCUCAUAUCACGUAGGUUUGUUGUAGGUACUUUCUAUUAGUUAGUUCUAAAAAUCUCAAUAUUGUUUCAGGGGGAAAAACAAGUUAAUGGUGAGAUUCCAAAAUUCAGUCUGAUACAUUUGGAAUAUGUUACUAUCAGAGCUUGCUUUGUUUGAACAUUUUUGCCUUUCAUAUAUUUCACAUAUCAUUCUUAUAUGUUUGUCACUAUAAACUAUUCGUUUAUAUGUCUCAGUUUUUGUUGCUGUAUUAGCCAUCAUUGGGUGCCCUAUUCAGGUUAUUUUAGGUAUGCUUUUCUGAUUUCUCUGCACAACCAAAUCUCAAAAUCGUUCAUGAAGCCUGUAUAGAAUAUAUUGUUGAAAUAUUAUCAGAAAGGUCAUGUAAUUAUAAAUAACUAAUGUUUAACAACAAUUCCUUUUCUUGAUCAUGGGGGUUUCUUCUUUCAGAACCGGGAGUUUUGUAGCAUCUUAUACAUAUAAUAGGUUUUUUAUAUUCUUUAUUGAAAGAUAAAAAGAUAUAUAAGUCAAGAUCAUACUGUGCAAACAGGGGUAUGUGUGUGCCAUUCUCUUCCUCACACCUUCCUCUCUUGAAUAUGCCAACAUUCUGCCUCCACUUUCUUUGAUACAGAUGUUCUUUUCUUUCAUUUUCUUCUAGAUGCAAAAUUAGCACUGUUCUUUCAGUAUAGGCCACUUGUUCCUUGAGCCAGCUUCUGUCUGCCCCUUUUUCUGUAGGUUCACCUAAUCUGGCUUUCUAGUUAGGAACAUGCUCUGCUCUUUGCAGCUCCCCACAUGGCUACUAUCCACAGGUCAUACUACACCUUCUGCCCAUUUAAGAUAUUGGGAUCAAAAUGGCUACCUUUAUCUUGAGGAAUCUUUCUGAACUUGAUCAGGCGCACGAUAAAUCCCAUACUUCUAACACUGUCAUACUUCUGACAUUCCUUGUCCUUCAUUUAGUUCUAGGGGGUUUCCUUUUUUUGCUCACUGACCACCAAAUUGUUAUGUUGCAGCCAAUCUUAUUGCAUAUGUUCUGGACAACCUUUCUAUACUUCGUAUCUCCCAAAGCAAUGGGUGGGGGACCUCCAGAUGUUGGACUACAACUCCCAUCAGCCCUGUUAGCCAUGCUGGAUGAGGUUGAUAUGGUCCAACAACAUAUGGAAGGCCAAAGAUUUCCUAAGGCAUCUUUUCUCUACAUAUUUUUUUACAAUUACGCCGUCCUAAGCAUCGGGUGGCGCUGUGGGUUAAACCACAGAGCCUAGGGCUUGCCAAUCAGAAGGUCAGCGGUUCAAAUCCCUGCGACGGGGUGAGCUUCCGUUGCUCAGUCCCUGCUCCUGCCAACCUAGCAGUUCAAAAGCACGUCAAAGUGCAAGUAGAUAAAUAGGUACCGCUCGGGCGGGAAGGUAAACGGCGUUUCCGUGUGCUGCUCUGGUUCGCCAGAAGCGGCUUAGUCAUGCUGGCCACAUGCUGUACGCCGGCUCCCUCGGCCAAUAAAGUGAGAUGAGCGCCGCAACCCCAGAGUCGGUCAUGACUGGACCUAAUGGUCAGGGGUCCCUUUACCUUUAAGCAUCUCAUGUUGAUAGCUGUGCCAAAUUAUAUAGUUCAUAACUGGGGCUUGGAUCCCUAUGUCCAAGAGGGAGAGGGGGAGAUGCUCCCACUCAGAUGUGCCUACUGGAGUUUCCUUUUUCUCCAGUCCCCCUGUGUCUCCCCACAAGCUGCUCUUGAGAGUCUCCUGACCUUCUCAAACCACUUCUCAGAGGGCUGCCAGCCCAGGUGGGUGGGGAAGAACCUGCAUGAGUGGCUAUAGCAGGGUCUUUAGAUCCAAGCCAUCUCUCUCUCUCUUUACAAAGGCAAACUUUCUAAGCAAAUUAGUUUGCAAAUAUGACUUUGCUGCCAACGUAGAAUUCCAAACGUUUUAACUGGAUACAACACGGGAAUCACGGCUGUUUGGUCAUGCCUAUCAGCUUGUCCGUGUGAUUGCUUCUCUUCAGUUGUUACUAGAAAGGCGUGACACACAAACACAAAGCAAUGGCUUCUGUGCUGUUCUGGUAGUGUAUGAGUCAGGCCUCAGUGCUGGUCCAUGGCAAACACACUGUUUUUAAUCCAGCACUCUACACAGAGAGACAUAAGCAACCGCAUGGACUUGAGGUUUCUGGAAAAGUGGAAGUAUGUAGGCACUCGCAGCCAGUAGAGGCUCAGCCUGAGCCAACGGGUGUGACGUAUGCUAUGAUGCAAUCCUCUGAGAUAGAGCCGUAAGACUGUACAAGUCUUUUAUAAUAGCUUUCACAGGUCUGCUUAGUUGUUUAAAAGGUCUGCUUUAACGUGAGAGAGAAACCUUCGGAAAACGUUUGAAAAUUCUUUCCGAUUUCACAUGCUGUGGACUUGUGGUUGCACUAAAUUGAGGCAUUCUUUACAAUUGUGUUUGGCUUGAAAUAUUUAAAUCGGCGGGUGUUUCCACCUCCCACCCCCAAACAACACCAUGGAAAUAAAGAGCAAAUGUUACAAAGCAAAGUGGCAAAGAAAAAAAACACCCAAGUGAAAAGCAGGCAAGGGCACUAUCAGGGUUCUAGAAAAUAAAAUAAAACACAGCUCCUUGUAUUGCCAUGGUUGGAAGGUGGAGGAAAGAAACUGCUGGAAGUGAGUCAGGAGGAACUUGUGCUGUAAAAUAAAAAUAAAGUCCUUACUAGAUCAGGUCCAUCAAUCCCAGCAUCCUGUUUCCAACAGUGGAUAGCAAAAUGCUUUCAGGAAGCCCACAAUAAUGCAUGUCAUUAUUUUGAGCAUUUAAAAAAAACAUGUAGGAAGACUUCCCCCCAUCUGGCCAAGAACACUCACAUUCCAGGUAUAUUAGGGAAAUAGGAUGGAUGGAAAAUAGUUACACAACCAACAGUUGCUGAUGGUGUCAUUGUAUUAACCCCUGCAUUGCUAAACUAGUUCUGAGCAAACAUUUGCAAUAACUUUUCUGUUGGUGGUCUUUGGUCUGAUCGAAUAAGCAACCAUAGCAGCAGGGAAGUUAUACGUGAGCCAGCCGCUUAAUCCUACUUGCACCACCUGCAUAUAUGGGUGAUUUUAACCCUGGGCAAUGUAUUGCCCAGUUAAUUUAACUCCAGUAACAACCACCAGUAGGGACGCGGGUGGCGCUGUGGGUAAAACCUCAGCGCCUAGGACUUGCCGAUCGCAUGGUCGGUGGUUCGAAUCCCCGCGGCGGCGUGAGCUCCUGUCGUUCGGUCCCAGCUACUGCCUACCUAGCAGUUCGAAAGCACCCUUAAGUGCAAGUAGAUAAAUAGGUACCACUUCAUAGCGGGAAAGUAAACGGCGUUUCCGUGUGCUGCGCUGGUGCUGGCUCGCCAGAGCAGCUUCGUCACGCUGGCCACGUGACCCGGAAGUGUCUGCGGACAGCGCUGGCUCCCGGCCUCUAGAGUGAGAUGAGCGCACAACCCUAGAGUCUGUCAAGACUGGCCCGUACGGGCAGGGGUACCUUUACCUUUACCUUUUAACAACCACCAGUAUCUGGUGCAUGAAUUUCGGAAAUGGUUAUGACUGUUAUGAUGAGAUGAACUAUCCAAACAUUUUUGGGAGUCGACACUAGAAACAUUUUAUCUUCCUGUAGAUGACCGAACGUAUCAUUUCCAAGCAGAGGAUGAACAGGACUGCCAAAUGUAAGUUGCAUUAAUAGUGGUUUUUGUUGUUUUCUUUGCUGUUUCUCUUGCUCAUGAUAGUGGUGUCUACAGUAGAUAAAACAACUGCUUCUCUACUGCGGAGAAAGAUAAUCCUUAAUUCUAGCCAUUAUUUAGACAGGCUAGGAAGACUAAACUUUCUGUUCAUCUACAGCAGGGAUAGUCAAUGUGGCCCCAUCCAGAUGUCAUUGGAUUACUAUUCUCAUCAUCCCUGACCCUUGGCUUGGCUGGUCCAACAACAUCUGACGGGUACCAUAUUGGCUACCCUGGAUCUACAGGCAGCAAUGUAAAUAAAUGUGGAACCAUGGAAUUUUAACGUUUAGGAAACAAAUGCCUUCCAGUAGCGCCACCAAAUUUCCAAUUAUGGAGAUUUUCAACCCUAGCCAGAAUUCCUUUCCUUAGCAUUAAAAACCACACACCUAUCACAGCCCUUAAACUCCAGUGGGAGUUUUUCUUUUAGCCUUCUCUGCAACUGUCAUGUCAUGUAGCCAGCCCUGAAGUUUUGAGUCAACUCUCGUUUGCCUCCUCCCUGUGACUGUAAGCCAGAGCUAAGCUCAGCCUUGUAAGCCUUGUCUGCCUUCCUUUAAACUUUUUUCUCUGGAGGACAGUAGUGCAUUUUUACCAGUUGAACGGAGAAAUGGGAUUUGUUUUGUUUUUCAAGCUGGAUAUCGGUGCUACAGAACAGUAAAGAAGAAGCUUUAAAUAAUGCAUUCAAAGGUGAUGACAACACAGGAGAAAACAACAUUGUCCAAGAACUGACAAAGGAAAUCAUCUCUGAUGUACAGAGGAUGCCUGGGAAUGACACGUGCUGUGACUGUGGGGCACAAGGUGACUUUUUAAAAAGUGACGAUGUGCUAUUUCCCAUGUAAAGUUUUGGGUCCCUCUCUUAACACCUCUUUUUCCUAGUUGCUCAAAACAGCUAAUAACAAAUCAUAAACAUAUGGAACAAUUAAUGCAAUUUAAGACAAUCCUACAAAAAAAGCAGAAACCUAGCUACCAACCCUCCUCCAAAAGAAUAAUUGAUUACUGAUAGAACAAAGGGGUGCGGGUGGCGCUGUGGGUUAAACCACAGAGCCUAGAACUUGCCGAUCAGAAGGUUGGCGGUUCGAAACCCCGCGACGGGGUGAGCUCCCGUUGCUCGGUCCCUGCUUCUGUCAACCUAGCAGUUCGAAAGCACGUCAAAGUGCAAGUAGAUAAAUAGGUACCGCUCGGGCGGGAAGGUAAACGGCGUUUCCGUGCGCUGCUCUGGUUCGCCAGAAGCGGCUUAGUCAUGCUGGCCACAUGACCCGGAUGCUGUACGCCGGCUCCCUCGGCCAAUAAAGUGAGAGGAGCGCUGCAACCCCAGAAUCGGUCAUGACUGGACCUAAUGGUCAGGGGUCCUUUACCUUUACCUUACAUAAAAAGCAGAAACAUAUCUACCAACUCCCCUCCAAACGGAUAAUCGAUUACUGUUAGAACAACUUAAAUGCCUUAAUGCUUUCACACUAUUACGGAUGCUGCUUUUUCCAUUUUCAGUUUUGCAGUUGUCUGUGUAGCGGAGACCUACAGAUAAUCCCAGGAGAGGCCCAUUCAGAGGUGCACUCUCCUCCUCCGCCACAACUCACUUCCACCACAUUGCCCCAGAACCUUGCCCCAGAACCUUGCCCCAUCCGUUAAAGUCAGCAGUUGUGGUUUAUUUAUCCCUCUAUGAAAAUACUUACAUACCACUGUUUCUUAGAAAAAAUAUCAGUUUACAAUAAUACAUAAAACCAUACAGUGAAAACGAACUUCAACUAAUCAUGUGCUUUAUACAUUUUUUUUGCUUUGUAUGGAUGCAAAAUCUAAUUGCUGGGUUUAUGUCCCAUGAAGGGAUUCUGUUAUUUCAUUACCCUGUGUGGCUUAUGUUCUUUUUCCCCUCUGUUCUAUCAUUUUCAGAUCCUACAUGGCUUUCAACAAACCUGGGCAUUUUAACUUGCAUUGAGUGUUCAGGAAUCCAUCGGGAACUUGGCGUCCACUAUUCCAGAAUGCAGUCGCUCACGUUAGAUGUGCUGGGAACAUCUGAGUUGCUGGUAAAGUAAAAAAUGUUUCUGUCAUUCGAAAGCUGAGUUGGUGUGUAGCUGGUGGCAGUAUUUGCACAUUAUGGUAACACACAGUUAAUGGUUGACCACAUAUAAACAGAUCGUACCCAUUUUACUCCUCUCUGUUUGCACCGGGGAGAAACAAGCCAUGAUUCCUGGGAGAGUGUUAUGUCUGAAUCAAAGUGUUAUAAGAAAAAAAAAACUGCUCCUUUUCCCUUAUGGGGUACCCAAGAGCCUAUAUAGAGCCCUUUUGUAGGUUCUCUAUCGGUAGGAGAAAAUAACAGAGGCCAACCAGAGAAUAUUGAGAAGCGAAGCAGCUAGUAAGCCUGAUCUUUAUUGUUGCAACAGGGUCCUCACUCACCACAUGCACGAGGGAGGAGGAACCCAGAACAAUGGUGUGCAAGCCCUUAUAUAUAGACUUUUUGAAAUUGCCACCUUGUAAGCUUAAGGCCACCCCCCAAUACAUCAUACAUACAUCACAGAAGAGGCGGUAUACAGCAGAAAACCUGUCUGUCAGGGCACCUGAUAAUGAUCACUGAUUGCAUUACUUGGGCAGUCUAGCCAUUCCUUUGUGAUUGUAAAUACUCAGUUCCUGAAUCCAGGUCACAGACUCACCCUAUUCAUAGACAGAUAGGCCCUUAAGACAGGAUUUGUGAGCAAAGAGACAAUGGGGAGAUUUUCCCAUUUCCUUUGUCCUUGCAGAGAAAUAUUUGAGGUCAAUUUGGGAGAGACAAAAUAGUUUCAGGACUUUUUUCCUGUACUGAUUCAGACAUGUGGUUUAUAUAUUUAUAUAUGUGUUUGCCUGGUAAAUUUAUUUUAUAUCUUAGACCUUAUAAUUCUCAUAACACAAAGACUGUGUUUUUCCCCAACGAAACCACAAUUGUGUCCUCAAAAAACCGCAGUUGAUAAGUCUGUUUGGAGAAAACAAACCAUGAUAUCUGGUUGGUUGUAACACUAAACCUUGUCAUUUAUAUCCUCUGCACAGCAGUUAGGAGGAACGAAACACCUCAGAUCAGCACUUAACAGCUUACCACAAUAUGCAAACUGAGUCUGUGUGUGUACAAUGUUACUGUAAUUCUAUAAAUGGUAUACAGCUACGUAAGUCAUAUUCAAAGUCUAAGUAUGGCUACUAUUGGAGAUCAUCCAACAAUAGAAUCUCUUUUAAAUUUCUUGGAAGAAAUUCUCUCCUUUAUUGCAAUUAAAUAUAUAUGUAUAUCAGGACUAAAUUGUUUCUAUAGGAACUGCGGUCACGCUAUUGGAGCUUUGUUUAAUAAAGCUUGUUGGUUUCAUGUGUUAAAAGGACCCAUCUGGGCAGGCAAGGGAACUACAGAUUCAGUGUUGUAUUCAACUACGUUCUACUCGGAACAUAGACCUGUUGAAAGUAAUGUUCUUAAAUUUGUUGUGGAAAUUAAUUUCAAUGGGUCUACUCUUUGGAUACAACCCCCAGAAUUCUCUAAGAUUUAACUUUUUAACCUUAAGUUCUUUCUCCACUGGAAAAUCAAGAAAAUGGGUUGCUACUGAAAUCAGUUGCUUGACGUGAUUAUGUUAAUCUUUGCCCGGUGUGUUUAUAUUUCCCUUUGUAGCUUGCCAAAAAUAUUGGGAAUGCGGGAUUUAACGAAAUUAUGGAAUUUUGUUUGCCAGCAGAUGAAAUGGUCAAACCCAACCCAAGCAGUGAUAUGUAAGUAUGAAACAUUGAAAGUAUGGAAAGCUUUUACAGUGUAGUGAUUAAGAAUGUGAGUUGGACAGUCCCUUGUUCAAAUACUGCCCUCACUAUGAACUUGCGAGUUGACCUGAAGCAAGUCACUGCUCUAUCUGCCUCCAAGCCCACCACCCCCUUGCAAUUUGGGUGAAUUUAUUGCAGUCGUUGACCAGUUUAUAGAAACAGAAAAGCCCACAAUAGUCAGCACUUUCUAAAUAGGCAACAAUCAGCAUGAAACUUAAGCAGGGCUGCAGGAAUAUGAACUUAUAGGACUGUUCUAAGGAUUGCUGAGAGGAUAUAUGUGAAUGUUUAUUAGCAAUAGUUCCAUUAACAGCUCCUGUUUGCCAGAGAGAGGAUGGAAAAAGAGAAUAGUCUCAGAAAAAGGAGAGUAUUGGAGAACAAAAAAGUACUGAGUUCAUAAACUCUUUGACUGGAAAGAGGAUCCCAUUAAUUGGUUAGGGUUGCCAUACGUCUGGAUUGUCUGGGAUUCCAAUGCCUGACUUAGCUUCUGGGGACAAUUUUGGCCAAAUGUCCAGAUUUUUGAAAUUUCCCAAAAAACUCAACUUUUUGUGUCUGGAUUUUUACUUCUUGAAAUACAGCAAUGCUCAAUUAGCAAAAGGAUCCCACCAAUCCAUGUGUCAAGGCUAAAUUAUUAUUUUUUAAAAUAAAUAAAUCAUGACUCUCUCGGAACAACUAAUUCUGGUUUAAAACAGAUAGCAAAUUAAAGCUUAAGAUCUCCUUGUGUGUAAACAGCUAUGUUUUAUGAUGAUGCCACGCUUUGGUAAAUGGACAUCUGGCAACCAUAGUCAUUAAAGUCAACUAUAAUCAUUGAAGUCAUGCACAAUAUAUAACCCUUGUUUAAUGACUAAAAUAAGCUUAAAUUGCUAUUUUUAGGAAUCAAAUUGAAAACGUCAACCUCCACAUGUGUACAGAUCACAUUCUCACACAGAUGUAAGUGACUCUCAAAGCCUUCUCAUAAAAUUCCUUCGCUUCAUUUAAAGGAGCAAUUGGAGGGGAAAGAAAUUUGGGCAUAACCCAAUAAAUUAAGCAAGUUGCUCGUUAGGGAACUUCAGCAGCAUUUACAGUGUGAGCAUAAACUUCAGGGAUGGCUUUCUGCUGGAACACAAAUUCCUAUUUUGUUUAUUUCAUGAAAUUUAUACGCCGCACGAUUGUAAAAAAAAAAAAGAAUCCAAAGCCAUUUACGAAAAAGCUAAAACUAUAAAAUUAUCAGUCAGAAGAAUGAAUAACAAUGUAAAACUUUCAAAAAGCUAAAAUAACGGGACUGAAAACAGAUCAGAAUUGUAUCAACAAAUAAAUAAAGUUGAUAGUUAUUUCCCUUCCACAAACAUAAGAGCUGCUUCUGUGCACAAAAGGGACUUAGAAGAAGCAGGGCAGGUGGGGUUUUUUCCUGAUUUGCCCUACUUCCCCAGCCCUCUGGAGCAGCUUUUCAGGAGACAGGAGGAAUCAGCAAAAAAUCGCACAUCCCUUUAUUUUUGUGGGAUCGUCCUGCAAGUGGCGUUUCACAAGAACUCUCUGGAUCAAACAUCUUUUUUUCCUAUCCAGUUUGGUGACAUUUUUAUAAACGUAAGAGGUAACUCUUGGUAUCUGUGCUUGUAAAGAAAUGGCAGGGAAAGGUGCCGUGGUCUGCUGAGGUGCAUUCUGAAUAAAAUUUCAGCAUACAGUCAUACCUUGGAUCCCGAACUCUUUGUGAGUCGAACGUUUUGGCUCCUGAACACUGCAAACCUGGAAGUGAGUGUUCCGGAUUGUGAACAUUCUUUGGAACCUGAACAUCCAAUGGGGCUUCCGCGGCUUCUGAUUGGCUGCAGGAGCUUCCUGCAGCCAAUUGGAAGCCAUGCUUUGGGUUCCAAAUGUUUUGGAAGUCGGACGGACUUCUGGAACGGAUUCCGUUCGACUUCCGAGGUACCACUGUAGUAGCAAAUAAUUUAUUUUUUAAAAAAUUAUCUCACAACUUUCCCCUAAGGAGCUCAAGGGGGCAGGCAUGCUUGUAUCCUCAGAACAACCCCGUGAGAUAGGUUAGCCUGAGAGACUGUGACUUGGCCCAAGAUCACCCAGUGAACUUCAUGGCUGAGUUGGGAUUUGUACUCUGGCUUUCCAGGUCCUAGUCCAACAUUACACCACACUGUUCCUCAUUUAUAUUAAAAGUAACCUAGUGAACAGCUUGAAAAGAUCAAGCAGCGCAACAAGAAAGGAAGAAUUAAUAGGUAAACACUCCUCCCUGCCUCCAAUGAUAGCAAAGAAGAAAAGUUGGGACUUAAAAUUACCUUGCAGAUUUUCCAGUUUUUUAGACAAAGGCAGACUAAAGCCUUAAAAGCUGGUGUUUGAAUGGAACGUACGAGAUCCAGUUAUCCUCUGUAAUCUGUAACAGAUUCCAUGUUAAAUCACACAUGACAGCAAACUUAAGCAACUGACCUCAAGAUAAAUAAUGUAAAAUGGUAACAGAACAGUCUGACUUUUAAGUUCAGUGCAGGGGGUUUCCCUUGAAUUGUUGGAAGAGCACAUCCAUCAAAUGACCCUGCAAUUAGUUUUAAUUCAAUUUGCAAAGUAAUUUUAUGCAUUUCCUGAAAAAGACCUAAAGAAAACAGAUUUUUAUGGCAGCGAGUAGAGUUUAUUCAUUCACCCCAAUCAAUCAGUUUGUUGUUUCUACAAGUAAACAGUCAUAACUACAAAACUUUCACAUAUGUUACAGAGAUGGAGGGAAGUGAUCAUAGUGGCCCUGUUUGCAUGUUGUGGUUAGCCAUAGUUAGCGGUUUACUGUGAACACACCAAUUUCGCCUGCUUUCUUCCUCCCUGCUAGCACACGGGAAAACCAAAUCAUGAUCCCUGGCCUUGCAUUAUGUCCAAACCCAGGGACUAUUAUUUUAUUUGCUCCAAGCAAACCAUGAUCCUCAACCAAGGUUGGUUGGUUUGGCUUCAAGGUUUGUUUGGAACAAAAUAAACCAUGAUCAGUAGUUCUGAUGCUAUGAUAAGACAGGGAUUGUGGUUUGUUUCUCCUAUGGGCCAGGGAAGGGAAGCAAAGUGGAUGAGAUUGGUGCAUUCUUAGUAAACCCUUUACUGUGAUAUGCAAACAAGGCCAUUCAAAGUGAAACCCAAACCAUUCCCAUCAGACUUUUUUUGUAAUUUGAAGAAUUGCAGCCUGUGUAAUAUUGUUUGUGAAGCGAGUCUCAUUUCGAGUUUGCAUAAAAUAAAAUCACACCUCAUUUCAGGAAUGCAAGAAAAGAUUAUAUUAAUGCCAAAUAUAUUGAAAGAAAAUAUGCAAGGAAGAAACACUCAGACAACGUGGCUAAACUGCAGAGCCUCUGUGAAGCGGUCAGAACCAGAGACAUUUUUGGAUUGGUUCAAGUGUAUGCUGAGAAUGUGGAUCUCACAGAGAAAAUUCCACUCGCAAAUGGGCAUGUAAGUGUAGAAUUUCUUCUGUUCCCGGCAUGUUAACAUGUUAUGUGCUGUUUUUGUGGAAAUGAGAUCGUAACUCAGUCGCUCACUUGAAAUGUUAAAAGGAUGACUGUUUGCAAAAGAAGUCAGAAAAACUGCAUCUAUCAAAAUGGCUCAUCCAUCUGUUAUCAAACUGCAUUAUUAAGCAUAGAAAAUGUAAAACAUAAAUGUGAAAGUAUUUUGUACCUUCCACUGGAUAUGGGUGGGAGCAUACAAAAAUCCAAACAAAGGGGGAUGGAUCCAGACAUAGAGUGAAAUCCGACAUCCCAUGAGCAGAUUUCGGUUUACAUAAGGGGUCUUCGCCUCCUCCCCACUGCACACCCCUCCCCCUCCCAACUGAUCUGGAGGGCUUCCCAAUACUCCAGAACAGAUUUUCAGGGCAUGUAGAGAGGAAGAGAAGAAUGUGAAAUCCCAUUGCGCAAGAGAAAUCCAUUCUGCUUGUGCACAGACCGCAUUGGAGCACUGAUGGCCAUGCUUAAAGUAGACCUGUUGAAAUCAAUGGGCCGUGCAUUAAUCAUGAUCUGUUCAAAACACGGCUAAGUUUGGAUCCAUCUCAGGUCUAUUGUUUUGAAAAUGCAGUUUAUGGGAUGAGUGUAACUUCUGCAUCUCUGUUUCUCAAAUUUUUUGAACUUGGGCCUCCUGCUAAACCUGCUUUUAUCUUCCACUCUCCACCCUCUUUCUUCUUCCUUCUCUUUGGCAAGCGAGCACACAGAAUAUUCACACACAGCUACUGCUAUGUGGCUGAGUUUCCACGUGCUAUUGAUCCAUCCUUGAUAGUACAAUUACAAAUCCUGUUUAGCCAUUAUUAAUGAAGCAUGGCUUAACAUCCUACUAGCCUAGUACCAGUCGAAAAUUAAAUAACCAUUAUUAGCCAAGUGCUAAAUCCCCAGAGUGGUUUAAUCCUUAGAAGUACUAUGAUAGUUGCUUCUAUACAUUUUAAUACUGUUCAAUUAGUUCUGUAAAACUAAUGAGUUGACUGAUAAAUUAGCAUAAAAUAAUUCAGCUCGCUGUUUUUCUAAUUAACUUACUUGCUGGACCCUAUAUGCCUUCUUUGCCAAUAAAGAACAGCACCAUCCCAACUCUUAAGCUUUGAGCUUUCUGUGUUAUUUGUAUCAAGGGAUAGCCAGAUCCCACCAGUUCUCUGUGCUUUGACAUGUCUGCCCUGUCCAUCUUCUUGUUUAGCACAAAGCACUCAAACAGUCCCCUCUGAGUUUGGAGGCUUGUAGCAUUGGUUUAUAAAUACCUAUAUUGUACGUCAGAGCUUCCCAAACUGUGUGUUGCAAUGCAUUAGUGUGUCGACUGCAGUGUGUAGGUGUGUUGCACGAACACAUACACCCCGUGCUCCUCCCAGGGCUGGAAAGGGGUUAGCUUAACCUCCAGUUUGCUAGUAAGACUGAAUUACUGUGCCACGAUAUGAUGCAUGUCUAAAAAGUGUGUCACCAACAUGAAAAGUUUGGGAAGCUUUGCUGUACAUGUUAUCUUCUCUAAAUGUCCUAUGCAUGUACAUUUUCCUAUAUGUUCCUUUGGUUUCUUGAGAUGAGUUUAUUUCAAGAGUGGCUGGGGCAACCCAGACAGAUGAGCAGGGGUAUAAAUAUUAUUUUUAUGGUCAUUAUAAUAUUUCUACCAUUUCCCCGUUUAGAUGACCUGGAACAAUUAACAUUAUCAUCACUUAGGGAUGAAUUAUCUUAAAUCAAAGCCAUAUUUUGAUAGUGAUGACCAAAGCCAGCUAUAGUAAAGUUUUUUAAAUUUUUGUUUAGCAUAAUGUAACAAAAAAUAGGGAGGUAUCUCCCCAAAAAAACCACCCCUUCCUUGCUUGCUAUUGGUCAAAACACACCAUAUGAUUUCAGGAACAAGACGAAACUGCCCUUCAUCUCGCUGUGAGAUCUGUUGAUCGGACCUCACUCCACAUAGUUGACUUCUUGGUGCAAAACAGGUGAGCAAUUCUAACGUUAUUUAAACACUUUUCAUUUUCAUAUUUGAAUUCAGAAAGGCAAGGUUUUAGUUUGAAAGCGAAAACAAGCCUGCUGUAAUAUUUGUUGAUAGCAUGAAAGCAAGUUUUUUGAGAGUUAGACUACUCUGUGCGUAUGAACUAAACUUUUACCCUUUUGCUUCUGCAUAGUGGCAACCUGGACAAGCAGACAGGCAAAGGUAGCACUGCUCUUCAUUAUUGUUGCUUGACAGAUAAUGUUGAGUGCCUCAAGCUGCUCCUGAGAGGGAAGGCCUCCAUCGAAAUAGGUAAAAGGGUAAAGAGUGACUCCUCUAUUCUUUAAAUCAAUCCCGCAACCCUGCCACACACAGACAAUUGGUGAUAGGGGCACAUGGAUGCUUGCAGUGACUUUGGCCAGUUUCUUUACAUGUUUAACGUAGAGCUCUUUAGAAGGCAAUACAGUGGUACCUUGGUUCUCAAAUGGCUUAGUUGUCGAACAAAUCAGCUCCCGAACGCUGCAAACACGGAAGUAAGUGUUCCAGUUUGCGAACGUUUUUUCAUAGAAUCAUAGAAUCAUAGAGUUGGAAGAGACCACAAGGGCCAUCGAGUCCAACCCCCUGCCAAGCAGGAAACACCAUCAGAGCACUCCUGACAUAUGGUUGUCAAGCCUCUGCGUAAAGACCUCCAAAGAAGGAGACUCCACCACACUCCUUGGUUUUGGAAGCUGAACGUCUGACGCGGCUUCCGCUUGAGUGCAGGAAGCUCCUGCAACCGAUCAGAAGCCACACCUUUGUUUCUGAACGGUUUCGGGUGUCAAAUGGACUCCUGGAACGGCUUAAGUUUGAGAGCCAAGGUACCACUGUACUUGAAAUGAAGAAUACUGAGACCGUGUGGAAAUUUGUAUGUUAAGUCAAAUGUUUGCUUACUAUGUUACCACUGCUUUUAUGGAGUUUUCAUAGUGCCUGCAAGGCACCGUUCUUUGUUAUUUAUGUACAUACUUGAUUUAAUUCGUGUCCCACUCUAUUCCAUAAGCUCGCAGCAGCUUAUGGGAAUGUUUUCUAAAUGUUUAUAACAAAUACAACAACAACAACAACAACAACAACAACAAUCUUUAUUAUGGUCCAGAGACCCAGCAAAUCGUUGCAAAGCAACCUCCAGGUUACAGCCUACCUCCAGGUUAAACAAGCAUUUUGUUCAGAAUAUAGGGAUCAUUGGUUCUUGCAACCACCAAUAAAAACUUUGCCACUGCUAAUGUUCUAGCAUUUGUCCGGUCUUCCAAUAGGAACCUGACAUAGUGAGCCUCUGAUUUUCCCGGGAAAGGUACCAGCAAGGGUAGUAUCAGUUCAGCCCUGGCUUGCUCAUAUUUUGCACAGUGCAACAAAAUAUGUUUUAUGGAAUCCAUGUCUUGAGCACACAAGCAAAGUCUGUCCUGGUAGGGAGCUCCUCUCAACCUGCCAUAACAAAUACUGUAUUAACCCAAUGGCACAGAAUCCAACUGGGUAAUAUGAUGGAAUAUUUACUAUGAGCAAAAUGUUUCCGCUAAGCUGAGGCAGCACAUUUUAAACUAUUGGGGAGUUAAGCAUUUUUCUGUCUCCUGUUGGAACGAGUGGUUCCUAAAAAUGCAUACUCUGCCCCCCCCAACUCCCCAGUUCUGCCUUCAGAUUCAGAAGUCACAUUCAUUUUUAGCAACCUAAGAUUGCAGACAAGAAAGAAUGUGACGUUUUCUUCCCAUUGCUUUUUAGCCAAUGAAGCUGGAGAGACGCCGCUCGAUAUAGCUAAACGCUUAAAACACACGCGCUGUGAAGAGCUGGUAAGAUUUAUUUGUUUCUUCUGUGUGUUCUCCGAAGCUGAACUGUUUCUGGAUUAUUUAGAAGCUUGCCAUGAGGUUUCUGUGGUAGUCAAGAAUGGUGGAAAACUUGUAAAUAAAUAUUUGUUUUAGUUGACCUCUCAAGAUACCUGAAAACAACAGACAUGUACCUUGCAUCCAUUGAGUGCUUAAAUUGUUGCUUUUUCUAAAGAAAGAAAGAAACGAAUCAAGAUUUCACAUAAUGUGAAAGAAAGGGAAUUUACGUCAUUAAUUAAUUAAAUUUAUAUACUGCCCUUCAUCCAAAGGACACAGGGCAGUUUAUAGUAGCUGACUGUGCUGAAUGGUGUCUCAUUCUUGGUACCUUAGCUCACCCAAGCUCUGGCUGGAAGACUUAAUUCUCAUGUUCAUGUAGAAUACGAGUGGCGAUUACUUCAUGAAGACCUGGAUGAAAGUGAUGAUGAUGUGGAUGGAAAUUUACAGGUAUGCAUUUAGAAGAUCAGAAACCCAACGUUAAAAAAAAUGGAAAUGUUCCUGCCUGGAACAAAAGUAAUAUUAUCAUCACUGUGUUCUUUGUAAAAAAAUAUUACUGAUAAUUUUAAUGGUGCUGUACUCUUCUUGCACUGGCUUGAAGUCAGCUUAACUUAAGGCAAUAUAUAAACGAAACUCAUUUACCAUUGUGUUCCUGAUGAAGAUAGAAUUGAAUGAUGGAUGUAAGGGCUGCUUAGAAGGAAGAGAUUAUAGAACAAAUAGGGACAUGGGAAGCCACCUUACCUGGUCAGACCAUUGGUCCAUCUAGUUCAGUAUGGUCUACAGUGAUUGGCUGCAUCUCUCCAGGUUUGUCAGGCAGGGGAUGUUCCCAUCCCCACCUGUACAUGCUGCAACUUGUACCUGGGAACAUAACAGAAGGUUCCCCUUUUAAGUAGGAAGUGGUAUUUGUAUUGCAAAACCCUGUGCCUGCCUUUCAAGGUUUUCACUCAGCCAUUUUGUUCAACCUCAACUCUGCUGCUCUCCAACUCAGUGGUGAAGGUGGGAAUUAGGAAGCAUUUUGCUGCUCACUCACUAUUAAUAGGCUUUCAGGCCCCAGGGACUCUUGAAAAGAAGAUUAAGGGCUAUUAAUGACACAACUAAUGUCUUUUCUGUACUUGAUGACAUGGCUGAGUGUGGCCACUGCAUGUGUGUUCAUUUGCCUUUGAGUUGGGCUAGAAUCGUCUUCGUAGGGAAGAAAAAUGGAGGUCAGCUCCUCUGAUCUUUUUAUCGGGAAAUGUUAGAAAGUCACCAGCCAUUUGCCUUGAUUUAGUCAGAAGUUAAUAGGGACACAUGUCUCUCUGAAAUAAACCUUCAACAACAAAACCAGGUAGAAAGUUAACAAAGUUCUUACCAAAGUCAGCAAAAAUGGCAAGUGAUUAAUUUAAAACAUGUCCCUUUCCUCCAGUGAGAGAGAGAGAGAGAGAGAGAUGGUUUUGCUUUUAUUAAUCAUUGGGAGGUGGUUGGUUUUUUAAAAAUGAAUGUUUUCUUCGAUUCUAGUUUUAAAUGUAUAUCCAAUGGAAAUUUUGAACAGUGACAUCUUGUUGUUAGAAAUGCCUGUUAAUUUAAGCACAGUGAGUACACACGGCCUUAACAGUAUGGGCCUAUGUGUCUUUACUCAGGAACACUGGAUUUAAUGGGCCACCUGUGAUCUUCCAGAAGAUCCUUGACCAAUGGCUGUGCUUGCUGGGCCUGAUGGGAACUGGAUUCCCACAACUGUAGACGCCACAAGCUAACCACCUGCGCCCGAGUGUUACUUAUUUUUACUCUGUUUCAUUGUAUAUCCUAUUGGGACGUGGGUGGUGCUGUGGGUUAAACCACUGAGCCUAGGACUUGCCGAUCAGAAGGUCAGCGGUUCGAAUCCCUGCGACGGGGUCAGCUCCUGUUGUUCGGUCCCUGCUCCUGCCAACCUAGCAGUUCGAAAGCAAGUCAAAGUGCAAGUAGAUAAAUAGGUACCGCUCCAUCGUGAAGGUAAACAGCGUUUCCAUGCACUGCUCUGGUUCGCCACAAAUGGCUUAGUCAUGCUGGCCACAUGACCCGGAAGCUGUACGCCGGCUCCCUCGGCCAAUAAAGCGAGAUGAGCGCCGCAACCCCAGAGUCGUCUACGACUGGACCUAAUGAUCAGGGUCCCUUUACCUUUACCUAUUGUAUAUCCUGCCCUUCCUCCUGAACUAGCCCAGGGCAACUGUAAGUGUGCUUAGGAUUUCAGCCUCAGUUAAAGCAAAACGGAUAUUAGCUCCCUAGUGUGCGUUGCAUUUUUUUAUAUCCCGUCUUGAAACACUUGCCCACUUGAUUCUCUCUUGUAUUCUUCCUUCCUUUUUAAGCAACCAAGCCCUAACCGAAGAGAGGACAGGCCUGUGAGCUUCUAUCAGCUAGGAUCGAGCCAGCUUCAGCCUAACGUGGCAUCCUUGGCUAGAGAUGCUGCCAAUAUAGCCAAGGACAAGCAAAGAGGGUUUAUGCCGAGCCUCUUGCAGAACGAGACCUAUGGAGCCAUACUCAGUAGCAGCCCACCUCCUUCGCAGCCUGCAGCACCAGUCACAAGUGCACCUCCUUUGCCUCCCAGGAAUAUUGGGAAAGGUAACUAACAUUUUGCAGGAGGUGGAGUUCAACAGUUUUCUUUCUUUCUCUCUCGGAGAUUUUAGCUUGACGGUUGUUUUCUCCAGGUAGGUAUAUUGAAACUAUAAAUUGCUUCGUGAUGGGAGGGUGGAGGGUCCCUUCUCCUCUUCCUCCUUUUCUUUCAAAUUGGGAUGAAUCUGCACUUUCUAUUUUGGACACUCACAGUGCAGAAGUGGGAGGACAAGAAAGGAAAAGAAUCACAUAAUCAAAUGACUGGUUCUCGAGAACACAAUGUCUCAGGGUGCAAUCCUGUGCUGAAGUUACACCAGCUGAGUAGCAGCUUUAGCAGAAAGUCCCACUGUGCCAGAUAUGCUGCUACUGCGAUAAAAGAUGCUGGUGGAGUACCUCGGAUAUACUGGCAGAAUGACUGGAAUGAGGCCGAGUUGUGGGCAGCACAUUUGCAACGAUACCCUCGAUUGCUUCGAUCCACGCCAGGGCCCCUGUCAAAAGCACAGCCUUGCACCAAUAGGAGCUGCCCUUCUUGACUUCAAAUUAAAAUGGAGGUGGGGGUAAAAAUAGCUGCCCCUUUGCAGACGACUGGCUCACUCAUGCUGCUAUGACAGAGCAUCGUUUCUGUGUCCAGUCACAGCACACCGCCGCCAGUUUAUAAACGGGGCUGCCAUCCCUGAGCUGAUUGAUGGGUCACGUGGAACUGGGCCCCUAUAGAACUCUGGUGAGCAGACGCAGAGCACCAGGGCACUUUGUGUGCAACGCAAGUGCUCGGCAGAAGACUGCUUGCCCUCUUGACACUCGUGGGAAUUUGAGCCCGUUGUUAACACUUCUCCACCUAGAACCCUUGCAAGUACCUCAUUCCAGGCACAAACACCCAGCACUGAACUCCACUCCCAACAGUUAGGGGGUACCUAGGCAGUGCACCCCACAGGCCUGCUGGGAAACUCCUGGCACAGCUGUCCUAUUGGUGCUGGGGAGAAGGUCAGGUGGGUUGCCCCACAGGAGUGGGUAGACACCAGAACGGCAAGUUUGCUCAGGCAGGAGGUUGGACUAGAUGACUUUCGGAUGUCCCUCCCAGUUCUACAAUUCUUUUGGCCCGUUUGUUGCUCCUCUGAUUGGCUCAUGGUGUGCUGAGGAUGGAACCAUUUAUCAUUUCUUAGUGUGGAGUUAUACCCUGGAUUGAAACCAGGGACUUUCAGCAUGUAAAACCUGAGCUGCUGCACCCAACUAGGGCUUGUCCCUGGUGAUUUCCCUGUGAUGUGUCUGUUUCCCGUUUCCUGCAGCAGCUAAGUAGUCAGGGAACUGUUGUGUGGUGGUUGCAGGGUGGGUUUUCUGCUUCCCAACUAGUCCUGGUGACUUCUGCUGCCAGUGUGUGUCUGCGGCUGCCCUAGUGGCAUGCCCUGGUUCCCCGCUUCGCUGGGGAGAUGUUCCCUGGGUGGGUCUUGAACCCUUGUCCCAAGAGGAAUGUAUAUGCUCCAUAGACUCCCAAUUGUCUGCUUCCCCCUUUGUGUACUUUUCUCCAAAAUCGUGGCUGUGAGGGGUGCUUAAGGGGAUUCAUCCAGUGCUGUGCCAUGUGUGGAUGUGUUUUGCCGGUGCAAUGGGACCUCCAUGUCCACCACACCACCCCAUCCCAGAUCAGGUCCAGGUUCCCCCAACCCUCCUGUGAUGAUUGUGAGGGUGGAGGGGAAAGGAGAGAAAGCAGUAACUCUUGUUGUGCUCAUGAAAGUUGAUUGCACCAGUGGAGCUGCAGUGUUGGAUAAUGCCCUCUGUCUUAAGGGUUGCUUGGGCACUAGCUAUAGCAGUGUUAUUGCUAGCUGUGCCUCUGGAAUUUAUGGGCUGGGGCAUUGCCUUGCGUGUUUUGUGCAAUUUGGGGCACAGGGGCGUGUCCUGAUCAUCAUAUGUUCAUUGGCUCUCUUCGUGUGGGUGUCAGCAGCGGCAUAGUCUCAUGAAUGAUUGCUACUAGGGCAAUCAUUCCCAAUCCAGCGAGAACAUGCAUUGCAUAGGGCAGCCAUUCUGUCAGUGUAAUGGCGGUGGCAUAUCUCUGUUCCUCUCCCAUUGUCAGUAUAGGAUUGCUGUGCCUAUCUAGAGAUGAAGAUAGGAGUCCUAUAAGAAACACUGCCAGAGCUGAAUUUCCUUUCACAGAUGACAGCUGUGAUUGAAAUUGGUGUCUAAAAACACACAGGUGUGUAGACACGCUUUAAAUCCAUGAUUAGUAUACACAUCGGUAAAUUCCCCCCCACUCCUUCGCCUGUUGGUCUUGGCAUCAUAGGUCCUGCAAGAAAGGGCACUUACGGUUCAUGGUUAUUGGGGACAAAAAUAUGUAUUCAAUAUUCCUUUGUUCAGGAUGAAUGGCUUAAAAAGAUGAAGUCACACAGCACGUGUCACAAACAGAUUAUUGUUUUUCUCUCCUGAAGCCCUAUUGAAGCAUUCAGGAUUACAUGACUGUCUGAGUUGCGAGAGUGGAGCCAGGUACAUUUGCCAUGUGUGCAUUCCUCGCCCACCAGCCUGCCCCUAAAGUCGUCCACACACAUAGCAUGUAUGCUAUGGGGCAGCUGAAUGGGCCCUGAAUGUUCAGGGUGACGGCCUGCACAUGUUUGUCAGGCAGCUCCGCUGUAGACAUGCCCCCAAUUUGUGGGCAGCUUGGGGGGCUCUGUUGUGGGAUGAAGCAGCCAGGAGGGGGUGAGGUGACCCCACUGUCUCCCUUCACACAGUUAACAGUGGUGUGGUCGGUUGUACCCAAAUAAGGCCCUGGUGGCUUUCAUAAAUAAUGUGCUGUCUGGCUAAACGCUUCCUUUCAGCAAAUGUGGCUGCAGGCCUUGCUUCUUCAUUAACUAACAAAAAUUUUGCAAUCUUCUUUCCUAUUACAAUUGCUUUUAAAAAAACCAAAAAUCUGCCACUGUUCACCUGCAAACUACGAUUUACUACUGUUCAAAGAGAUUUAUGUCUUGCCAUAUGCUUUAUUGUGGGACGCAGGUGGUGCUGUGGAAUAAACCACUGAGCCUCUUGGGCUUGCCGGUCAGAAGUCAGCGAUUCGAAUCCCUGCGACGGGGUGAGCUCCCGUUGCUCGGUACCUGCUCCUGCCAACCUAGCAGUUCGAAAGCAAGUCAAAGUGCAAGUAGAUAAAUAGGUACCACUCCGGUGGGAAGGUAAACGGCGUUUCUGUGUGCUGCUCUGGUUCGCCAGAAGCGGCUUAGUCAUGCUGGCCACAUGACCCGGAAGCUGUACGCCGGCUCCCUCGGCCAAUAAAGCAAGAUGAGCGCCGCAACCUCAGAGUCAUCCACGACUGGACCUAAUGGUCAGGGGUCCCUUUACCUUUAUAUGCUUUAUUAAGAUUCCACACACACACACACACACACACACACACACACACACACACGUUGUUAAACCUUCUGUGGAUAAAGACCUCCUGGACAGAAAUAGCAGUGACCGUCUCUGCCCAUUUUGCUUCCCCUGCCAACAUGCCCCUUGCCUCAACUGCUGUGUGGCAUACCUGGAAAGCCGCUUGCUACUGCAGGCAAAAGAGAAGGGCAGAUGACAGGAAGUGGGAGCUAACAGGUAGAAUAGCCACCACAGCCUUAUUUUGCCCCACUGCAUCAGGAGAUUAUUAGCCCAUUGUCUGGGAUAAGAGGAGACAAGCCUGCUUCUUACCACCAGCCUAUUUUACCAACUCCCGCUGCUGAAUUUUGGAAGCACCACAUCUCCUAUUUUGUGCAAAGUGAUGUCCACAACAACAUCCACACCUAAUUAGUUUCUCCUUCCCAAUUGUACUAUUUUUUUUUAGUAAAAUCUUAAUAGGCUUAGCCUUGUAUGGCAGGAGCCAAGCAGCUGCAAUGGGGGGGGGCGCUUUAUGCAUCAAUUGAUGUGCGCCCCAUUGAAAAGUAUUGUUCUGAGAUGAUGCAAAAGCCUUCUGUCUGAUGAUUGGUCCAUUUCAGCUCAUUCACUCGUGCUUAUCCUGUGAUAGCCUAGUCACCAAGUGAUGAAACACUCAGGUGUGAACAAGUCCUUAGAAAUGACCCAGUCCUUGUGCAGAAGUACGUGUGCCUCUGGCUCACAGCCAGUCAGUCCACUUAAGAAAAAGGUGCUGUUUUCUCAUCGCUUCUCAGCCAGCAGUGAUUAUGAUAAUGACACAGUGUUUUCCUUUCUUUUUAGUUCAGUCUUCAUUUCUUGGCAGUGCUGUUCAGACAACUCCUUCAUCGAACACACUGUGGAAGACAAAUUCUUUAGGAAUGGAAAGCAUAAGCAGGCAAAGGUCUUCAUCCGAUCCACCAACUGUCCAUCCCCCUGUUCCGCCAUUGCGUGUAACAUCUACAAGUAUGUUUGCCCUUUUCCACUGCUUCCUUUGUUUUUGCUGCAUCUAAUCACGGUUGGCCUCAACUUCCCAUUCCACAACUCAUGUUUCUUCCUCACUGGUGGAUGUAGUUUUGAGCCUGCUGCUUUUCCAUCUGGCUUCUUCAGCAUGCUGUUUGUUAAGACUUCCUGCGACACACUGUUGAGGAAGGGAUAUUUCAGAUUAGUUUUGCAAGGAAUUCAGGUUGUUCCCUGAACUUUUAGGAAGUUUCUUUAAAAAGAUGAAAAGAUUGUGGUUUUAAUGUUCCUUGUGUUGGCUAUUUGCAGUAUGGUAGCGCUGCAGAGAGCUUGCUGGGGAGACCAUGCAUUAAAAAGGGACUCAAAAAUAACUUAAAGAAGGUUUUAAUAAGAAAAACAAAAACUCCAUUUACACUAAAUGUAUCAACAACAAACCAGACCCAACCACCAACCCAUCCCCCAGGGUAAUGGGAGAGCUAGGUGCUGCUCCUUAUAUACUACACCCAAUUGCCAACAGUACAACUCAGCAGCACCUGCUAUGUUUCACAGCUGUAAAGCUGGGUCUCGUUAUUUUGCUCUGGCCCUUUCUCUGGCCCCUUAAAGACAUACACAUCGAGUGGAACAAUGAUGAACCUUUACAUUUAAAGAAACCAUUCAACACCUUGUUCCUCUAUUAAUGGUUACUUCUGAAGGCAUAUUACAGAUGCACGACUAAAAGUGUGACUUAAAAUUACCUACUCAUGUUAAACCACCUCUCAUGAAGAUUAGCCUCACUGCCAGUACAAGUACCUCAUAGCAGGUAGGCUACUGUUGGCUCCAGUUUUAAUCUAUGAGUUAGCCAGAGCCUCCCACUGCAUUGUUUAUGUUCAGACAUAAUUAUAAACUCUGGUUUAUCAUUAAGCCAGUGAGUCUCAAACUUCUGCACUCUCCCAUCUUGUGGGAGAAGAAAAGUAGAAGCUUUUGCUUCGGUUUUUGACUAACCACAGUUUGACAGUCUGAGCCCAGACAAACUGUGGUUAGGUCUUAACUGUGGUUUAAUGAAUCAAACCAACUUCAUAAGUUUGCUCAUUUAAUUAAACCAUAGUUAAAACUAACCCAGUUUGUCCAGGCUCUCACAAUGCAAUAUAGCAUGUGUCCAGGCAGAAAUAAGUCCUGUUCAGUGUGGGGCUUACUCCCAGAAACGUGUAUAGGAUUGCAGCUUCCUUGUGUCUUGAGCCUUAGUUUUUGAAGGACUGGCUUACAUUUUAGAAAUUACAAAGUUAGGUAGCAAUAGUAUUGUUUGUAGGAAUCGUAUCAAACAUUCCAGCGUUCACCAUCAUCGUAUUAUUGUACAUGCAUUUUUAUAUAUAUAGAUAUACUCUCUUCAGCACCACCUCCCGUUGCAAAGACAGCCAGUGUUCUUGAAGCUUUGAGCCAGCAGUCAAAACAGCCAGUGGUGCCACAGUCCAAGCCUACGCCGCCGCCACUUCCUCCCCAGCCUCCAAGUAGAAUUUCUCAGAAAAAGCCUGCUUCUGGGUAAUGUGUCACCUUUUCUUCCUAAAAGAUCUGCAGGUUGCUGAAAGAUAGUGUGCUCACCUUGUUGCCUGAUUAUGGCAGUCCAUGCUUUGUUGCACUUGUGCAGAAAUGUCAUUUGCACUUCCCUAUUUAAUAGAGAAUUGAAGUUAUUUAAUCCUUAUUGAAGAUUUCACCUUGUGUUUUGUUCUGUUCAGGUGUUGGGCAGGUUCCAUACGGACAGCAGCAAGGGGGGGGGGGACAACAGAUAAUUACUUACCAACAGCAAAUGCCAUUUAAGAGUGUUACUUUGAUAACCUGAAGUAACAUAGCAAUUGGUGAUCUUGCUGUCGGGGCAAGAAUUUCAGUUUGCCAGAUAGAAUAAUUGUCCCUCUCCUCCCUGCCCCCUCUGCACUCUUCUGGGCAUUCUUCUGAUCUUCUUAACAAUUCAUUUGCGGGGUGUGUGUGUGCAGGGUGUGUAUGUGUGUGCAAGCCCUGUUGCACAAGUAGAAGUCCUUGCACGGGACUCAUUAACUGAAUCCCAUUCUGAUUAUUGUUUCAAAAAGUAAAUUAGACACAGCAAAUUGCAGACGUGAUGACGAGCAGUCAUGUUUGGUUUUCUCCUGAACAGGCCUGACAGGUCGGCCAAGAGUAAAGGACCUGGAUCUCUGCAGCAAUCUUCUGGUAAUUAUUAUUAUUAUUAUUAAAUCCUGAUUUUAAUUUACCUGCUUUAGUAGCAACUGUUGGCACUGUUGACAGGUUUAUUUGGGAGGUAGUAAAACCUAACCACAAUGACUUUGCUGUAUUUUAUUUUUAAAAAUUUAUUUGGGAACAUGUUGUUGUUUAGUCGUGUCUGACUCUUCAUGACCCCAUGGACCAGAGCACGCCAGGCACUCCUGACUUCCACUGCCUCCCGCAUGGUCAAACUCAUGUUGGUAGCUUUGAGAACACUGUCCAACCAUCUCGUCCUCUGUCGUCCCCUUCUCCUUGUUUAAUACCGAGUCAGACCAUUGGUCCAUCUAGGUCAGUACUGUCUACACUGAUUGGCAGCAGCUGUCCAGGAUAUCAGACAGGGGACAUUGCCAGUCCUUUACCUGGAGAUACCUGGGAUUGAACCUGGCAACUUCUGUAUGUGUAGAUUGUACCCUUGGUUCUGACACAACUGACCUACAGCUGAUGGGACUUAGUGCAAAAAGUGAUCGUUUUUGGGAAACCACAAACAAUGGCUUGGUACACUAGAGAGAAGUAGCACAGUAUGUUAUCUAAAAACAGAGCUUUCUAAGAGCCACUUUUAACUGAAAAUAUUUGCUUUAUUUUUAAUAACAGGAGAAUCUUCAUCUUCAUCUGCAUCUGAGAUUUCUGGAUCCCAAGUUGUCCCUUCUGCAAACAUUCAACCUCCAGCUCCAAUGCCAAGGAAGUCUCAAAUAGUAAGUCGUCAAGAAUCUAGGUCAAUCUCUUUUGUGUUUGGCAGCUCUUCACGUUGGGAAUAAAGGCACUGUGUGGAAUCUGACGGUUCCAAAAGGGGUGAGCAACUUCUUCAGAUUACAUGGGUCCUUUUAUAGUCCUUCUUAGAAACUUCUUAGAAACUAGUGUCAUAAACGUAGGGGUUGCUCGUGCGCAAGUUGGUGCCACUCCUGGCUAGGUUGCCUUGUUAAACCUUUUCUGUCUGGACAGCCCUACACUUCGUGGCUGUUCAGUCGCUAGCAGAAUCCGUCAGUGGGCGUUUCUUAAAUCUUUUCCAGCAUAAAAGUUGUUUGACUCCAAGUCUCCUCCUACUCUCCCUGCGCAGAAGUCUUCUGCGCAGGGAGGGCGUGGGUAGCGGAGGACCCGUGCUCUCCUCGCUGAUCUCGGGCGAGGAGUCCUGGAGCCCCCUCGCCGAUUCCCCCAUCUGCCCCCCUUUAUCCCUGGUGUUACACUGAUUUCCUUCCCCAGCCGGUGAGCCGCCUCUCCCCCUGCUGGGCCCUUCUCCAGCAUCGCUUGAGAGCCUAGCCUCCGCCUCUGGCUCCGAUGUCAGUUCCCUGACAACUAGUUAGUGUGGCGUAGCUGUAAACAACCAACAACUUUUGUUGGGUGAGCUGCAGAUACUGUUCACUUAGGGGUCCCUUGUACACUGGGCCCUUUCAGGGAACCUAGUUUCAUUUGAUUCCUAACUACAAAGGUCAAUCCAUAAUAUUUGUUUGCGUAUGUGUGAAAGAGAGAAUGGGGUGGGGGGUGGGGGAGAGAAUAUAGAAUGAGCUAAAGAGCUUUAGCUAAAAAGAUCUUGGUAAAUCAUCUUAGCUGAAGCUUUAGUACAGGCCUCAGCUAAAGGACAUUAGCUAGAUGAAUUCAGCUUUAAACCAAGUCCGCUAAAUAACCUACGAGCAGUACGAUCCUGUGCAUGUCUACUCAUACUUAAGCGCCAUUGACUUCAGAAUAACAAGUGUGUGUAUAAGAUUGCAGCCUAAGUAACCCAUUCCACUUUUUGCUAAGGUUUCCAAAGUUACCAUGGAAACAAGCCACAAGUUAGAAGGCAGAAUCCAGCUGGUGCUCUUGGUACCAGCCGUCUUCAAACAGUUGCCCUCCAGAUAUUUUGGACUGCAACUUCCAUUAGCCCUGGCUAAAAGUGUGGUCAAUACUAAGGGAUGAUGAUGAUUUGGAGUCCAAAACUUCUGGAAGGUACCAGGUUAGGGAAGGCUGCCUUGUUCUCACAGGAGAGCUUUUGAUACAGUAACCAGUGGAAUAAAAGGAGAGGCAGGAGGUUUUUUUUUUUUUUCGAAUUCCUGCUGUCCCCUGCAGGAUCCACUGCCCCUUAAAAAAUUGGCUCCAGGGGAAUCUGCAAAAAUCACCUCCCUCCUCCUCCUGCUGACAGAGGCAUUUGCCAGAUCACAAAAUUAAUGUGAGUUAAUUUUUUAUUGCCAUUGUAAGCUGACCAGAAAAUUUAACUGGACAUAAAUAUGGUAGGUAAUAAAACAAAUACUGCGGGCUGAAAAUUCCAUGAAUUUCUGGUUAUUAUUCCAUGGGGGUUGCAUUAUUUCAAGAAGAUUGAAUGGCGCCAUUAAAGAAUAUUCUAGAAGGUGGAUGUUCUCCCAGAUGCCUCGUGCUAGCUUCCUGGUGUCAUUCUUAUUUCCCAAACUGGCAUCUCAGGGGUUAAUAUAACGAGUCUAGGCCUCAACAUUUUGUCACUGCUUUGAAAAGUUCGAGCACCGAAUGAAUUGAGAGCGCACUCUGCCUUGUUGGAAAGGUCCUACAUGUCUGCUCCGCUGUGCACCGAUGUUCAGGGAGCUGUUUGUACAUGUAAUGAAAUGCCUGUUUGCGAUAGCAUGCCCUUGCUGGAUGCUCUUAAUGUGUAUUAAAACCCAAAGCGGGACCUCCAAAUUAAUUGUUCUGAAAGUCAAAAGCACCGAGUGCAGCUUCGUAGGUUAUUUUGCUGCAUGUAUUAAUUAAGUGGUGGUGCACAAGGGAGCCCCUUUGUAAUUUGUGAAUAGCAAAGCAUGAUAAGUAUUUUAGAUCAGACAUGUAUAUUGGGAUGAUUUUAAACAUGUGUGCAUAUUUGUACGGAAAUUUUUGUAGGGGGCAGGUUGUUGUUCAGACAUGCUUUGCAUGCAGCAGGUGAUAGGUACAAUCUCCAGGUAGGGCCAGGAGACACCUCAGUCUGAAACCCUGGAGAACUGCUGUCUGUCAGUGUACUAAGCUAAAUGGAUCAAUUAUCUGACUUCCUAUUUUCUGCUACCUGAGCUUCUUGUAGACGAAAAGUGGUGAACUGCUGUCCUCUCACUGCAGCUAAUGGUAUUUUCUGUUUUACCUGGUUUAUGUUUCCAACACGUUGCUCUUCUCUGUAUUGCAGUCAAAAACAAAGCCCAAGAGAGUAAAAGCCAUUUAUAACUGCGUAGCUGAUAAUCCAGAUGAGCUUACAUUUUCAGAGGGCGAUAUCAUCAUAGUUGAUGGUGAGGAAGAUCAGGAGUGGUGGGUAAGUAUUUAUUAGUUAAAUCAUGCCAAGGGCUGUAGUGUGUAUGUCGUGUGUGUACACACACACACACACGUACGUAAUUACAUACGUACUAUGUAUGUUGGUGGGAACUGAUCUCUUAACAACCAGCAGAACUGAAUCCCUGACUGAAGUACUAUUCAGUUAUUUUCAGAGGUAUCCACUGAACGCAAUAUUGAGGAGCAGCGUUAUUUCUGUUGAAUUUGAACCAUACAGAUUUUUGAAACUCAUCCUUUCUGCAGAAACACAUAUGGUUAAAAAAUAAUAUUGCAAAACACCGUUGUUUCAGAAAACCCAGUUUGUUAUCUAUAAUGUAUACAGUCCCUUCCUCUUAAGCCAGGAUCCAAAGAAUCACACAACUAGUUUUGCAUUUUAAAGGUUUGUUUCUUCUCAAAUAGGAGCUCCUUGCUCCCUGUGUCAAUUUUUUUUGAAAGUAAGCGAACUUCAAAACAGAGAAUAAAUAUAUAUGUCUUCCCCUUAUUAUUGUCCUGUGUCAUAUACCACUUGGGCCUCUUAAGGAAUCAAUCAAUCUGUUUAUUACAGUCAGGACCAGUAGUUCUUAAGAAAUAUCAUUCCACUGGAACUUUGAAUUUGCAUGCUUUUGGUGAAAAUUGGAAGGAAAUAAUAAUAAUAAACCUUUGUUUUUAAAUGAAAGAUUGCAUGUGUUCUUACCGUCUAUUCUUUAUUUUGUUUCAGCCUAUCCUCUGAAUAACUAGUUUGCACAUAAAAGCAGCAUUGCCUGGUUUUUAUUGUUUAAUAGUAAAGAAACUACAGUUGUACCUUGGAAGUCGAACAGAAUCCAUUCCGGAAGUCCAUUUGACUUCCGAAACAUUUGACUUCCAAAGCGCGGCUUCUGAUUGGCUGCCGGAAACUCCUGCACCCAAUCAGAAGCCCCAUCGGACGUUAGGCUUCCGAAAGAACGUUCAAAAACUGGAACACUAACUUCCGGUUUUUGAUCGUUUGGGAGCCGAAAGGUUUGACUCCCAAGGCGUUUGACUGUAUAGCUUUUUUCCUUUAUUACUAAAGACUUGUUUGUUUGGAGGGACAAUUGCACAUGGUUGCAACUAGUACAGUGGAGGGCAACUUUCAGUGACCCCUAAUUGGAUAGAGACAAGCUUCACCCUUUUAAUUCUUAAAAAUGUUCUGUCUUUUCCAGAUUGGGCACAUUGAUGGAGAUCCCAACCACAAAGGAGCUUUCCCUGUAUCAUUUGUGCACUUUAUUGUUGAUUAAACUGCUCGUUGCAGGCGGAGAGACUGCAUUUCCAGGUAUCACUGGAGCUCUCUGCCCGGAAUUAGAUGCUUCACCAGGAUACUUCAUGAAUGUUACACCACUGUGGACUCUUUGUUGCGGCAACUUAAGGUUUUUGAAUCGUCCAAGGAAGAUUUACUUUGUAGUAGGCAGAUCCACUUGAACUAUUUUUAUUGUGAAUUCUGGAAGACCAUAAAAAAACCAUUAACGCCAAAAAAAUAUGUGAAACUGAUUUCAAAUCUCCCUUUUAGACUUUCUCACUAACCUAUGCACCAGAAUUUCUCUCUUCAGCAAAUAAGGGAAUUUCUGAUGCGCACCACAGGGUUCAGAAUUUUAAAAGUGGGCAGACUAGCAGAGAGAUUAAUGGCCUGACUGCACUAAUAUAUUACAUUUCAGUGCCAAUUUCAGGUGCCUCUAAUGCAUAUCUGAUCUUUGUUUGCACUCAGUGUCUUUGAGAGCUGUCUCAGGACAAUGUAGCUGCAGUGAAAACUCAGUUUUAAGAGUGGCAGUUACUUCCACUUUACUUAGUACACUACAAAAACAUGAGGCUAGAAAAUCUACCCAUCACUGAUUCCUUGUCCACAUCCAUUGAUUGGCUAAGUUGAAGAGGUUGGCGGACUUGAGGGUGGAGUCCUUGACUACAUUGCAAAAGUACAAAGAACUCCUAAAAGAGCACUAAGUAAUAACAAAGGGCAGAACACAGAGUUUUUCAGAUUGCUUGUCUCUGGUGCUUGGUGGCUUAUGUUUUCAGGCAAGACAUAAGCAUCAUCCACAAAGGACUAGGCUCUUUCUUCCAGCACAAUAAUUCUCCUACUGAAGCCUCAUUCAUUUUGAUUGCAUUGGGAUUUGCUGUAGGCACUCCAUAUGAGUGAUAAUGAUAUACCUGCCAACCACCCUUAGCUGAGCAGAAUGCUUUAAAAGGUUUUGCAAAGCUGGAGUCCAACCAGGGACCAAAAUCUGUUGCCCGAGCAAUGAUUAAAGCGAUUCAGAUCUAACAACCAAACCCUAGAAAAUAUUUCUCAAUAAACCCCAGUGCAUUUUCCUGUGAGAGCACUAGUGGGGCCCAAAGACCUAAUGUAGGUGCUAAUAGGAUCUAAUAUCCUGUCCCAUAGAUGAAGGGAUGGGAAAGAAUCAUCAAUUUAUGCAGCCAGGAAAGAAGAGUAUGCUUGUGUGUCCCCUGCCUACUUCUCCUAUAUCUAUGAUAAGGAAGACUCAAUAAGAGGACGCGGUUCCAAUCAGAAGUACAUGCUACAGCUCUGUUUAUCCCCUCAAGGGAAAAGUUAUUGUAAAGUCUCUUUCCCCUGACUUGUUAGGCCAGCUGGGGAAAGCCCCUGAGCCCAAGGGGACGGUGGCGUUCCCUUCUUUCCAGGGAACUAUCAUGAAAUAACACAAGCAGAAACAGAACCUGUCAUAUAUCCAGUUUCUGCCAUCUUCCCAUGCUGGUGAAUUGGCUUCAAGGGAAAGGGUAACAGGGCUGCCUCCUGUGAUCUGUGAGCAUAAACUCUAGAAGGAAAUGUUGUUUUUCAAGCUGUUCGAAUGUGGAGAAAUGCAACAUGCUCGCACUUACCCAAAAGGAACAAGUAUUUCCAUACUUAGAUCAUAUGAAAAAGUUUGUCUAGAAAGGCCCAUUAAAGAGAUAUUUUAAUAAUUGGAUGUAGAUAUUUACUUUAAACCCUGAACCUGUUUACCUCAAAUUUGUAAAUAUGAGGAAUACGAGGUCAUACUUUUCUAUACAAAAUAUACAUUUAAUGUAUAUUUUAUUCUAAAGUCAUCAUUGAGGUAACAAAACCCAAGACAAUAUUAUUGGUAAAUAAAUGUGGAUUACACAUUUGCUGAAAUUUUUGUUGCAGUUCUUUUCUUCGAACACACAAAAAAAUGUGUUGUCUAGAAUUAUUUUUAUUUUUAAAAAAACAACCACGGUGGCUAUGUUCACACCUAAGAUUAUUGUCGUAGGACAAUGUAGUAGGGUAUUCAUCCAAACACCCUCUGUAUUAAGGUACACACUUCUGUCUUGCAAGCAAUUCCUUAUUUCUUUGCAGAUGCACACUGUGUACUUCUGUUCCUGAACAUGGUAGUUAACACUGUUAAUAAUUGUGAAUAGAUUUCAUAAUUCCAAAUUGGUAGACUAUUGCAGAAUAUUACAAAAAUGUCCUUUUAAUGUUUGUAUAUUGUGAUAAUUGUUAACGGUUUUUACUUUGCAUAUGCUACCAAAACUGUGCACUGGUAGCAUAGGAUUAGAAUAUCAACGUCCAGGUCACAUUGGCUUUCAUCACAAGUUUUGUGACUAUUGUAUCUCUAGAUUUAUCAAGAGAACUUUGAAUUUCUGACACAGAAAUUAUGUACAUAUUGGCUAGCAUAGGUUGAAACAGAUGGGGGGGGGACAAGCCAAUUGGUAUAUUUAUAUUUGGGAUGGGAUGCUGUAUCUCAAACUGCCUUGCUAAAGUGGUACAUUUGAAGCAACUUGUCAGAUCUGCGGAUGCAAACCAGUGAGCUUAUAUUAAAACUCACUUUCGUACAAGCUGUUGCAUUGUAUAUGGGGACAAACUGGAAUGCUUUGAGAUGCUUUUAUUGCAAGUUUUAAAGCUAAGUCUGCAUAUUCAAAGUUCCCACUAAAUAUAUAUGUAUAUUAGGAAACAAAAUACUUUGCCACUACAAGUUUAUCUGGCUGCUGAUGAAUUCAGUCUGGCUACUGACACUAUUGGUUAUGUUUGUAUUCCUAGUAAACUAGCAAAUAAAUUGGCACAUUAUUUUGCACAAUUCACUUAUGUACAGUAUUUUUUGACACAGAAUUUUAGUUAAUACCAUAUGCUUUGGAAGCUUAUGUGGCCCUUAAAAUUUCACACUGGCCGGAAUCCAAGGAAAUGCGCAAAUAGCUGUGUGCACCCGGAUGAAAGUUGCGACUUCUGGCAAACAUCUUGUGAAACCCAGGGGAUUUUCAACUCUGACUUGAAUAUUCCCAAGGCCUUAGAUGUUUAGAGCCCAGCCAUAGUGUGUGAGCUUUCAGCUGUUUUGGAAAAAUCUUAAAUAGUGGCCACUAAAAGAUUUUGAGUAAGAGUAUUUUUUCACACUGCAGUGUGCAGACACUAGGCUUGUAACGUAAGACUGUUUCAAGAGUUCUUUUUUGUUUCCGUGGCACUAUUUCACCCAAUUAAAUAGGAGACAUUUUGGAUUUUUAGGAAUGACAGAUGCUAAAAUGUUCAGGUCUUCUUUCACAGCUGACAACAGGGGAUGAUGGUGUUCAACAAACUGUUAGUGAGCAUGUAAGAUUAUUUUUGUUUAAAUGUUUAAAAAAGGAGUAUAAGAUACCUAAAACGCAGUUCAGAAUGCUACUUGAGAUGUAUAAUUUUCAACGUGAUGGUUUUGAUUGUUUAGUUGCAGAGCAACUGUAUAUAUUGUAUAACCUAAAUCAAUUCUUAUUUUUAGUGUCUGGAUGCAGUGAUUUAUAAUUGGAGCAUGAUUAAUUUCACUUACGUUAAGCCAGUCACUUGACUGGAAAAAUAAACAGCUUUGAAGCCUCA